UGGACGCCUCGGCUCGAGGGACUGCUGUCUGUCUGUCUGUCUGUCUGUCAGGUGGACAAACAAAACUACACGGCGUCGACGGCCGGUAGUUUUGUUUUUUGUUUCCUUCGAGGCCUCGGCUCUUUCUCCUCUUGGAUUUUGUAAACUUUUUUUGGUGGACUCAGAGAUCAGCUGACGCAGCACGGGCAUCCUUGCUCUGACAAGGUGCCGACAACAUGUCAACACAAGCGCCGACAUUCACACAGCCGCUCCAGAGCGUCGUGGCACUUGAGGGUAGUGCCGCGACGUUCCAGGCUCAAGUUAGUGGUUCUCCAGCUCCUGAGGUGAGCUGGUUCCGUGAUGGUCAGGUUCUUUCCGCCACCACUUUGCCCGGUGUUCAGAUCUCGUUCAGCGAUGGCCGCGCUGUUCUGAAGAUCCCUGCUGUGACCGCCGCGCACAGCGGAAGGUUUUCCAUCAGAGCCACCAACGGUGCUGGACAAGCCACAAGCACAGCUGAACUCCUCGUUACAGUGGAGACAGCGCCCCCUAACUUCGUUCAGAGACUACAGAGUUCCACAGUGAGACAGGGCAGCCAGGUGAGACUGGAUGUCCGCGUCACAGGAAUCCCCACCCCCGUGGUGAAGUUCUACAGAGAGGGAGCUGAGAUCCAGAGCUCGGCAGACUUCAGGAUCCUCCAGGACGGCGACCUCUACAGUCUGCUGAUCGCUGAGGCCUUCCCAGAGGAUUCUGGGACAUAUUCUGUGACCGCCACCAACAGCAGUGGACGCGCCACGUCCACCGCUGAGCUGCUGGUCCAGGGUGAAGAAGCUGUACCUGCUAAGAAGACCAAGACCAUCGUGUCCACGUCCCAGAUGACCACGUCUCAGGCCAAAGUGCAGAGGAGGGUGGAGUCAGGCUUCCAGGCCACCACCAUGAUGGAGAUGCACAUGGAAGGAGGCGGAAUGAUGACUCAGCACGUGGCUCACAAAACCCCUCCCCGGAUUCCCCCGAAGCCGAUGUCCAAGUCCCCGCCCUCCUUUGUAUCCAAGGUGACGGGCGGACGCCAACAGUCGCCGUCACCCGUCAGACACGUCAAAGGGCCGACGCCCUCAGCUGUCAGAUCCGUCUCUCCGUCCACCAGACUGUCCGUGUCCCCCAUCAGACCCGUCAAGUCUCCCAUCAUGAGCCGCAAACAGUUAUCCGGCGGCACUGAAGUCCUCCCGCCCUGGAAACAGGGCGACUAUGUCGAGGCCGGUUACAGCACCAUGACCACGGUGACCAGAGUCAGCGGCGCCGCACAGAUGCACGUGGAGAAGCACUGGGAGCAGCAGGUCACUGCCACCAGAGAGGAGGAAGGAGGUAAAAAAGCAGGGGCGGUGGCCACGGUGGUGGCCGCUGUAGACCUCGCUCGUGUCCGUCAGCCUGUGCAUGUAGAGGGUGGGCGGGCUGAAGAGGAGGAGGAGCCUGUAGAGGUGGAGGUGAAGCAGCAGCAGCACGAGCAGCAGCAGGUGGUGGUUUCUGCUCAAGCUGAAUCUGAAUCUGAAGCUGAAGCUAAAGCUAAAGCUGCUACGUCUGUGACGUCAGAGCAGCACAGAGUCCAGGUGUCCCAGGUGUCCCAGGUGUCCCAGGUGUCCCAGGUGUCCCAGAUUCAGAGAACAACAGAAAUCUCCGCCCAUGUGGACGCUGGCGUCUCCUCGUUCUCCACAGUUCCACAUUUCACUGUUUCUAAAGUUUCUGUCCCCAAACAUGAACCUGGUCACGAGGUGUCCAUCGCUGGCUCUGCCAUCACGACUCUGCAGAAAGAGUUACGCUCGCCCGUCGCUCCCAGACACGUCAUCAAGCCCGUCAAGUCGCCCAGUCCGUCUCGCAGGGCGGUGGUGCUGGAAGUGCGGGGGACGCCGGAGCCCCUCCCCCCACCGUUCAGAGACAUCAGAUAUCAGAGUCACGUUGACUUUAAGGCGGGCGGGGCUUACACGGCCAGUGAAGAGGAGUUUGAGGACUGGGAGCCUCAGGAGGCAGCAGCAGUGCCCACAAGAGCCCGGGAACCUGUUACUCCUCCCACGCUCAUCGCUGGCCUGAAGAACCUGACGGUGACGGAGGGCGAGUCGGUGACGCUGGAGUGUCACAUCAGCGGUCAGCCCGCCCCCACCGUCAUGUGGUUCAGAGAGGACUACAAGAUCGAGAGCUCCAUCGACUUCCAGCUCAGCUACGAGAAUGGAUUUGCCCGCAUGGUGAUCCGCGAGGCGUUCGCAGAAGACAGUGGCCGCUUCACGUGCACCGCCACCAACGAGGCGGGAACUGUCAGCACCUCGUGCUACCUGCUCGUCAAAGUGUCGGAGGAAAUCGAAAGCAGAGAGGAAAUGGCCGUCACUGAAACGGGUGUCGCACAAGAAAAAAUCGUCUCCAUGGAGCUGAAGGGUCAGGUGGUGACAGAGGUGACGACAGGAGAGUCUGUCGCUCCCUUCUUCGUCAGGAAACCCACCAUCCAGAAGCUGGUGGAGGGAGGAAGUGUCGUCUUUGAGUGUCAGGUCGGAGGAAACCCCAAACCUCAUGUGAUCUGGAAGAAGGGCGGCGUGCCGCUCAUGACUGGAUACAGAUACAAAGUUGCCUACAAGAAGGAGACUGGAGAAUGCAGGCUGGAAAUCUCCAUGACCUUUGCCGAUGACGCUGGAGAAUACUCCGUCUUUGUUAAGAAUUCUCACGGUGAAGCCUCGGCCUCAGCCGGUCUGCUGGAGGAAGAGGCUUAUGACGCUUACAUGAAGCAGUUUGAUGUGACGUAUAAAACUGAAGUGACCACAAAGGUAGUUCAGGAGCCUUCUGUGGUCGUGAGUCAGUAUGAACUGGAACAGAGGAGGGUGACGACCCCCAUGAGCUUCGUCUCAGAAACAGAAUUCUUCAUUUCAGCGUUCGAAGAGAGAAUCAUCCACGAGAUUGAAAUCCGCAUCAUGAGAAUCACCUACAGCGAGCUGGUGAUAGAGGAUGGAGAGGUGAUGGUAACUGUAGCCGAGGACGAAGCGGUGCAGCCGGCCUUUGACACUCCAGUCAAAAACUACAGGAUCGUGGAUGGAAUGGGCGUCACUUUCCACUGCAAGAUGGCCGGAAACCCACUGCCAAAGAUUGCUUGGUACAAAGACGGCCAGCGCAUCAGACCUGGUGGCCGUUACCAUAUGGAGAUUCUUCAGGACGGACGAGCCACCCUUCGCCUGGCUGUGGUCCAACCAGAGGACGAGGGCGUGUACACCGCCUUCGCCAGCAACAUGAAAGGAAACGCUGUCAGCUCUGGAAAACUCUACAUUGAGCCAUCCGGAGUUGUGACACCUCAGCGAUACACACCACAGCCAUCAGUACAGAGGUUCAGAUCCACCUCUCCUCGCUCUGUGAGCCGCUCACCCGCUCGCUCACCCAGCCGUUCUCCAGGACGUUCUCCCGCCCGCAGGCUUGAAGAAACCGAUGAGACUCAGCUGGAAAGACUCUACAAACCUGUGUUUGUCUUGAAACCCUCUUCAAUCAAAUGUUCUGAGGGCCAAACUGCCAGGUUCGACCUGAAGGUUGUCGGCAGACCCAUGCCGGACACUUACUGGUUCCACAAUGAACGGCAAGUUGUCAAUGACUACACUCACAAGAUUGUGAUUAAAGAGGACGGUGUUCAGUCCCUGAUCAUUGUGCCAGCUUUGCCACAAGAUUCUGGAGAAUGGACGGUCGUGGCUCAGAACAGAGCUGGACGGACUUCUGUUUCUGUAAAUCUUACCGUGGAAGCUCGAGAAAGCCUUGCAAGACCUCAGUUUGUUGAGAAGCUGAGGAACUUGACUGUGAAGCAGGGAACUCUUGUUGAACUGGCUGUUAGAGCCAUUGGAAAUCCUCUGCCUGACAUUGUCUGGCUGAGAAACAGCGACAUUGUCACACCACAAAAACACCCACAAAUCAAGAUUGACGGCACAAAAGGAGAGGCCAAAUUCCAGAUCCCGUCUGCUUCAGGCUCAGACAGCGCCUGGUACACAGCGACAGCCAUUAACAAGGCUGGUAGAGACACCACCCGCUGCAGAGUCAAUGUCGAGGUGGACUUCAUGACCCCUCAAGCUGAGAGGAAGCUCAUCAUUCCCAAAGGAACAUACAAGGCCAAGGAGAUUGCUGCUCCAGAGCUGGAGCCACUUCACAUGCGUUACGGUCAAGAGCAGUGGGAGGAGGGCGACCUUUACGACAAAGAGAGGCAACAGAAACCACUUUUCAAGAAGAAGCUGACCUCUAUCAGGAUGAAGCGUUUUGGUCCAGCUCACUUUGAGUGCAGACUGACCCCAAUCGGUGACCCCACCAUGGUAGUGGAGUGGCUGCAUGACGGCAAACCGCUGGAAGCUGCUAACAGGCUGCGCAUGGUCAAUGAGUUUGGAUACUGCAGCCUUGACUAUGAAGUUGCAUACGCUAGAGACAGUGGUGUCAUCACCUGCAGAGCUUCAAAUAAGUUUGGAGUUGACCAGACCUCGGCCACCCUGAUCGUCAAGGAUGAGAAAGGUCUUGUUGAGGAAUCACAGCUUCCUGAAGGCAGGAAAGGUAUUCACAGAAUCGAGGAGAUUGAGCGCCUGGCUCAUGAAGGUCCUACAGGAGUCACUGCUGAUGAUGAAAUUGAAAAGUCCAAACCUGAAAUUGUCCUACUUCCUGAACCAGCCAGAGCACUGGAGGGUGAGAUUGCACGAUUCCGCUGCAGAGUAACAGGUUACCCAGCACCUAAGGUGAACUGGUACCUUAAUGGACAACUUAUUCGCAAGAGUAAGAGAUACAGACUGCGAUAUGAUGGUAUUUACUAUUUAGAAAUUGUAGAUGUCAAGUCAUAUGAUUCAGGAGAGGUCAGGCUGGUUGCAGACAAUCCUCUCGGUACAACUGAGCACACUGUGAAGCUGGAGAUCCAACAGAGAGAGGACUUUAGAUCUGUCCUGCGCCGUGCUCCAGAUUCAAAGGCUGCAGAGGCUGCUCAUGAACCUGGCAGAAUCGGAUUUGACGUUGUAAAAGUUGACCGACCUAGUGAAGCCGCACAGGACAGAGAAGUUGUUAAACUUCGUAAGGCCCAGAGAAUCGUCCACGAGAAGACCUCAGAGGAGUCAGACGAGCUGAAGAGCAAGUUCAAGCGUAGGACAGAGGAAGGAUUCUAUGAGUCAAUCUCUGCUGUAGAGUUCAAGUCUCGCAGGAGGGAUGAGUCUUAUGAGGAUCUUCUGAAGAAGACAAAGGAGGACCUGCUCCACCACCUGAAAGAGAAAGAGGAGGCUGAGCGGAGAAGGCUAGAAGAACAGGGCACAGUCACCAUCCCCACAUUCAAACCAGAGAGGAUCCAGCUGUCCCCCAGCAUGGAAGCACCUAAAAUCUUGGAACGCAUCACCAGCCAGACUGUUGUGCCAAUGGAUGAGGUCCGCUUCCGAAUCAGAGUCGUGGGCAGACCUGAGCCAGAGUGCCAGUGGUUCAAGAAUGGUGUUCAGCUGGAAAAGUCAGACCGUAUUUACUGGUUCUGGCCUGAGGACAAUGUGUGUGAACUGGUGAUCAGAGAUGUCACAGUAGAGGAUUCUGCUAGCAUCAUGGUUAAAGCCAUGAAUGUUGCCGGGGAAGCUUCAAGCCACGCCUUCCUGCUUGUGCAAGCCAAGGUGGAAAUUAACUUUACCCAGCACCUGGAGGACUCCACAGCCAAUGAGAAGGACACGAUGGUGACCUUUGAGUGUGAAACUAACGAACCUUUCGUCAAAGUCAAGUGGUUCAAGAACAACAUGGAGAUCUUCUCAGGAGACAAAUACAGAAUGCACUCUGACAGAAAGGUCCACUUCCUGUCCGUGCUGGUGAUUGAAAUGUCAGAUGACGCUGAAUACACAUGUGCGCUUGUAGACGAUGAGAACAUCAGAACAACCUCAAGGCUCCACGUGGAAGGUGCUCCGCUGGAGAUCAUCACACACUUGGACAACAUUGAGGUGCCAGAGUCUUACGCUGGAGAGUUUGAGGUAGAGCUGUCUCGUGAGGACGCUGAAGGCAGCUGGUUCUUUGAAGGCAAGGAGGUCUCGCCCAGCAGCAAGUACGUCAUGGGCUCCCGCCGUGGGAGACACACCCUGUCUGUGAAGGAUGUCCGGAAAGAGGACAUGGGCAAAUACACAUUUGUGUGUGGAGAUCUGAAGAGCAGUGCCUCACUGAAGAUGAAACUGCGUCCAGUGACCCUCAUGCAGCCUCUGACUGAUCUCACGGUCUGUGAGGGUGACAUCGCUCAGCUCGAGGUCAAGUUCUCCCAGGAGAAUGUUGAGGGAACCUGGAUGAAGAACGGCCAGGCCAUCAUGGCCUCGGACCGCGUCCAUAUCGUAAUUGACAAAGUGGUUCACAAACUGCUGGUGGAGAAUGUCAGCAGAGAUGAUGCUGCUUCCUACUCUUUUGUGGUUCCAGCCCAGGAGAUCUCCACAUCCUGCAAACUCAGUGUUCAAACUAUUGACAUCACAGUGCCACUGAAGGAUGUGUCCUCAAUCGAGGGCACCAAAGCUGUUCUUGAGGCCAAGAUCUCCGCUCAAGACGUGAGUUCAGUCAAAUGGUACCAAAACGACAAACUCCUGAUGCCAAGUGACCGAAUCCAGAUGGUGGCAAAGGGAACCAAGCAGCGUUUGGUCUUCACCAGGACCUACGCUUCUGAUGAAGGACACUACAAACUGGUGGUCGGCAAGGUCGACACCAGCUGCAACCUGACUGUUGAGCAGGUUCACAUCGUAAAGCACAUGGAGGACAAAGUGUGCUCCGAGUCCCAGAAUGUCACCUUCAAGGUUGAGGUUUCUCACUCUGGUAUAGACCCAGUCUGGAUGUUCAGGAACCAGCAACUGAAACCUGGACCCAAAUACAAGUUGGAGACUAAGGACAAGGCUCACUCUCUGACUGUCAUGGACACCAUGAAGGACGAGGAAGGCCAGUACACGUUCCACGCUGGCGAAAAGAUGUCCAGCGCCACGCUCUCUGUCUCCGGCGGUGCCAUCACGCGCCCCCUGCAGGAUGUGACGGUGGCAGAGUCUCAGACGGCUGAGUUGGAAUGUGAAGUCGCCAACGCUGAGGCUGAGGGGAGGUGGCUGAAGGAUGGUCACCACGUGGACUUCAGCGAGAACGUGGUGAGUGAGGUGAACGGAGCCGUCCGGCGUCUUGUCAUCGCCAUCACCAGACCACAAGACAUCGGAGAGUACACCUACCAGGUGGCCAACUCCAAGACCUCCGCAAACCUCAGAGUGGAAGCGGUGAAGAUCAAGAAAACUCUCAGAAACCAGACAGUGACGGAGACCCAGGAGGCGGUGUUCUCACUGGAGCUCACGCACCCCGACGUGAAGGGAUCCCAGUGGAUCAAGAAUGGCGUGGAGCUGGAGAGCAGCGACAAGUAUGAAAUCACUAGAGACGGCACUGUCCAAACGCUGAAGGUCAAAGACUGCAACACGCAGGACGAGUGUGUUUACUCCUUCAAGCUGGGAAAACUGUCGGCCAAUGCUAGACUCAACGUGGAGACGAUCAAGAUCGUGAAGAAGAUGAAGGACGUGACAUCACUGGUGGACAGCACCGCCUCCUUUGAGAUGAGCCUGUCACAUGACAACAUCCCUGUCACGUGGACGUUUAAAGGUGCUGAGCUGAAGCCGAGCGACAAGUGCAAGAUUCUGACGGAGAGGAAAGCUCACAAGCUGAUUCUGCAGAACAUCGAGAGCAGCGACGCUGGAGAGUACGCGGCCGUGGUCGGACACCUGCAGUGCAGCGCCGUCCUCACCGUGGAGGCUCUGAAAGUCACCAAACCCCUGAAGAACGUGCAGGUGCCCGAGACUCAGGUGGCCACGUUCGAGUGCGAAGUCUCUCACUUCAAUGUCCCGGCCACGUGGCUGAAGGACGGCGUGGAGAUCGAGAUGAGUGAGAAGUUCCGGAUCGUGGUCCAAGGAAAACUGCACCAGCUAAAGAUCAUGAACACGAGCAGGAGCGACUCUGCGGAAUACACCUUUAUCUGUGGCAAUGACCGCGUUUCUGCGACACUCACCGUCAGCCCUGUCCUGAUCACGUCCAUGCUGAAGGACCUGAACGCUCAGGAGAGAGACACCAUCACCUUCGAGGUCACUGUCAACUAUGAGGGCAUCACGUACAAGUGGCUGAAGAACGGCGUGGAGAUCAAGUCGUCGGACAGGUGUCAGGUCCGCAGCCGGCAGCUCACGCACUCGCUCACCAUACGCAACGUUCACUUCGGAGAUGGAGGAGAGUACCAGUUUGUGGCCGGGCCGGCCGCCUCCGCUGCUAACCUGUUUGUCGAAGCUCGCGUGGUUGAAUUCACGAAGAAAAUCAAGGACAUAAAGAUCACAGAGAAGAAGAAGGCCAUUUUUGAGUGCGAGGUUUCUGAGCCAAACAUCCAGGUGAUGUGGAUGAAGGACGGACAGGAGCUGGACAUGUCUGAGGAACGGUACACGGUGACGGCUGAAAAGUACGUUCACCGUCUGAUGAUCCAGACCGUUCGCAUGUCUGACACUGGCGAGUAUUCAGUGGUGGCCGGAUCCAGUGUCUCCAAAGCCCACAUGACAGUGGAGGGUCGCGACAUCCGCAUCUCGGAACCCACUGAGAGGACAAUUGUGGUUCUGGAGAAACAUAGAGCAACCUUCGAGUUUGAGGUGAAUGAGGACGACGUGGAAGGCCACUGGCUGAGGAACGGGGUGGAGAUCCACUUCUCUGUGGAGGAGCGUUUCAACUAUGUGGCCAUCAGGAAGCUUCACCGUCUCACCAUCUCAGAGACGUACAGGAGCGACGCCGGCGAGUACACCUUCAUAGCCGGGAAAAACCGGAGCACCAUGCACCUACGGGUCAACAUCCCAGAACCUCCUCAGAUUCUCCGCCACAUGGAGCCUCAGUCGGUGGAGUCUGGUAAACCGGCCCGCUUCACGGUGCAGGUGAGCGGCGUCCCACAGCCUCAGGUCUUCUGGUACAAAAACUCCCAGGCUCUGUCUCCGGGAUUCAAGUGCAAGUUCCUCCAUGACGGCUAUGAACACACACUUCUGCUGAUCGAAGUCUUCCCCGAGGACACUGCUGUCUACAACUGUGAAGCCAAAAAUGACUAUGGUGCGGCCACGAGCACCGCAGCGCUCAACGUGGAAGUCUCAGAGGUUGUCUCUCCAGAAUCUGCUGCUCCUGUUGCUCCCCCUGUUGUCAUCUCACCCAUCGCCAGCAUCACCGUCCGUGAGGGAGAACCGGCUCGCUUCUUGUGCAGAGUCCGUGGAGAUGACGUGAAGAUCAGCUGGUUCCACAAGGAGAGGGAGAUCAAGCAGUCGGACUUCUUCAGGAUGUCUCAGUUUGACGACAGCUGUCAGCUGGAGAUCUCCAGAGUUUACCCAGAGGACCAGGGCGAGUACUCCUGCGUGGCCACAAACAGCGCUGGCACCGCGUCCUGCUCUGCCACGCUCUCACUGGACGGUCAAACACAAACUGCGGAGCGUCCUGCUGAGACACAUGUCUCCACCAGCCUCACCAGUCUUAAGAAGCCUUCCAUUGGCCAAAAGCCAGUAUUCAUCCAGCCAAUCACAAGCUGCACGGUGUCGCACGGCGAGGUGGCUCGGUUUCACGCGUAUGUGUCCGGCAUGCCCAGACCGGAGAUCAGCUGGUUCCAUAACCGGCAGCCGGUCCAACCCACGAAGAACCUGGUGUUUCAUUUUGAUGAGGUGACGAACGUGGCCACGCUCAUCAUCGUUGACGCCUUCUCUGAGCAUGCUGGGCACUACACCUGCAGGGCCGUGAAUAACACCGGAGAGGCCACGUGCUCGGCCACCCUAACCAUCACCACAGUCGAAGCAGAAGUGACUCACGUGACGGAGCAGAUCGAGGCCAAGGUUGAGGAAGAAGUCAAAGAACUUUCUAGCACCACCAUCACCACUGUGGAGGAACAAGAGGAAACCUACUACACUGGUGUCCAAUUACCACAGAAAACAAAAACACUUGAACUCAAACCAGAAUCCAAACGUUACUCUUCCACAUUAGAGAAGAAAAAAGAAAAGCCAGUUUUCCUCAGCCAGCUUUCCCCGGCAGCUGUAACCAGCGGGGAAACGGCCACGUUCACCAUCAAAGUGUCCGGCUUUCCAAAGCCGACAGUUCAGUGGUCUCAUAACGGGACCGUGAUCAAGAGCUCGUCCAUAUACAGGCUGAUAGAGGAGAGGGAGGAGUACUCACUAAUAAUCACCAAAGUCACAUCUGAGUAUGAGGGCGAGUACUCCUGCACUGCCACCAACAGGUUUGGACAAACCACUUGCACCACGUACCUUGAGGUGAAAAAGCCUGACAUCAGCCAGGCAGAGAAAUGGGUCGAGAAGAUGUUUAAGGUCACAGGUCAACCUCCCACUUUCACAGUUCUGAUCCAACCCGUGAGGUGCUCAGAGGGAGGAGAAGUUCAUUUUAACUACAAGGCCUGUGGUGACCCAGUGCCUGAUGUCAAGUGGUUUAAAGGUGCUUUUCAGAUCCAGUCCAGUAGAAAAUGUGUCAUUACAGCCAAUCCAGAUGGAUCUGGCUUCAUCAACAUUAAGAGCGUCAAACAGGAAGACGGUGGCUUGUACAUGUGUAGAGCCUCCAACGUGUUUGGUGAAGCCUCUUGUAGUGCCGAGCUUGUGGUUUUUAGAGAAUCAGUGUCUCACAAACAAGAGCAGCUUACAGUGACUCAGAAGAAAGGUUAUAAGGUCUCAGUGACAGAACAGGCAACUGAGUCUCGUUUAUACCAGGUCAGCCUCCCAGGUCAGGACAGAACCAGGUCAGAUCAGAUGAUUUACACCAUUGGUACUGAAGACCGGCAGAUAAUUCCCAGUGAGCAAGUGGCCUCUCUUAGAGAGCUCGAUAUCUCUGCUGCGACUGUUCAUCGUGAGCAGCUGACCCACCAGGCAGCAGUGCUUCAGUCUCAUGAGGUAGAGGAGAGGGUGUCUGUGGUUCCUACUCACCCACCACAGGUUUCAGCUGUUACUGCAAAACAGCUUCACAUGGCAAAGUUUACAUCAUCUGUUGAAGAGAGUCAAGAUUUCACAGAGCAGCACUGCGAUCGCAUUCAGAGCCCCGAGGUCAUCGAGCUUCAGGCUGCUCAAGAAAAAAGGUCAAAGGUGAUGACAGCUGUUGCCGAGGAGCUCAACCCACUCCAGACUGUUAGCACAGGACCUCUAGCUGAUAGGAAGUCUGCUACAGUCAAGCCCACCUCAGAAGCCAAACACCUAGUCAGUGGGCAUCAGGUGGAGUCACAACUGUCCAUCCUGAAAGAGCAGUCUCAGGUCAUCCCCCCACCACAGCCAGAGAAGGGUUACAAAGUUAAGGAAGGUGUUAAGAUCUUAUACACGGCCCAGACUGUGGAAGAACGGGUUCUUGCAGAGGGCCAUACAACUGAGCUAGCAACAGCAGAUUCUGCUCUUAAGUCUUCCAGUAGUAAAGAACAGCCCCGGCCUGUCUUGGCUUCACUCAGUGAGUCCAAACAGACUCUUUCCAAGGAGACUGAGUUCUCCAUGCAGAGGCCUGCAGAGGAGACAGCUCAUCUCUGUAAGGACAAACUCAUGAAGGCAGCGCUAACAACUGAAGAAAAGCGGCUGCUGCAGGCUGAGUCCAUGCAGCAUCUGCCAAGUCUGUCCAGUGCCAUGUCCAUUCAGUCACAGGUAGAGGGUGAGCAGUUGCUGCACUUGCAGGUUAUCACAGACCAGGACCUCCUUCCAUCUGAGGGGAGCUUCACCUGUGAGAGACCAGAGCCAGAGCAGGCAGAAACCAGAAAGAGUCCCAAUCUGCUGCACACUGUCAGUCAGGACGAGCAGAGGACAGUGGUCUGUGAGGAUGCAUCAGCGUUUGAGUCCAAGACCAGCACUAUGGCCAUUCAGCCCCAAAAACAGGCCCCCACUCUGCUGCAUCUCCAGUCAACCCAGCCCAUAGAGGUACUACCUAAAGAAGGUAUUCUUGUAAUUGAGAAGCCCAACCACCAGGUGGCAGCACAGAAACAAGAAAAGACAAGAAGACAUGCGGCCACCUCAGAGGAGAGAAGGGAGCUCACGGCAAAUUAUCACACAGAGUUAGAUUUGUCUGUGGCUGGUGUUCAGGGUCAGCUUCGAACAGAGCCCAGGCCUCAAAAUGUCCUCCAGCUCUCCUACCAGCCCAUGCAGCUGCCAAAGGAGACACCUGUCACCAGUGACGUCAAGCAGCAGCGGGCUUUGGUGCAAAGGGAAGAUCGCUGGAAUGUGAUGCACGUCACCAGUGUGGCAGAUAGUCAGGCCUUAGAGGAGGGUCACACUGACAGUUUGACAGCUGUCGAUAAAUUCACCUGUCAAAUGGCCUUGGAGCCAAAACUCCCUACUGAGCCUGUUCAGAUUGAGGAGAAGGAGAUCUCCACAGAGAGCAGUGUCCUUCUGGACGCAGCAGAACAGGACUUUGCUGUUCAGAUCCAGGAGGGCCAGUCAGUCAGACAGUCAAUAGUAAUGGAUGAGAAGCAAGUGCUGACAGGUGAGAUCUCUCAGGAGAUCACCAAGUCUGAGUCUUCUAAGGUAGUUGUCACCACACAACCCAGACUGUCCCUUAUGGCAUCAGAGUCCAAAGACACCACACCUCUUCCUAAGGAGAUGACAUUUGUCGUUCAGGUCCCAAAACCAUCCAGUGUGAAUAUACGGCGUCAGCUCAGAGAUGCCCUUCAGUCUGCUGUAGCCAGUGAACAACCAGUGCUACUGGCUGAUGUCAUAGACAGGUUACAGGCUGUAGAAGUACAGGAAGUCAAGGUUCAAAGGGAACCCAAACGGGCCAUGUUCACUUACCUUAUAACAACAACAGGUGCCCCCAUGGAGAUCACUCUGGCUUUUGAGGGUGAAUAUCCACAGUCAGCUGACCUGAGGACUGAACUACAGGCAGCGUUCCACUCCAUAAUGUCCCAGGAAGCCCAUGUUCUUACUUCAGAGCAGCCGGGCACUGUGCGGCUGGACAAACCUCAAAGGGCACAGGUCACCUCAACUAGGUCUAAACAAGUCAUGUCGUCCACCAUAGAGACAGUGAGUGUGGCAGAGAGUGCAGUGGAUUUCACAGCUGUCAAAUCUCAGGCUGCUUCACUCAAGACUGAGUCUAAAAUGGCGAUUGAGUGUGCUGCAGCUGAGCAGCGGCUUGUGAUGCAGGAAUCCAAGGCUGCAAAGAUGGAACAGUUCACAUCAAAACAGGUCAAAAUCUCCACCGAGGCUCACGUGGCCUUUGAGCAGUCAGUGCAGGUGUCAAGGCAGGAAGUGAGAUCAGUGGAGCACAAAAGCCAAAUAAGAGAUAUAGGAGCUGCAAUUCUUACCACUGAACUUCCUCCCACUCCUGCCCCCACUGAGCUAGUGGUAGAUGCCAGCAUUCAGAGGGAGCACAGGGAGGAGCUCUUCAAAGAGGAGAUCACAGUGUCCAGGCCAGAACAGAGAGAAUACCCUGAAAUAAUCACCUCCCUCCAAGAUCUAUCUAUUGAUGAAGAUUGUGAAGUCACGUUUAGUGCCACCAUUAAGUAUGUGACAAAGGUUAACUGGUUUUUCAACGGGGAAUUGGUGAAAUCUGGCAAAGAGUUCAAGUGUUCCAAAGACCACGACACAUACACACUGCUUAUCACCAAAGUUGUCAAGGAGAGACAUCAAGGAGAAUAUGUUUGUGAGGCUGAGAACGAAGUCGGCAGGACAACAACAUCUUCAAGACUCACUGUGGUCCCAAGAGUGCCACCUGUCUUUAGGCAGAAAAUCGCACCUCUGGAGAUCAACGUCGGCGACCACGCCAAGCUCGAGUGUGAGAUCGAGGACGCUCCGAGCGUGACCUUCAAAUGGUUCAGAUCUGGCAUCGAGAUCAGACAGAGUGAGAAGCAUCGGAUCAUCAGCAGCCACAUCAGCUCCUCCAUGGAGCUCCUGAACCCGGUCAAAGUUGACAGUGGUGAAUACACCUGCAAAGCUUCCAACCAGCACGGCACUGACAGCUGCACUGCCAUGCUCAUUGUCACAGAAAUGUACCCACCGGUAUUUGUAUCAAAACCAGAACCAAUGACUUUAUUUGUGGGCAAACAAGCUGUGUUCCAGUGCUCGCUCACUGGUUCCUCACCCAUGGAAGUUGUCUGGCACAAGGACAACAUAGCCGUCUCGUCCGAAGGGAACUAUGUCAUGAAAUGUGAAAAGAACAAAUAUUCCCUUCACAUUAAAACUCUUGAGCUGACCGACCAGGGAGUGUUCCUGUGCAAGGCCUCCAACAGUGUCGGCACCGCCACCUUUACCACAGAACUCAAGGUUAUCAACAAGCCCAGCUUUGUUAAGACCUUUGAGCCGGUGUCUGCCGCCGUCAAUGACCCGCUGAGGCUGGAGUGCCAGGUGGACGAGGACACUGGUGUGACCAUCACCUGGACCAGGGAUGGCAAAAAAGUCCAUCAGAGCAUGGAGUCUAAACUGUCCUUUGAGGACAAGGUGGCCGUUCUUGAGAUACCCAAGUCUAAAGUGAAGGACUCUGGGAAAUAUGUGUGCUCAGCUGCUAAUGAGGCUGGGAGCUCAUCAUGUGAGGCUGUGGUGACAGUUCAAGAGCCGCCUACUUUUGUCAAGAAAAUGGAAUCUAAGUUUACGUGGAAACAGGGUAUUGCCGCUCGGCUUCAGUGCUCGGUUAAAGGAUCUCCAGAGCUUCACAUCCACUGGUUCUGGAAUGAGAGAGAGCUCAGUGAUGGAGAGAAAUAUAAAAUCUCUUUAAAGAAUGGAGUUGCCAUUUUAGAGAUAACGAACGUUCUGGUCACAGACAGUGGGAGUUACACCUGUGAGGUGUCAAAUAAUGCUGGCAGUGAGAGCUGCAACACCCUGAUAUCUGUUAAAGAGCCACCGUCCCUUAGAAAAGAGCUGCAGACAGUUGAGGCGGUGAAGGGAGCUCCGGCUCAGCUGGAGUGUGAGGUCACAGGAACAGCUCCGUUUGAAAUCACCUGGUUGAAAAAUAAGAAAAACAUCACCAGUGAUAAGAAGUAUAAAAUCAUUUCACAGGAUUCAAUUUCAAGGCUUGAAAUACAGACUUUUGAAAGUGCAGAUAUUGGAGAUUAUCAGUGUGUCAUCUCGAAUGAUGUGGGCAAAGUCAGCACUAAGGCUGUAGCAAAACUUAAAGAGCCUCCAAUCUUCUUGAAAAGAGUUGAGAGUGUGACCGCAGUGUUGGGAAACGCAGUAAAACUCCACGGCACUGUCAAGGGCUCAGCUCCCAUCACUGUUAAAUGGAUGAAAGACUCUGAAAUACUGAGAGACGAUGAUCCAAAUAUCAAGAUGGUGUUUGAGAACAAUGUUGUGAGUUUGACAAUAACAACAGUCGCCAUCACUCACGGCGGCAAGUACACGUGUCAAGCUGAGAACGAGGCCGGGCAACAAAAAUGCGAAGCCACCUUGACCGUGCAAGAACCGGCCAGAAUCGUAGAACCUGCAGAGUCCAUUAGUGUGACCGCGGGGGAUUCAGCCACACUGGAGUGCAAGGUCUCCGGAAGCCCAGAGCUGAAAGUGAAGUGGUUUAAAGAUGGCAAAGAGAUGAUCAGUGGGCGGAAAUAUAAGAUGGCUUUGAAGGACAACGUCGCCACCAUGAAGAUUCUUACGGCGGAAAAAGGAGACACUUCAGAGUACAAAAUGGAAGUGUCCAAUAAAGUUGGGAAAGAUCAGUGCAACUGUUCAGUCACCGUCUUAGAUCGGAUAAUGCCUCCAACUUUCACCAAGACCCUGAAAAGAGUUGAUGGUAAUUUUGCUAACGAUGUCACCAUGGAGUGUAAAGUGUCUGGGUCCCAGCCCAUGACCAUCGUUUGGUUUAAAGACGACCAGGAGGUCCGGCCCGGGUCUAAGAUCCAGCCUGAAUUCAAAGACAGCUCUGCAACGCUGAAAAUCACUCGUCUGGAAAAAGCUGAUUCUGGAGUUUACAAAUGCAGAGCCACCAACUCGGCCGGGUUUAAGGAAACCAGCGGCACUCUCUAUGUCAAAGAGCCCCCAGUGUUCACUGUGACACCAGACAACCAGGAUGUUAUACCUGGGACCACCGUGUCCCUCAGAGUUGCCUUCACUGGAACAGCUCCGCUGGCUGUUAAGUGGUUCAGAGAGGAUAAGGAGCUGAUCAGUGGAGGCACAUGUUUCAUAAAGAAAGACUCCACCUCCAGCUCUUUGGAGCUUCACUCUGUGAAACCCAGUGAUUCUGAUAAAUACACGUGUCAAGUGUCCAACGAUGCCGGGAAGGUGGACUGCACCGCCGUCCUCUUUGUCAAAGAACCGCCCCUGUUUGUGACCAAGCUUGAGACGACCAAGCUUGUCACCAGCAGUGCCACCUGCAGGCUGGAGUGUAAAGUGACGGGCAGCCCCGUUAUCAUGUUCAAAUGGUUUAAAGAUGAGAUGGAGAUCAGCUCUGGUCCUAAAUACACAAUCACCACGAGCGACUUAGUGGCGUCCAUGGAAAUGGUCAGUUGUGCCGUAGAGGACAGUGGGGAGUAUUUGUGUGUGGCGUCUAGCGAGGCCGGUAGUGACCGCUGCAGCAGCACAGUCACAGUCAAAGAACCGCCGUUGUUUGUUCGUAGCUUGGAGCCCAAAGAUGUGGUGAAAGGUUCUGAGCUGACACUGGAAGCUCAGGUGUCUGGCUCCGCCCCAUUCACUGUGUCGUUUUAUAAAAACACAAAGCCGAUUAGGAACGAUAAGAGACACAGAAUCACAGUGACAGAUGACCAGGUGGCGCUGCAGGUGCACACGGUGGAGGCGGGCGACGUCGGUUUGUACCAGUGUGUGGUUGAGAAUGAAGUGGGCAAGGCUUCCUGUGAAAGUCAAGUGACGCUAAAAGAACCACCGUCAUUUGUGCGAAAGCUGGAGAACCUCAGUUCUCUGGUGGGCGAUGAGGUUUCUUUGAUGUGCACUCUGAAGGGCACAGAGCCCAUGACUGUGUCCUGGCUCAAAGACAACCACGAGCUCAAAGAGGCAGAAAACGUCCAGAUUACACAUGAGAACCAAACAGCUGAGUUGCACAUCACCAAUUUACAGAACACGCACGGCGGGAAAUAUUCCUGCCAGGCUCAGAAUCAGGCCGGGAGCCAAAUGUGCUCUGCAGUGCUGACAGUUAAAGAGCCAGCUAAGGUCACAGAGGAGCCCAAGUCCAUCAGUGUGACUCAGGGGGAUCCGGCCACGCUGGAGGCCAGGUUCUCUGGCACCAAACCCCUGAAAGCCAAAUGGCUGAAGUCAGGCAAGGAGAUUACAUCCAGCCUGAGAUAUAAAGUCCAGAGCACAGACACCAGCUCUGUGCUCAAGAUUAAUAAAACAGAGAAAGGUGACGGUAGCGAAUACGUCUUUGAAAUUUCAAACGAUGUCGGCAGAGGUUCUUGCGAGGCCACGCUCACCAUUCUUGAUCAAAUAAUUCCACCGUCGUUCACAAGAAAACUGAAGCGGACAGAAGGAAUCAAAGCGUCCUUCGCUCAUCUGGAGUGUCUGGUCUCUGGCUCGCUGCCUAUAACCAUACAAUGGUACAAAGAUGAGAAAGAGAUCCAGACUGAUGACAAACACAAAUGCACGUUCUUUGAGAACGUUGCUUUUCUGGAAAUCUCUGAUCUUGAUGGUAAAGACAGUGGCAGCUACACCUGCAUCGCUAAAAACAAGGCAGGGACGGUCCAGUGCUCCGCCACGCUGUUCGUCAAAGAACCACCGUGUAUUCUUGAAAAACCUGAAUCCAUGAAUGUUCUGCCUGGAUCAAAGGUCCAGUUUAAUGUCCUGGUCUGUGGCACACCGCCACUGACCAUCAAAUGGUUCAAAAACCAGAAAGAGAUUGUGUCCAGCACAGACUGUUCUGUGGUCAAAGACAACACCUCCAGCUCGCUUCAGCUCUUCUUUGCAAAAACCACAGAUUCUGGAGACUAUGUCUGUGAAAUACACAACGACGUCGGCUCCACUUCCUGCCAGGCAACGCUCUUCGUUAAAGAACCUCCAAAGUUCACGCGAACGCCGACACGUUUGUCCGUGGUUCGUCCCGGUCAGAGCAAAGUGUUUGAGUGUCAGGUGACCGGAACACCUGAGAUAGACAUCUACUGGUUUAAAGAAGGCUCAGAGAUCGUCCACAGCGAUCGGUACAAGGUCGCGUUUGUUAACUCUGUGGCCACACUGGAGCUCUGUGGGCCUGACGCCAAAGACAGUGGCAUUUAUUACUGCGAGGCUCGCAAUGAAGCCGGCAGUGAGAGCUGCAGUAUGGAGCUCAAGGUCAAAGAACCACCAUUAUUUAUCCGAGAGUUGGCUCCAGCUGAUGUAGUGAAAGGCUCCACUGCCAGUUUGGAGGCUCAGGUGUCUGGGACGGGUCCGUUUGAAAUAACAUGGCACAAAGAUGCUAAAGAGCUCAAACCCAGUGCUAAACACAGCUUCUCCCAAACAAGUGGAACAGUGGGACUGGAUGUGAACAAAUGUGACACUGUUGAUGUCGGUGAAUAUCAGUGCACCGUUGCUAACGAGGUGGGAAGCUGUACUUGUAAGGCAAUGCUAAACCUCAAAGAACCACCAACAUUUACCAGGAAGCUGCAGAACACAGUCACUGUUCUGGGUAAAAUGGCAGAGUUUCAGUGUGUUGUCCAGGGUUCUCCCACUCUCUCUGUACAAUGGCAAAAAGAUGACCACUGGAUUCUUGAGGAUGCAAAGAUUGAGAGAACAUUUGAGAACAAUGUGGCCACUCUCAGGAUUCCUGCGUGUGAGGUGACACAUGGUGGGAAAUAUACCUGCCAGGUGGCAAACGAGGCCGGGCAGGAUAAAUGCUUUGCUGCCCUCACAGUGCAAGAACCUCCUCAGAUCACAGAGAAACCUGAAGUGAUUAAUGUCACGGCUGGAGAUCCAGUCAGUCUUGAAUGUAAGGUCACGGGUUCUCCUGAGCUCAAAGUGAAGUGGAUGAAAGACGGUAAAGAGCUUCAGUCCAUCAGGCAGCACAAGCUGAUCUUUGAAAACAACACGAGCAGCUUAAAGAUUCAGUCUGCUCAGAGAGAGGAUGAAGGAGAGUACGUCUUUGAAGUGGCAAACCACAUCAGUGGCUGCUCCUGCAAAGUCAAAGUGGUCAUACUAGAACAAGUCAUUCCUCCAAGUUUCAUCAAACCACUGGUAGACAUGCAGGAGAUUUUGGGCUCCUUUGUUCAAAUAUGUUGCAAAAUAUCGGGUUCCCUCCCGAUCAGUGUGGAGUGGCAGAAAGAUGGAGCCAAAAUCUCUAGUGGUGCAAAACACAAACUCAUCCAGCAGGACAAUGCUGUGUUUAUUGAGAUUGAGCACCUCGAGAUCUCUGACGCAGGAUCCUACUCUUGCAAACUGACCAAUCCAGCGGGGACUUGUCAAUGCAGUGGAUCCCUGAUGGUCAAAGAACCUCCAAGUUUUGUGACCCUGCCUGAGUCACAGGUGGCUCUACCCAACGCCACUGUUCGCUACAAAAGCUCAUUUAAUGGAACCCCUCCAUUCAUGGUGAAAUGGUUCAAGGACAACACAGAGCUCAUGACUGGGCCCACUUGUUUCACAGGGCUUGAGGGGCAGUCUUGCUUCUUAGAGCUCUAUUCAGUGGGUGUCAUCCACAGUGGAGUUUACUCUUGCCAAGUCAGCAACGAUGCUGGCUCUGUACGCUGUAGUGCAGACUUGACGGUCAAAGAACCACCGGAGUUUGUGCUGAAACUCCCUGCCACUAAGUUUGUGAAGCAGGGAGCUUCACUCCGUCUGGAGUGUAAAGUCAGUGGCACAGCUCCUCUGAAAAUGACCUGGUACAGACACGAUACCAAGGUCACAGAUGGGGGCAACUACAGGACAUCCUUUGUUGACUCAGUAGCAGUCCUGGAACUGCUCUCCGCCAGCUUUGAUGAUGAUGGAGUUUUCACCUGUGAAGCUCAGAAUGAUGCUGGCAGUGUCAGCUGCAGCAGCACUCUUUCUGUUAAAGACCCCCCAUCUUUUGUCAAAGUACCUCAGCCAGUUGAAGCGCUGAAGGGUAAGGACGCGAGUCUGUACUGCGAGAUGAGCGGUACAGCUCCAUUCCAGAUCACCUGGUUUAAAGACAAGAAACCUUUGAUGGAGAGCAGGAAGUAUAAGAUGGUGAGCGAGGGCAGCUCGGCGACACUGCAUAUAAUUGGGAUAGAGCCUUUGGACACCGGCGAAUAUGAGUGCAAGGCGUCAAACAGUGUAGGAAGUGACACCUGCCAGACAUCCGUUAAACUCAGAGAGCCACCGUCGUUUGUGAAGAAACUGUCAAACAUGACAGUGAUACUGGGAGAGGAAGUGACCCUUGUGGCCACUAUUAAAGGUUCUGAACCCAUUACUGUGUCCUGGGUUCAAGAUAAGGACCACAUUCUCAGGGACGGUGACAACUGGAAAAUCACCUUUGAGAACAACCAGGUCGCUCUUAAGGUCUUUAAGGCCGAUGCAACCACGGCAGGCAAAUACACGUGCCAACUCAGAAACGAUGCUGGGAGCGUGGAGUGUUUCGCUAACGUGACUGUUCUAGAACCAGCAAAGAUCAUAGACAAGCCUGAUUCUCUGAGUGUGACGGCAGGUGAUAUCGCCGCCCUGGAAGUCAAAGUGUGUGGAACCCCAGAACUUGUACCUAAGUGGUUCAAGGAUGGUGUGGAGCUAGCCUCUGGAAGAAAAUACAAAAUCUCAUUUUCCAGGAUGAUUUCUAGCCUGAACGUUCUCUCAGCUGAGAAAGUGGACUCUGGAGAGUACACCUUUCAGGUCAUGAACGAGGUCGGGAAGGACCUGAGUAAAAUCAAUCUCACCGUCUUAGAUAAGAUCAUACCUCCAAGCUUUUCCAGGAAGCUGAAAGACUGUAACACAGUUGUUGGAGAGGCUGGAGAGAUGGAGUGCAAAGUUUCAGGCUCACCAUCUUUUACCAUCUCAUGGUACCAUGACGGGGAAGAGAUUCAGAGCGGGCCGAACUAUGAGAUUUCAUUUAGUGAGAACAGCUGCAUGCUCAAAGUACCCACACUGAAGCUGACAGACUCUGGAGUCUACAAAUGUAGAGCUGCCAACAAGGCCGGAUCCAGUGAGACCACUGCCACCCUGGUGGUCAAAGAACCUCCAUCAUUCGUGGUGCCACCACAGCCCGUGGAGGCAAUGCCCGGCUCUAACGUGACUUUCUCAGCUAUGGUGAAAGGCAGCUCGCCUCUUAAACUGAAGUGGUUCAGAGGAGCCAAGGAGAUUGUGGCAGGACGCAACUGUGUCUUCUUGCUGAAGGAGAACCAGGUCACUCUGGAGCUCCUCAAUGUGGACAGAUCUCACGCUGGAGAGUACACAUGUCAGAUCAUUAACGAUGCAGGGAAGGAAAGUUGUCCCGUUCAUCUCACUGUCAAAGAACCUGCUGCCUUCUCCAAGAAGCUGAAGGAUGUCUCAGUCGAGAAAGGGAAACCGUUGACUCUGGAGUGUACGUACACAGGAACACCAAAGAUCACAGUGAGCUGGUACAAAGACGGCCAGCAGAUCUUUGCUUCUUACAAAUACAACAUCACCACGACCGAGAGCUCCUGCAUCCUGGAGUGUCUCAGCACGGACGACAAGGAAGCGGCGGGACAAUACAGCUGCCAUGUGUCCAACGACGCUGGACAGGACAAGUGCGAGGCAGCCGUGUCCAUCCUUGAGCCACCGUACUUCCUGGAGCCUCUGGAGCCCAUGGAGGUGACCACUGGAGACGCCGUGUGUCUGAAGUGUCAGGUGGCAGGAACUCCUGAGAUCAAAGUAUCCUGGUACAAAGGCGAAGGCAAAGUGCGGUCGAGCCCCACCUGCAGGUUGGAGUUCUCCAAGGGUGUCGCCUGCCUGAAGCUCAGCAAAGCCACAAAGGCCGACAUUGGAGAGUACAGCUGCAAGGCGGAGAACCGCAUUGGCUCUGCCUCCUCCACCGGCAAACUCAACGUGCUGGAAGCCAAAACGCCUCCAACCUUCCCCAAGAAAAUCACCAGCCUACAGCAGACUGAGGGUCAACUGGUCAGGUUCGAAUGCCGCGUUGCCGGCUCCUCGCCGAUCGAGGUGGCGUGGUUGAAAGACGGCGAGCCUCUGAGAGAAGGAGACGAGUUCUCCAUGUUGUACGAUGACAACACAGCCGUGCUGCAGAUCAGCUGUGGCGAGAUGAGGCAUUCUGGGGAGUACACAUGUGUUGCCACCAACAGCGUGGGCUCGGCCUCCUGCAGAGCCAAGCUAACUCUACAAGAACCACGGUACCCUCCAGUAUUUGACAGGAAGUUGUCACCACAGGACGUGACGGUGGGUGACAGCGUUGAGCUGGAAUGUCACAUGACUGGCUCCGCCCCCAUCAAAGUCACAUGGUCCAAAGACCACAAAGAUAUCCGCUCUGGCGGGAAUUAUAAGAUGAGCUGUGUGGAGAACACGCCCCACCUAACCAUCGUGAAGGCAGAUAAAUCAGACACGGGCAGAUAUUUCUGCCACGCCUCUAACGACAUGGGGAAGGACUCUUGUUCCUCUGACGUCACGGUCAAAGAGCGGAAAAACCCUCCAAUGUUCACCAAGAAGCCGUCGGAGCACAUCGAGGACACCGAGGGAAAACUGGUGAAGAUGGAGGGACGACUGACCGGCUCGCAGCCCAUGUCCAUCAGCUGGUUCAAAGACGACAUGGAGAUACUCAGCUCCGACAAGUACGACAUCAGCUUCAAGAGCAAUGUGGCCGUGCUGUGCAUCAAGAGCUGCCACCUGAGUGACAGCGGCAGGUACACAUGCCACGCCUCAAACGAAGCUGGAAGAACUUCCUGUGAUGUCACCGUGGGAAUCUCAGAGGCUAAGAAGCCUCCGGUCUUCGACGUUCCGCUCAAACCGGUGACGGUGGACGAGGGCGAGAAGCUGAGCCUCAGGUGUCACGUCUGUGGUUCCGCUCCUCUGAAGAUCCAGUGGAUGAAAGACAGGAAGGACCUGACAUCGGCUGGCAGCACCAGGAUCAGCUUCUCCGAUGGGACUGCCUGCCUGGAAAUUAGCCCCGCCUCCAGACAUGACGCCGGCGAUUAUCUCUGCAAGGCCACCAAUGACACAGGCAGCGAGUUCUGCAAAGCCAAAGUCACUGUGAAAGAGAAACCAGGAGCAGCUCCGGCUCCCGCCGAGGCUCCAGCCACAGCUCCAACCAAAAAACUGGACAACCUGUUCUUCAUCGAGGAGCCAAAAUCUACCCACGUCACUGAGAAGGGAACCGCCACCUUCAUUGCCAAAGUGGGCGGCGACCCCAUCCCAAACGUGAAGUGGAUGAAGGGGAAGUGGAGGCAGAUCACACACGGUGGCCGGAUCUCCAUUGAGCAGAAGGGUCAAGAGGCAAAACUGGAGAUCAGGGAGGUGACCAAGUCGGACUCGGGUCAGUACAGGUGUGUCGCCUCCAACAAGCACGGCGAGAUCGAGUCCAGUGCUGACAUGCAUGUGAACGAAAAGAAAGGGGAGGCACUUCUGGAGGGAGACCUGCGUGCCAAACUGAAGAAAACACCAUCGAAGCAGAAGAGUCCAAAGGAGGAGAAGGACAUUGACAUUGUUGAGCUGUUGAGGAACGUGGACCCCAAAGAGUACGAGAAAUACGCCCGAAUGUACGGCAUCACAGACUAUCGUGGCCUGCUGCAGGCCAUCGAGCAGCUGAAGAAGGAGAAAGCUGAAGAAAGUGGAGUGAGACCGGAACUGGAACGUGGAGACAGAGAGUCAGACGAGGACAUGGCCCGGCUGGUGGCCGACCUGCAGAAGAGGAUGGAGCGCACAGAGCCUGUCACGGUGGUGAAGGACAUUGCCGAUCAGACCGUCUUUUCCAGCAAAGAGGUGAUGUUUGAGUGCGAGAUCAAGAUCAACUAUCCAGAGAUCACUUUGUCCUGGUACAAGGGCACGCAGAAACUGGACACCAGCGACAAGUACGACAUCAGCAUCAGCGGCGACCGACACCUGCUCAAGAUCAAGAAGUGCCGGUCGUCCGAUCAGGGCAACUACCGGGUGGUUUGUGGGCCACACAUCUCCAGUGCCAAGCUCACCGUCAUGGAAGCGGAGGUUGAAAAGCACCUGGAAGACACAUCGGGUAAGGAAGGACAGUCGUGUACUCUGUCUUGUCAGUUGUCCAUCCCUAAUGUAGAGGCUCAGUGGUUUAAAAAUGGCAAGCAGUUAGAGAUGAAGGGCAGGUACACGUCUGAGGUGAAACACAAGGUUCAGAAGCUUCUGAUCAGAGACCUGAAGCAGGAAGACCAGGGUCGAUACACCUGCAGGUACCAGCAUCUGGAGUCAACGGCCGACCUCUGGGUGGAAGCUGAGCAAAUUCAUUUCACCAAACGCAUCCACAAUGUUGAAGUCAACGAGCGGCAGUCGGCCACCUUUGAGUGCGAGGUGUCCUUUGACAACGCGAUCGUUUCAUGGUACAAAGACACCUGGGAACUGAAAGAAAGCACUAAGUACAACUUCACAAGCGAGGGCCGAAGACAUUUCAUGGUCAUCCGAAAUGUGACCAUUGAAGACGAAGGCGUGUACUCAGUGAUUGUGAGGUUGGAGCCCAGAGGAGAGGCUAAGAGCACAGCUGAGCUUUAUUUGUCUGGCAAAGAAAUUGAAUUAGCGAUGGUGCCAACAGAUGUUCCUGACACGUCCAUCCAGAGGCCUGACAUGCCCUCAUCCAUGGCAAUCCAAGAAUCUUCUGAGUUCUAUUACGAAGAAAAAGCCGAACAAAGAGCUGAAUUCUCGUAUGAGGAGCUGGAGGUGGAGCAGCGAGUCGAGUUUCAGAGCUGGACUGAAGAAACCAAACAAACACAAAAGGUUCUCAAACCAAAAGCUGCUGAUCGUGUUGUCGUUGAGGAGAAGGUGGAGACACGUAGAGUUGAAGUGAGAGAACAGACACCGACCAAAGUUCCUAAAGUUGAAGAGAAAAAGCCUGAAGAGAAGCUGAAAGCAGCUGUGAAGGAGCCGACGCCACGAGAAGAAGUGCUGAGGAAGCCGGUGGAGGAGAAGGUUCCUGUGGUUUCAGUCCCAGAGAAGAAGGAAGCUCCUGCUGUCACAGAAGCAGAGGAGGUGAAGAAACCAACUGCCGCGCCGUCUCUGCCCGAUAAAAAGCCCGGAGUGCCACAGAAAGAUGAGGCCAAACCUCAGGUGCCAGCAGAGCCCAAAAAGGUGGCGCCUACAGCCAAACCUGAAUCUGAACCCAAGCCUGAAGCUAAGCCAAAGACCACUCCAGCUCCCAAAGCAGAACCUGAACCCAAACCAGCAAAGAAGGAGCUGGAGCCCGAAGCUAAGCCGGCACCGGUGAAGAAGCCGACCACGCCCCCGACUAAAGUCCCUGAAGAAGCUGCAAAACCAAAGCUGGCAAAAGUCGAGCCUGAACCGGCGGUGACUGAACCAGAACCAGAGAAACUGAAACCUAAAGCAGCAGUGGUGCCUAAACCUGAGCCGGCUAAAGUUAAGCCAGAACCUGCCACAGUUCCCAAACCUGAGCCCGUGGUGAAGAAACCCAAGGUGCCGAAACCAGAACCUUCAAAGGCCAAACCAGAGCCAACACCUGCCAUGAAGGAACCCGCGAAGAAAGUUGCUGUGAAGAAGGAGGCGUCGCCACCAGAAGACAAAGCACCAGUGGUAAAGCCGACUGCUCCUCAACCAGAGAGCAAAGUGCCGGCCGCUGAAAAAGUUCAAGAACCUGCCAAAAAGCCAGAAGUCACUGAUAAACCCAAGAAGUUGGAGAAGAGAGUUUCUCCAGCAGAAGAACCUAAACCAGUCGUGAAGCCAAAACCUGAAGAACCGACCAAGAAAGUUGUGGAGGAAAAACCAGUCAUGGUAGAAACAGUGGCUCCCUCUGCAGAUGAAGCCAAGGGACCAAUUGAAGCACCAGGAGGAGUCAAGAAAGACACGGUUCUGGGCAAAAAAGGUAAAAUUCAGGUGGAAGAGGGCGGGACGUUUGAGAUUCCCACCUUGAAGAAAGCAACCAGAGUUGUGAGGGAAGUGGAGCAGGAACUGGAAACGGUCAAACUGAAAAAGGUUCCCUCAAUUCCACCCAAAGAGGAAGAAGCAGAUGAAAAACCUCAGAAGAUAACAAAGACCACCCUGUUGGAUGUCGACGAGAUGGUUCACAAAUUAGAGCCUGUGGAGAUGUCAGUCGCCACCAGGAGACCUGCUGAGGAGAAGAAGCCCAGAGAGAAAGCAGAGGUGGUGAAAAAGCCAGAAGUUUCCAAACUCAAAGAAAAGGAACCAACAGAGGCUCCUAAAGAUGCAUGGACACACAAGAAACCCGUCCCAAAAGAUGAAAAGCCAGAGGAAAAGAUUUCUAUUAAGAAAACACCCAAGACACCAAAGGAAGAGGAAUCUGCCCUGCCUCCUGCAGCCUUGAAGAAAGUGAAAAAACUGUCUUCAGAUGAAGUUGAACCAGAAGUAGUCAAACUAAAACCACUUGAGAAGCCUGCUAAAACAGCAGAGGAGCCAGAGAAAGAUAAAAAAGAAAAGCCUGACAGAGUCAUAGAGCCUUUCCAGAAAGGGGAGAGGAUCGCCAGAGAGGUGGAACCCAAAGAACCUCCCAAAAAAACAGAGAAGGAACCUGCAGAGGUUACUGAGCCACUAGCUAAGGUGCCAAAGCCAUUGAUUAAAAAGAAAACUCCAGAGAAGGAAUUAGAGGAGGUCAAAGCACCGACCAAGGUGAAGAAAAUCCCGACAAAGGAACAAGAGGUUGAAAGCAUCAAACUAAAACCUGUUUCCAGACCUUCCAAAGAUGCUGCAGAACCUGAGAAGAAACCAGAAGAGGAGAAAGAGAGGAAACCAAUUGAUGACAUGCGCCAACGUCGCAAAAGUCCUGUUGAAAAACCCAAAGAACGAGAACCAGACGCCAGACCAAUGAAACCUGAGAUUCCAGAGAUUCUGGAGAAGAAACCAGAAACAACAAAAGAGUUGGAGGCAGUUCCCAUGGAGAAGACAGUGUCUCCAGCACCAGCUCCUGUUAAGAAACCUGACAAGGUUCCUGAGGAACCCAAACCUCUGCAGCUGAAGAAGGUUGUUACACCCAAGGUGCAGCAGGACAAAGAAGAAGUUACACUUAAACCUUUGGAACAGCUCAAGAAGGUUGAGCUGAAAAAGACACCCUCUCCUAAAGUAGAAAAACUCAAAGAAGCAGAAACAGUCCCUUUUGAGAAGAUCCCUAGUGUUGAUAAGCUCAGAAAGGUUCCAAAAACAGUUUCUCCAAAAGAGUCUAUUGAACCUGUGACACUUAAGAAGGUCCCCAAAAAGCCUUCACCUGAAGAGGUGAAGGUCACAGAACCAGCAAAACCUGACAAAGGAAAGAUUCCCUUGGUGAAAGAGAUCUCUCCUGGAGCUGUGCAGAUGAAGAAGGUUGACACCCAGCCAGAGGAGGAGGUGUUUGAAGAGGAGUUUGAAGCAGAGGUAGAGGCAGGGGAAGGCGAGGAGGAGGAGGCCUGGGGCUGGGAGCUGGUUCCUCGGGACAGUGCCGGCUCUGAGGACUGGGAAGGUGAAACAGAGGAAGGUGCUCUAGAGGUUCCAGGGGCUGCCAGGAGAGAAGGACAACCAGCAGCAGCAGGGGAAGCACCAGCCGGCAGAGGUCGAGGCCUAAGACCCAAACAGACGCCGUCCCCUGGAGAAGGCAGGGGGCGUGGCCUGAAGCCCGGUGGACGAGGUCCCCCUCCUCCAGAGGAACCCUUCGCAGGGUUCAAGCUCAAAGCCGUCCCUCUGAAGUUCAUCAAGAAGCUUCAGAACAUCGUGCUGCAGGAGGCUGAGUCCAUUGGUUCAUCAGCUGUGUUUGAGUGUGAGGUCUCGCCGUCCACUGCCAUCACUUCAUGGAUGAAAGACGACAGCAACCUGCGGGAGAGCCCCAAGCACAAAUUCACGUCUGAUGGAAAAGAUCGUAAACUGCACAUCAUUGACGUUCAGCUGUCCGACACUGGUGAAUACACCUGUGUCGCCAAAAACGCUGGCAAGGAAAUAUCGUGCAUGGCCAAGCUCAUCGUUGAAGAGCUACCAACGAAAUGGGUCAAAGAGCUGGAGGAGGACACCUCAUGCCUGAAGGGUCAGCCUCUGUAUCUGACCUGUGAGCUGAACAAAGAGAAGGAAGUGGUCUGGAGGAAGAACGGCAAGAUCCUGAAGCCAAAGGCCAACAAGAUCCAGAUCAAUAUUAUUGGUCUGCAGCACGCUGUGACUCUCCAGAACAGCACGGACGAGGACGCAGGUGCCUACUCAUGCGAAGUGUCUGGCCAGGAAGAUAUCAAGACCAUAACCAACGUCAGAGUGAUUGAAAUCAUCAAAGAUUGGAUCGUGAAACCACUGAGAGACCAGCACGUUAAACCGAAGGCCUCUGCUACGUUUAAAUGCGAACUGUUCAAGGACACGCCAAACUGGAAGUGGCUCAAGGGAGAGAAUGAGAUUGUGCCGUCCGACAAAAUUGAGAUGAAGAAGGAAGGAAAGGAGCUGACGCUCACCAUCAAGAACUGUCAGCCUGAGGACAUCGCAGAAUACGCCCUGGAAGUGGAAGGACGCACCUACACCGCUAAGCUAACGCUCGGAGAGCGUGAGGCUGAGAUCCUGAGACCACUGGCCAGUGUUGAGGUAACUGAGAAGGAAGACGCCACAUUUGAGACUGAGAUUUCUGAGGACGAUGUUCCAGGAGAGUGGAAGCUCAAGGGAGAGGUUCUGACCCGAUCCCCGAUGUGUGAUAUCCAAAUGGACGGCACAGUGCGUAGGCUAACACUGAAAAACUGCCAGCUGGAUCAGGCCGGAGAAGUCUCGUACCAGGCUCUGAACGCCGUCACCAAUGCAAUGCUCAAUGUCAAAGAAAUUGAGAUGGACUUUGUUGUCCCGCUGAAAGACGUCUCUGUUCCUGAAAAGAAACAGGCUAAGUUUGAAUGCACCAUCACUAAGGAUGUCUCUAAGGUCAUGUGGUACAGAGGAACUGACAUCAUCACCUCAGACCAAAAGUAUGACAUCAUCGAUGAUGGAAAAAAGCAUAUGUUGGUUAUAAAUUGCUGUGAGUUUGAUGACGAGGACGAGUAUACAAUUGAGGUUUUGGGAAAGACCUCGACUGCCCGACUCACGGUGGAGGGUAUCAGGCUCAAAUUUAUCUCGCCACUAAAGGACCAAACUGUAAAGGAAGGCAAAACGGCUCGGUUUGAGCUGGAACUCUCCCAUGAAAACAUCCCUGUCGUCUGGUACAAGAAUGACGUUAAAAUUCAUCCAAGCAGAACAGUGGUCACGCAUGUCGAUGGGAAGAAACACGUGCUCGAAAUCAGGGAAGUGACUCUGGAUGAUACGUGCCAGAUUAAAGCUGAGGCCAAAGGAAUUCCUUCCAUGGCCAACCUGACAGUCAUAGAGGGAGAUGCGUACUUCACGGUCAAGCUGCAGGACUUUACUGCGGUGGAGAAGGACGAGGUGGUUCUAGAUUGUGAACUCAGCAAAGACGUCAAUGUCAUGUGGUACCACAACGAGGCGGAGAUCAAAGCCUCCAGGAUGGUGGCCAUCAAGGCCGAGGACAAACGCAGAACACUGGUCAUCAAGAGAAUUGGAGACAAAGACAAAGGACAGUAUGUUUGUGACUGUGGGACAGACAAGACAACUGCAACUCUGCACAUCGAAGCUCGGCACAUUAAGGUGGUCCGGCCUUUGUACGGUGUUGAAGUGUUUGAUGGGGAGACCGCUCGGUUUGAGGUGGAGCUCAGCGAGGACGAUGUCCACGGCCAGUGGAAACUGAACGGCGAAGUCCUCAGUCCGUCUGCUGACGUUGAGAUUGUGGAGGACGGCGCCAAACACACGCUGGUCAUUUACAACUGCAAAGUUCCUCUGACAGGCGAGCUGGUGUUUACCGCCGCUAACGCCAAGUGUUCUGCUAACCUGAAAGUGAAGGAUCCUCCAGUCUCGUUCAUUACUCCUCUGUCUGAUGUGCAUGUGUACGAAAAAGAGGAGGCUAAGUUUGUACUGGAAAUUUCUCGAGAGCCAAAAAGCUUCCGUUGGCUGAAGGGAACUCAGGAGCUAGUGAACGAUGAUAAGUUUGAACUGUCGGUUGACGCAAAGAGACACAGUCUCGUUAUCAAAUCUGCCAAAUACGAAGAUGAAGCCAAGUAUAUGUUUGAGGCUGAAGAUAAGAGGACGUCUGGAAAGUUGAUCAUCAAAGGUAUCCGUCUCGAAUUUAUCAAACCAAUUAAAGACGUGACUGUGAAGGAGCGAGAAACGGCAGCGUUCAGUGUCGAACUCUCUCACGAUAAAAUCCCAGUGGUCUGGUACAAAAACGACGUCCGUCUGCACCCCAGCAAGGUGGUGCACAUGACGGAUGACGGUAAAGUCCACACACUGGCCUUCAAGGAGGUCACCCUCGACGACACGUCCAUGAUCAAGGUGGACGCCGCGGGCAAGACAUCGGAGGCCAUGCUCACAGUCCUUGAGGGCGACUUAUACUUCACAGCUAAGCUGCAGAACUACACUGCCGUCGAGAAGGACGAGGUGAUUUUGUCCUGUGAGCUCAGCAAAGCCACUGGCGAUGUCAAAUGGUUCAAAGACGGCGCCGAGAUCUUUCCCUCCAAGAAUGUUCUGCUCCAAUCGGACGGCAAGAAGCGCGUGCUGAUCGUCAAGAAGGCGGUGAAGAGCAGCAAGGGAACGUACACCUGCGACUGUGGCACUGACAAGACCACAGCCACCCUGAACAUCGAAGAGCGCGACAUCAAGGUGCUGCGCCCACUCUACAGCGUGGAGGUCACUGAGACGGAGACGGCCACGUUUGAGACAGAGAUUUCAGAGGAGGAGCUUCACGGCACCUGGAAACUGAAGGGAGAGACGCUCCUCCCAUCUGCGGACGUGGAGAUCAAGAUGGAGGGAACCCGACACAUGUUGAUCCUCCACAACUGUAUGAUGGACAUGGCCGGCAGCGUGGACUUCAUGGCAGCUAACGCCAAGUCCUCAGCUCAGCUCAGGGUGAAAGCCCGGGUGAUCAGCAUGGUGAAGCCCCUGAAGGAUGUGGCGGUGACUGCGGGUGAGACCGCCACCUUUGAGUGCGAGCUGUCGUACGAAGGCAUCGUUGUCGAGUGGUUCCUGGAGGGAACAAAGCUGGAGCCCAGCGACAGAGUGGUUCUGAAGACAGAAGGUAAUGUCCACAGCCUGACUCUGCGUGACGUCCAGCUGCCUGAAGCUGGAAAGGUCAAACUCACGGCCAAAGACUUCCAGACCGAGGCCAACCUCAUCGUUGGAGAGCCGCCGGUGGAGUUCACAAAGCCCCUGGAGGACCAGACAGUGGAGGAGGAAGCCACUGCCACACUGGAGUGUGAAGUCUCCAGAGAGAAUGCAGAGGUGCAAUGGUUCAGGGACGACCAGGAGAUCAGAAAGAACAAGAAGUACGAGAUAAUCGUCGACAGCCGCAAGCGAGCACUGCUCAUCCACGACUGCACGAUGGACGACUCGAAAACGUACACCUGCGACUCCAAAGACUUCAAAACUUCCUGCUUCCUCAAUGUUGAACCUCCUCAUGUCGAGUUUGCGACGCCGCUACAUGAUGUCGAGGUCAGAGAGAAGGAAACGGCCAGGUUUGAGUGUGAAGUCUCCAGAGAGGACGUCAAGGUCCGCUGGUUUAAAGACGGAAGUGAAAUCCGAAAGGGGAAGAAGUAUGAAAUUAUCGCUGAAGGAUGCAAACACACACUCAUUAUCCACAAGUCUGCGUUUGAUGAUGAGGCAGAGUACGAAUGUGACGCAAAGACCUCUAAAUCCUCCGGCAUGCUCACGGUCAUUGAGGAGGAGGCAAGGUUCAUCAAGAACCUGUCCAACGUGGAGGGAACCGAGACCGACAGCGUGAAGCUGAUCUGCGAGGUCUCUAAACCCGACGCUGAUGUCAUCUGGUACAAAGGGGACGAGGAGCUGCCGGAGGGCGGCCGCUACGAUCACAUUGUUGAUGGGAAGAGGAGGAUCCUCCUCAUCCAGGACCUGAAGAUGGCUGAUGCUGGAGAGUACAACUGCAGACUCAGUCCCAGUGUCAAGACCUCUGGAGACCUCAAGAUCAACGAACUGGCGGCCGAGUUCCUCUCCAGGCCUCAGGGUCAGGAGGUGGUGGAGGGCGAGAAGGCGGAGUUUACCUGCACGGUGUCCAAGGACACGUAUGAAGUCAAAUGGCUGAAAGGCGACAAUGAGCUGGAGGCAGGAGACAAAUACCAGAUGAUCAGCGAUGGCAAGAAGCGAACACUGGUCGUCAAGGACAGCGAGCUGAAAGACGAGGGCGGAUACGUGGUGAUGAUCGGAGAGACCAGAGCCAGCGCUGACCUCACUGUGCUCGAGAAACUGAAGAUCAUCACGCCACUGAAGGACAUGGAGGCCCAAGAAGGUAAAGAGGUGGUCCUGAACUGUGAGGUGAACCAGGAGGGAGCCAAGGCCAAGUGGCUGAAGAACGAGGAGACGCUGUUCGAGAGCAGCAAGUACAUGAUGGUCCAGAGAGACAAUGUCUUCUCCCUGAGGGUCCUCGGUGCCCAGAAGGGAGAUGAAGCUAACUACAGCAUCAACUUGACCAAUCACAGAGGAGAACAUGUCAAGAGCUCCGGCAGCCUUGCUGUCAAAGAGGAGAGUCUGAAGAUCGUGGUUCCUCUGGAGGACAUCGACACUCAGGAGAAGAAGGCUGUCAGUUUCUCCUGCAAGGUCAACCGGCUCAAUGCCAAGCUGAAGUGGAUGAAGGCCGGCGAGGAGAUCGCCUUAAGCAAACGCGUUGUCUACAAAGUGGACAAGGACAAGCACAUACUGACCAUCAAGGACUGCACGCUGGCUGACGAAGGUGAGUACACGGCCGUGGCCGGAGACGACAAAUCGACAGCGGAGCUGAUCAUCAGCGAAGCACCGACUGACUUCAGCGCGCACCUGAAAGACCAGACCAUCACAGAGUUCGAGGAUGCCGAGUUCUUGUGCAAAUUGACCAAAGAGAAGGCGGAAGUGAAGUGGUACAGAAACGGACGUGAGAUCCGGGAAGGACCCAGAUACACCUUUGAAAAAGACGGAAAGUUUUGCAUCCUCCGUAUCAAGGAGUGCCGACCGGACGAUGAGUGUGAAUACACCUGUGGCGUAGAUGAUAAGAGAUCCCACGCCCGCCUCUUUGUUGAAGAGAUCCCAGUGGAGAUCAUCAGACCGCCGCAGGACGUGUUUGAAGCACCAGGCUCAGAUGUGGUGUUUGAGGUGGAGCUCAACAAGGACAGAGUGGAGGUGAAGUGGUUGAGGAACAACAUGACGGUCGUCCAGGGCGACAAAUACCAAAUGAUGAGUGAAGGUAAAGUCCACAGACUGCAGGUGUGCGAGAUCAGACCACGAGACCAGGGAGAGUAUCGAGUCAUCGCCAAGGACAAAGAUGCCAAGGCCAAGCUGGAGCUGGCAGCUCUACCUCAGAUCAAAACCACAGACCAGGACUACGUCACAGACGCCGGGAAGCCCAUUGUCAUGGCGGUCCCCUACAGCGCUUACCCACAGGCCGAGGCUGACUGGUUGUACGACAACAUCAGUCUGCCCAAAGACAACGUCUACACGUCGGCCGACCGAACCGAGUACCGGCUGAAGUACCCGAAGAAGAGCGACGAGGGCCGCUACAAGAUUGUGAUCAAGAACAAACACGGGGAGGGAGAAGCCUUCAUCAACCUGAGCGUCAUUGAUGUCCCAGGUCCUGUGAGGAACUUCCAGGUGGUCGACACUGCCGACGGCGAGGUCAGCCUGGCAUGGGAGGAACCUGAGAAUGACGGCGGCAGUAAGGUCAUUGGCUACGUGGUGGAGAGGCGCGACGUGAAGCGAAAGACCUGGACACUGGCCUCAGAACGUGUGGUAGGAACCGAGUACACAGUAAACGGCCUACAGAAAGACUCCAUGUACCUGUUCAGGAUUUGCGCCCGCAAUCGCGUAGGCAGUGGACCCAUUGUUGAGACAGACAAACCUGUUCAGGCCAAGAACAAGUUUGAUGUUCCCGAAGCUCCUCUAAAUGUGAUUGUUGGAAACGUCAACAAGUUCGGGUGCACCCUCUCCUGGGAGCCUCCCGAGUCAGACGGAGGUUCUCCCAUCACCUCCUACGUCAUCGAGCUGCGUGACCGCACGUCGGUGAAGUGGUCGCCCGUCCAGGUGACCAAGGCCGACGAGCUCAGCGCCAUCAUCAACGACGUCAUUGAAAACAAAGAGUACAUCUUCAGAGUCAGAGCCGAGAACAAAGCCGGUGUCGGCAAACCCAGUGCUGCUACACACCCCGUCAAGAUCAUGGAUCCCAUCGAGCGUCCCAGUCCCCCUCUGAACCUGUCGUGGCAGAACCAGAACAAGAGCUCGGUGCAGCUCGCCUGGGAGACGCCAUUAAGAAAUGGAGGCAGUAUGAUCACUGGAUACAUCAUCGAACGCUGUGAGGACGGCAGCGACAACUGGCUGCGCUGCAAUGCCCGCCUCUGCCCCGACCUCUUCUACAAGGUGUCUGGUCUGAAAUAUGGAGCCAAGUACAACUACAGAGUGAUCGCUGAAAACGCCGCUGGACUCUCAGACCCAUCUAAUAUCAUCGGCCCUCUGCUGGCCGACGACCCACACGUUGGUCCAACCUUUGACCUGAGUGCUUUCAAAGACGGCCUGGAGGUGAUUGUCCCUCAGCCUCUCACCAUCAGAGUCCCCAUCAGCGGGUACCCUACCCCUGUCGCCAAGUGGACCUUUGGUGAAAAGGAGCUGACCACUGCAGAUGAACGUGUCUCCAUGAUGACCAAGUCCACAUUCACAGAGCUGGUUGUUGCGCCGAGUGUCCGCCCGGACAAAGGCAUCUAUGUACUGCACCUGGAGAAUGAUGUCACGUCGGUGUCUGGGGAGAUCGAGGUUAACGUCAUAGCUGCACCCAGUGCUCCAAAGGACUUCAAGGUCCUGGAAGUGACCCGACAGCACGUCCACCUGAGCUGGGAGGCUCCGGAGCAUGACGGUGGAAGUCCUUUGACAGGCUACCAGGUGGAGAAACGGGACGCAGCCCGCAAGACCUGGGUCAAGGUGGCCUCAGGGGUUCUGGAUCAGGAGUUCACAGUCACCGACGUGGUUGAAGGGAAGGAGUAUUACUUCAGAGUCACUGCCUGUAACAAGUGUGGACCAGGAGAGCCAGCAUACAUCGACGAACCCGUCAACAUCUCCUCUCCUGCCACUGUCCCUGACCCUCCAGAGAACCUCAAGUGGAGAGACAAGUCAGCGAGUGGCAUCUUUCUUAGCUGGGAGCCACCAAAGUAUGACGGUGGAACCGGCCUCCGAGGCUACAACGUGGAGCGCUGCAUGAGAGGAAGCGAUAAGUGGGAGCCCUGUGGAGACAUGGUACCCGACCUGAAGUGCGAGGUGACGGGUCUAAUCGAGGGCCAGUGGUAUUCCUACAGAGUCCGAGCCCUGAACCGACUUGGAGCCAGUCGGCCCUGCAAGGCCACUGAUGAGAUCCAGGCCGUUGAUCCUAAAGAACCUCCAGAGAUUAAUCUGGAUGCCAAGCUGCUGGCCGGUCUGACUGCCAAGGGUGGCAGCAAGAUUGAACUUCCUGCAGAGGUGAAGGGUAAGCCUGAACCUCGAGUCAAGUGGACCAAGGCUGACCUGGUGCUCAAACCUGAUGACAGGGUGUCCAUUGAGACCACGCCUGGACACUCCACCGUUACUAUUGCUAAGACCAAGAGAGAUGAUAGCUCCAUCUACAUCAUCGAGGCCACAAACAGCAGCGGCCGUGCUACCGCCACCGUCGAAGUUAACAUCCUUGAUAAGCCAGGUCCUCCCGCCGCCUUUGACAUCUCUGACAUCACCAACGAGACCUGCUUCCUCGCAUGGAACCCUCCACGUGACGAUGGUGGCUCCAGAGUGACCAACUACAUUGUGGAGCGUCGUGCUACUGACAGCGAGAUCUGGCACAGACUGUCCUCCACCAUCAAACAGACCACCUAUAAAGCUGUGGGCCUGAUCAAGUUCAAGGAAUACAUCUUCAGAGUGUUCGCAGAGAACCAGUUUGGAGUUGGUCCACCAGCUGAACACCCAUCCAUCAUCGCCAAAUACCCCUUUGACACUCCUGGAGCACCUUAUAAGUUGGAAGCCUCAGACAUCGCCAAAGAUUCAGUGACUCUGAACUGGUAUGAGCCUGAUGAAGAUGGUGGAAGCCCCAUCACAGGAUACUGGGUGGAGAGAUAUGAACCUGAGCACGACAGGUGGCUCAGAUGCAACAAGCUGCCCAUUAAAGACACCAACUACAGGGUCAAAGGUCUUCCUACCAGGAAAAAGUACAAGUUCAGGGUUCUGGCUGAGAAUCUGGCUGGACCUGGAAAACCCAGCAAGGAGACAGACCCAAUCCUUGUCAAAAGUCCAAUUGAUCCUCCGUGGCCUCCUGGUAAACCCACAGUGAAGGAUGUGGCUAAGACCUCUUGCUUCCUGAUGUGGACCAGACCCGAGCACGAUGGCGGAGCAAAGAUCGAUGGCUACGUCAUUGAGAUGCUCAAGAGUGGAACUACAGACUGGAUCCGUGUCGCAGAUGACAUCAUCAACCUGGAGUACUUCUUGAAAGGCCUGAUGGAGAAGCAGGAGUACUCGUUCAGGGUGCGGGCCGUUAACGCGGCUGGAGAGAGUGAACCAAGCGAGCCCAGUGACCCAGUGCUCUGCAAAGAGAGACUCAGUCCACCGAUGGCUCCUCGCUGGUUGAACGUUGUCAGCAUCUGCAGGAACAGUGCCGAUCUGAAGUGGACAGCCCCCGAGCGAGAUGGCGGCUCACGCAUCACCAACUACGUGGUAGAGAAGCGUGAUGUCAGGCGGAAAGGCUGGCAGGCCGUGGACACCACAGUCAAGGAGCUGAAGUACACCGUGACUCCGCUAAACGAGGGAUCGCUGUACGUGUUCCGUGUUGCUGCAGAGAACACCGUCGGUGUCGGACCCUUCUGCGAGCUGGAGGACUCAGUGCUGGCCAAAGACACUUUCACCACUCCUGGGCCACCGUACGCCCUGGCUGUUAAUGCUGUGACCAGUAGAUAUGUGGACCUUCAGUGGGAGGCACCUAAAAACGAUGGUGGCAGACCCAUUCUGAAGUAUGUCAUUGAGAAGAAGGAGAAGCUUGGCACUCGCUGGGUUAAAUGUGGGAAGACUUCAGGUCCGGACUCUAAGUACAGAGUAACUGAUGUCAUUGAAGGAACAGAGGUUCAGUUCCAGGUCCGCGCUGAAAACGAAGCUGGCGUGGGGCAUCCAAGCGAACCCACAGAGAUCCUCUUAAUUGAAGAUCCCACAGGUGUCCCGUCCCCACCAGUUGAACUGCACGUGACUGGAGCCAGCCGAGACUUCCUGUCCAUUGCCUGGAAAGCACCCCUGAGGGACGGCGGUUGCCCCAUUACCGGAUACCACAUUGAGAUGUGCGAGGCUGGAACAGAGAAGUGGAUGAGGGUCAACUCUCGUCCAGUAAAGGAAAUGAAGUACCGUGUGGAAGAAGGUUUGGUCCCUGAGAAAGAGUACAUCCUGAGAGUGAGGGCCAUCAACUCUGUCGGAGUCAGCGACCCCUCCGACAUUUCUGAGAACGUCUUCGCCAAAGACUCUGACUGUAACCCAACAAUCGACUUCCAGACUCUGGACCUGGUUGUUGUGGAGACAGAGAAGCUGCACAUCCCAGUUCCCUUCAGAGCAGUUCCCUCGCCAAAAAUCACCUGGCACAAAGACGGCAAUGAGAUGAAGGCUGAUGAACGCGUUGGCUUCAGAAAGGAGUACACUUCCUGUCACCUGGAGAUCGACAGCAGCGUCCAUCCUGACGCUGGAGUCUACAAAGUAACUCUGGAGAACAAACUGGGAGCUGGCAGCGCCACCAUCAACGUUAAAGUCAUUGGUCUUCCUGGUCCCUGUAAAGAUAUUGCAGCUUCUGAGAUCACAAAGAGCUCCUGUAAAGUGACCUGGGAUCCUCCUGACUAUGACGGCGGUAGCCCAAUUCUUCACUACGUCCUGCAGCGGCGUGAAGCCGGCAGGAGGACGUACGUCAACAUGAUGUCAGGAGAGAACAAGGUGUGCUGGAACGUCAAAGACCUCGUCCCUAACGCAGAGUACUACUUCAGAGUCCAGGCCAUUAACAAGAUUGGAGGAGGGGAGUUUAUCGAGCUCCGCAACCCUGUCCUCGCCCAGGACCAAAAACAUCCUCCUGACCCCCCUGUGGACCUGGAGACCCACAACCCCACGUCCAGCACCAUCACGCUGACCUGGAAGCCCCCCAUGUAUGACGGUGGUGCAAAGAUCAUGGGCUACAUCCUGGAGAAGCAGCUGAAGGGAGAGGACAAGUGGGAGCGUUGCAACGACUUCCUGGUUCCCGUCCUGUCCUACACUGUCAGAGAUCUGACGGAGGGCAAGAACUACGCUUUCAGAGCAAGAGCUGAAAAUGCAGCUGGGGUCAGUGAUCCAUCACGUGCCACGCUGUUUGUCAAGGUCAUGGAAGCCAUUGAUUCUCCAAAGGUUUUCCUGAGCGGCAGCCUUCAGUCUGGUCUCGACGUCAAGCGCGGCUUAGAGAUCUGCCUGGAUGCCAACAUCUCUGGUUCGCCGUACCCCGAGAUCACCUGGUACUGGAACAACCAUGUGAUCCAACCUGAGCCACUGCGCAAGAGGCCAGAGAGGCCCUUGAAGAAGAAGGUGGAGAAGAAGGAAGAGAAGAAGGAGGAGGGUGAAGUGAAGGAGGGAGAAGAGAAGAAAGAAGGAGAGGAGAAGAAGGAGCAGGCCGCAGUGCCGGAUGAGGAGGAGCCCGACUACCCGACAAUCAACGAGCGUCUGGUCAUCGACAACCAUCGCAGAGGAACUUCCUCCAUUGUCGUCAAGGACUCAGUCCGCCCUGACCAUGGUGUCUACAUGGUGAAGGUGAAGAACAGCCAUGGUUUUGCCACUGCGACAUGUCAGGUCAACGUGCUCGACACUCCUGGGCCUCCCGUGAACUUCAGGUUUGAGGAGGUGAGGAAGAACUCAGUGGUCUGCAGAUGGGAUCCUCCUCUGGAUGAUGGUGGCAGCGAGAUCUUCAACUACAUUCUGGAAAAGAAGGACAACUCCAGGGUAGAGUUUGGCUGGAGCAGUGUCACCACCACGCUGAGGGGAUGCCGCUUCCUGGUGCCCAAACUCCUGGAGAAGAAAGAGUACAUCUUCAGGGUCGCAGCUGAGAACAAGCAUGGUGCCGGUCCCCCCUGUGUCUCCAAACCAGUCGUUGCCAGGAAUCCUUUCGACCCUCCUGAGGCUCCUGAUAAGCCACAGGUUGAGGACGUCACAUCUAACACUAUGCUGAUCAAGUGGAAUGAGCCAAAUGACAAUGGCAGCCCCAUCAUCGGAUAUUGGGUGGAGCGUCGUGAAAUCAACAGCUCCCACUGGGCUCGCAUUAACAAGAACAUUGUUCCUAGUACUGAGCUGACCGCUGAGGGUCUGAUGGAGGGCAUGACUUACAUUUUUAGAGUGGCAGCUGAAAACCAGGCAGGCCCGGGAAAGUUCAGUGUCCCCUCUGAACCCACAUUAGCGCAGCCUUCAAUAUUACCUCCUGGACCACCAGUUGCUCGAGUGGCGGCAACCACAGGCGGUUCCAUCGAUGUGGAGUGGGAUCCACCCACUGACAAUGGUGGAGGAGAGAUUCUGGGAUACCACGUGGACAAGGCUUUGGCUAACACUAAGGAGUGGUCCAGGUGCACAGAACAUGUUUGGAGACAACGGGAAUUCACUGUCUACGGAGUCCGUGAAGGAGCCAAGUACACGGUCAGAGUUGUUGCCUGCAAUGCUGCAGGAGAGGGACCGCCAGGAUUCACUGAAUCUGUGUUUGUCAAGAAUCCUGCAGAGUUGCCAGUCAUUGAUAUGGACUUGUCGAUCAAGAAUGGAAUUUUGAUCAGAGCUGGACAGACGCUACUUAUACCUGCCACAGUUAAAGGUAAACCCUAUCCCUGCAUCACCUGGACCAAGGACGAUAGCAAACCUGACAAAGACCGUGUGGAGAUUCUCACUGAGGGCAACGACAGCAUUGUUUCAAUCCCCAACUGCCAGAGGAAGGACUGCGGCAAAUACCAGAUCUCUGCCAUGAACCCUAGUGGCAAAAAGAAUGCUUGGACCAGAGUGGAGGUCGUAGAUGUCCCCGGGCCCGUCACCGACCUAAAGCCCGUUGUUGUAACUCGUAAGAUGAUCUUCCUGAACUGGGAUGACCCCAAGGAUGAUGGAGGCAGCGACUUGACCGGCUUUAUUGUGGAACGGCUAGAUAGCAAGACACAAACAUGGAAGCAGCCAGUUGAAACCAUCUCGUCAAAGUGCGAAUGCACGGGCAUUGUGGAAGGAGAAGUGUACGUGUUCCGUGUUAUGGCUAAGAACAAGUAUGGCCCGGGCACACCAGUCGUGCUGGAUCCCAUCCUGGCUGUGGACCCACUGGCUCCACCAUCAUACCCUGAGAAAUUCCAUUACACUGAGCGCACUAAGGACUCCGUCACCUUGACCUGGAAGCCACCUCGUAAUGACGGUGGCAGCCCCGUCCUGGGCUACACUGUUGAGAAAAAGAGACAGGACCAGCAAGAGUUUGAGCCCUGCAACACAGAGCUCUAUCCGGACUUGACCAUGACUGUGACGGGCCUGGAAGAUGCCUGGAUGUAUGAGUUCAGGAUCAAGUGUGCUAACGUCAUUGGAGUGAGCGAGCCAUCGAACCCUCUCGCUGUGGUUAUUCAAGAUGAUGAAGUGUCUCCUGAGGUUCACAUGCUGAAGGUCUUCAAGAGCGACUCCAUCACUGUGAAGAAGGGUGAACCCAUUGACAUGCCUGCUGAAGUCCUGGGACUCCCGAUCCCUAAUAUUGAAUGGACCAAGGAUGAUGUGUUGAUCCCCAAAUCCACUGACAAUUUGCUGAUUGAGACAGAAGUCACUGGCAGGCUGAAUGCAAAGACUACACUGUCCAUCCUAGCAGCCAACAGGAGGGACCGCGGAACCUACACUAUAACUGCCACCAACACCAUGGGCACAGCUCGGCACAACAUCUAUGUCAUGGUGCUGGACCGACCACUCCCACCCAGGAAUUUGACCGUGUCCAAUAUCAAGGCUGAGUUCUGCCGCCUGCAGUGGGAUCCACCACUGGAUAAUGGUGGCAGUGAGCUGACCAACUACAUUAUUGAUAAGAAGAAAACAACAGAGGAGCCAGAAGAGGGACAGGAAGCUCAGUGGGAGGAGGUUACCAAUUGCAUCAUUGACAAGAAAUUUGGGGUGUGGAACCUUGAAAACGACAACUCUUACAUGUUCCGCGUCCGGGCUGAGAACCGCUAUGGUAAAUCUGACCCCUGUAUGUCAGAGGAAGUCAAGAUCAUAGACCCACUCGGCCUUCCAGGUCCACCAGAGAAACCAGCUAUUGCAGAUUAUUCCAAGACCACCAUGACCGUUACCUGGGAACCUCCCAGGGAAACUGGCGGCUCUGCAAUUACUGGCUACUGGGUGGAGAAGAGGGAGAAAGGCUCAGACUACUGGGGCAAAGUCAACAAGGUGCCAGUAACCAAGAGAGGCCCAAAAGGCUGGGAGUGCCAGGCGACUCGUCUAUUUGAGGGAACAGAGUACGAGUUCAGGGUCGCUGCCUGCAAUUUUGCUGGAACUGGACCAUUCAGCAGAACAUCUGAUUCUGCCUUUGCCGUUGAUCGUCUUACUCCUCCCAGCAUGCCUGCAGCACCUGUGGUGGCUGACAAGACAAAGCACAAUGUCUCACUGACCUGGCAACCACCCGAGAGUGACGGAGGAAGCCCCAUCAAGGGCUACAUCAUCCAGAUCCAGGAUGAAGGCUCGUCCAAGUGGAUGCAAGUGAACGACCUUGACUCUGUUCACCCCACCACUGAGUACACCGUGCCCACCCUCCGGGAGCUUAAACGCUACCGCUUCAGGAUCAUUGCUGUCAAUGCCAUUGGCGAGUCUGACCCCAGCCCCCGCACCAGUGAGGUUCUGAUUGAGGAUGUUCAACUGGCACCUUCCAUCUCUAUCGACAUGUUGGUGGACGAUCUGCUGUACAUCCGUGCCGGAGAGCCGAUCAAGAUCCCUGCCACCAUUCUCGGCCGCCCUGUUCCCAAGGUGACCUGGGACUUUGAUGGAAAAGCCAAGACGCACAAGAAGAACAAAUUGCAUACGCUGCCCGUGGAUUCAGAGGUUGAGUCCACAGACACCACUUCUGUUGUGUCCAUCCCUGUGAGCCUGAGGACACAUUCUGGACGCUACACCAUCACUGCCAAGAACAAGAGUGGACAGAAACAUGUCAACGUCAGAGUCAAGGUCCUUGAUGUCCCUGGACCUCCAAAGGAGCUGAGGGUUACAGACGUAACUCGGGCUACUAUGAGGCUGAUCUGGAAACUCCCCGACAACGAUGGAGGAGAAAGAAUUAAGAGCUACUUUAUUGAGAAAAAGAGUCUCACUGACAAGGCCUGGACCACGGUGCAUGCAACCUGUGCCAUCCAGGCCUACGUGGUGCCGGGUCUCCUGGAGGGUCAGGAUUACUUGUUUAGGGUACGAGCCGAGAACAGACUUGGAUUUGGUCCGUUCACCAUCACGUCUGACCCAAUUCGGGCCAGAGACCCCAUCUUCCCACCUGACCCCCCCACCAAGCUGAAGGUCAACCUGGUGACAAAGACCACGGUCACUCUGAGCUGGGAGCCUCCAAAAAACAAUGGCGGUGCUCCAGUGAAACAUUACAUCAUCGAGCGUUUGAGCUGGGACACUAGUGGGAAGGAGAAGGAGACGUGGAAACAGUGCAACAAGAGAGAAGUGGAAGAACUCACCUUUGUGGUGGAGGACCUUAAAGAGGGAGGAGAGUACGAGUUCAGGGUUAAAGCAGUGAACGCUGCUGGUCCCGGCCGACCCUCUGCUACCGUUGGACCCAUGUUCAUUAAGGAUCAGACAUUUGCUCCCACCAUCGAGCUGCGUGAGGCCAUGGAAGGUGAGGAGGACUCUGAUGUCAGCAUCGUGGCAAAGGUGAGCGGCUGCCCGUUCCCCUCACUCAUCUGGAAGAAGGCCAGUCUGGCCAAACCAGAAGAGAAGACUGCUGUCCAGUACGAUCAACACAUGAACAAACUUGUGACCCACGACAAGUGCACGCUGCUGAUUCAGCAGGCCAACAGGAAAGACAGCGCCAUCUACAGCCUGACAGCCAGCAACAGUCUGGGCACCGUCACCAAGGACAUCAAGCUCGCCGUGCUGGGACCCCCCAGCACCCCUGUUGGACCAGUCAAAUUCACUGAGGUGUUUGCGGAGAGGAUCGGUCUGGCCUGGCUCCCUCCCACAGAUGAUGGAGGAUCCAAGAUUACCAACUAUGUGGUGGAGAAGCGUGAGGAUAACAGGAAGUCCUGGGUCCAUGUAUCCAGUGACCCCAAAGAGUGUGCCUACGUGGUGACUCGUCUGACAGAGAACCAUGAGUACGAGUUCAGAAUCAAGGCCCAGAACAAGUUUGGCGUUGGGCCUCCCCUCGACAGUGAGCCGGAGAAGGCCAGAAACCUUUUCACUGUUCCGGGUCAGUGUGACAAACCGACCAUCACCGAUGUCUGUCUGGAGUCGAUGGGUGUCAAUUGGGAAGAGCCCAAGUAUGACGGCGGCUCCCCCAUCACAGGCUACUUUGUUGAGAGGAAGGAGACCACUGCCAAGCGCUGGGCCCGUGUGACACGCGACCCCAUUCGAGCACUGCCACUGGGCAACAACUGGUAUGUCACCGGACUGCUGGAAGGCGCCAUGUACCAGUUCAGGAUCAUCGCUGUCAACGCCGCCGGCUGCGGUCUGCCGAGCAUGCCCUCUGACCCCGUUCUCUGCAGAGACCCCAUCAAGCCCCCGGGACCACCCACUCCAAAGGUGACGGACUGGACGAAAUCAACGGUAGACCUUGAGUGGAUCCCUCCUGUGGUGGAUGGUGGGUCAAAGGUCACAGGCUACAUUUUGGAGUUAAAGGAGGUGAACAAGGAGGAGGAGGAGAAGAAAGCUAAGAGGAAACUACUGCUUAGUGGUGCUGAGGAAGAGAAGGAGCCUGAGAGUGAUGAGGGCUGGAGCAAGGCAAAGGACACAGAGAUCAGAGGAACCAGGUUUGUGCUGACCGGCCUGAAAGAAGGUGGUCUGUACCUCUUUAGAGUCCGAGCUGUGAACGUCGCUGGUGUGGGAGAACCAGGGCUGGUGACGGAGCUGAUCGAGCUCAAGGACAGAACGAUUCCACCUGAGAUGGACCUGGAUGCUUCGGUGAAGGAGAAGAUCGUGGUCCAUGCUGGUGGCACCAUCCGCAUCAUCGCCUACGUGUCAGGUAAACCCGCCCCGCAGAUCACCUGGAGCAGAGACGACGCUGAGGUGCCAAAAGAGGCUGUGGUGGAGACCACGGGUAUCUCAAACUCACUGGUCAUCAAGAACUGCAAGCGCCAGCACCAGGGCAUGUACACACUGUGUGCCAAGAACGAGGGAGGAGAGAGGAGGAAGGGGGUCGUUGUCGAGGUCCUGGAUGUUCCCGGACCUGUUGGCCUUCCCUUUGCUGGUGAGAAUCUCACCAAUGACUCCUGUAAGUUGACCUGGUGCACACCUGAGGACAAUGGUGGCUCUGCCAUCACCAACUACAUCAUCGAGAAGAGGGAGUCUGACCGCAUGGGCUGGACCUCGGUGUCCUACACGGUGACGAGGAAUAACGCUGUGGUUCAGGGACUCCUCGAUGGCAAAGGCUACUUUUUCAGGAUUGCAGCCGAGAACAUCAUCGGCAUGGGACCUUUCAUUCAGACCGACAAGAUGGUUCUCAUCCAAAACCCGAUCUCCGUCCCAGAGCGUCCGGAGGACUUAAUCAUCACUGCUGUUACCAAGGACACCAUUUCUGUCUCCUGGAGGCCGCCCAAGUAUGAUGGAGGCGCUGAGGUGACCGAGUUCGUCCUUGAGACCCGCAUGGUCGGCCGGGACUCCUUCACACGCAUAGGUAGUGACACCAAGCUGAUGGACAGGAAGUUUACGCUGACUGGGCUGAAGGACGGCUCAAGUCACGAGUUCAGGGUGUCCGCCAUCAACCAGGUGGGACGAGGCAAAGCAUCAUUCGCAACUAAACCGGUGCAGUGCAAGGAUGAGAUCCAGCCUCCAACUCUGGACCUGGACUUCAGGGACAAGAUGAUGGUGAAGGUAGGAGACAGCUGCACACUGUCAGGACGCUAUGGUGGAAAACCGGCUCCCGUCGUUGCCUGGAAGAAGAAUGAUGAAGAACUGAAGGCAGAUGAGGAGAUCAACCUCCACAGCACCGCCCGCCACCUCAGCCUCAGCAUCAGCAGAGCCAAGAGAGAACACAGCGGCUGCUACUGCGUCAGUGUGGAGAACGCUGCUGGAGCUCGCACAGGAAUCUGCACCAUCACAGUGGUUGACCGUCCUCAGCCACCAGAGGGCCCUGUGGUUUUCGACGAGGUCUACAGGAACUACAUGGUGAUCUCCUGGAAACCUCCUCUGGAUGACGGAGGCUGUGCAGUCUCCAACUACAUCAUCGAGAAGAGAGACACCAACAGAGACUUGUGGAUGCCUGUCAACGCGUCCUGCACCAGGACGACCUGCAGGGUGCCGAAGCUGAUUGAGGGUCGUGAUUACAUUGUCAGGAUCAUGGCUCAGAACAUCUAUGGCAUCAGUGACCCUCUGCUGUCUGCAGAGAAGAAGGCCAGAGACAUCUUCAAGGUUCCCGAAGCUCCCAAACAGCCCACAGUGAAGGAGGUGUUCCAGGACUCCGCCCUAAUCAGCUGGGAGCCGCCGGCUGAUGGAGGAAAACCCAUCACAGGCUACAUCGUGGAGAGGAAGGAGACGAUGGCUAACAGGUGGGUUCGUUGCAACACAGAGAGAAUCCACCCGAAGGUGGAGUACUGGGUUACGGAGCUGCUGAAAGGCUGUGAGUAUGAGUUCAGAGUCAGCGCUGAGAAUGAGGUGGGUGCUGGAGACCCGAGCCCACCGUCCAAACCAGUCUUCGCCAAAGAUCCCAUAGUGAAACCCAGUCCACCAGUGAACCUUGAAGCCAUCGACUUCACCAAGGACUCUGUGACACUGUCCUGGGAGCCACCUGUUGACACUGGCAGAGGGAAGCUCUUUGGAUACCUGCUGGAGUUCCAGAAGGCUGGAGAGGAGGAGUGGCAGAAGGUGAACCACACUCCGGACUCUUGCCAGGAGACCAAGUUUAAGGUGAUCGGCCUGGAAGAUGGUGCUCUGUACCGCUUCAGAGUCAUGGCUGUCAACGCAGCUGGAGAGUCUGACCCAGCAGAUGUGAGGGAGCCAAUCAAAGUGCAGGAGAGACUUGAACCCCCAGAUCUGAUUCUGGAUGCCGCAAUGACCCGAGAGGUGAAGGCCCUGGCUGGCACUCACAUCACUCUCAUGGCUGCUAUCAAAGGCGUUCCAUUCCCCGCGGUGACCUGGAAGAAGAAUGACGCUGAUGUUCCCACUAGGGCUGACAUUUACACCAACUAUGUAGACACUAAGCUUGAGAUGAGGUUCUGUACCAGAGGUGACUGUGGAGACUACACGCUGACCGUGGAGAACUCUGUUGGAUCCAAGACAGUCAUCUGCACUGUGUUGGUCUUUGACAAACCUGGUCCCAUCCAGCACCUCCGGGUGUCUGACGUCAGGAGUGACUCUGCAUACCUGUCCUGGAAGGAUCCUGAGGACAGUGGCGGUACUCGCAUCACAAAUUUUGUGGUUGAGAAGAAGGACACAGCAUCCACCCAGUGGAUCCCCAUCUGCUCCACAUCCAAGAAACGCAGCAUGAUGGUGAAGCACCUGAUGGAGGGCACGUCCUAUACAUUCAGAGUGGCUGCUGAGAACCAGUAUGGCCGCAGUGAAUAUGUGGAGACACCAAAGGCCAUUAAGGCAAUGAACCCACUGUUCCCUCCUGGACCUCCCAAAGACCUGCACCACUCUGAUGUGGACAAGACAGAGGUGUCUUUGGUCUGGAACUGGCCUGACCGCAACGGAGGAAGUGCAAUCACUGGCUUCCUCGUGGAGUAUCAAGAGGAGGGAGAGAAGGAGUGGGAUGAGUGGAAGACUGUUAGCAUCCCUGAAACUCAUGUUACUGGCCUUGAGGAAGGAAAGACCUACCGCUUCAGAGUCAGGGCCGAGAACGCCAUUGGCCUCAGCAGACCCGACACAACGGUGCCCAUCCUCUGCCAGGAGAAACUGAUGCCCCCGUUUGUGGAGGUGGAUGUUAAGUACACUGAAGGCAUCAUUGUGAAGGCUGGCACCACCAUCAGGCUGCCGGCCAUUAUGAGAGGAAUGCCUGUUCCCUCUGCCAAGUGGUGCAUUGAAGGAGAGGAGAUCUUUAGCAAAGGCAAUGUCAAGAUCGACACUGAUGGCUUCUCCACUGUGCUUAGCAUUAAUGAGUGCACAAGGAACCACACUGGCACCUACCUGCUCACUGUCUCUAACCCUGCUGGAAGCAAGACCGUGGCCUUGCAUGUCACCGUCCUGGAUGUUCCUGCUGCUCCCAUUGGACCUGCCAACAUCCUGGAGGUCACGCCUGACUCUAUGACAAUUGAGUGGCGUCCUCCUAAGGACGAUGGUGGGAGCCCAGUAACCAACUACAUUGUGGAGAAAAGGGAAUCCAACAAGGAGAGCUGGGGAGGUGUUAGCUCUGUCGGCCUCAUCACUGAGCUCAGGAUCCCACGUUUACAGAGGGGAGUGGAGUAUGUGGUUCGCAUUCGUGCUCAGAACAAGAUGGGCAUUGGCGCUCCUCUGGAGAGCAAACCCACUGUCGCUGAGCAUUCUUUCAUGCCACCCAGCGCACCUGGAAAACCACAGAUCUCUGACAUCUCAGAUGAUGCUGUUACAGUUGGCUGGACCAUGCCACUAUCAGAUGGUGGCAGCCAUAUCACUGGCUACAUCAUUGAACGCAGACAUAAGGGAGGUAAAUGGAUCCGAGUUAAUAAGAUACCAUGCAGGGACCUGAGGUACAGAGUACUGGGUCUUUUUGAGGGCAGUGAGUAUGAGUUCAGAGUGUUUGCAGAGAAUAUUGUUGGCUUCAGUGGCCCCUCUCCCACCUCUGACCCCUGCAAACCCUGUAGGCCUGUCACUGUCCCCAGUCCUCCUGUGAACCCCAGAGUUAAAGAUUACAGCAAGAACUCUGCCGACCUGGUGUGGAUCAAAUCCACUAAAGACGGAGGUAGCCCUAUCCUUGGCUACACUGUGGAAAUGAAGAAAGAAGGAACUGAGGAAUGGAAAAAAGUGAACCUGGAUGACUUAAUCAAGCAGUGUGCUUACAAGGUGAAGGGUUUGGAGGAGGGUGUGACCUACAGAUUCAGAGUGUAUGCCUCAAACAUGAUUGGAGAUGGACAGUCAAGAGAAGUCCCAGACUCCAUAACUACACAAGAUAUCCUCAUCCCUCCAGAGAUUGAGAUGGACGCUAGCUGCCGCGAUCGUGUUACUGUGCGUGUUGGACACAACAUCAAUAUCACUGGUUACAUUAAGGCCCGUCCUGACCCUGAAGUGCUUUGGUUAAAGGAAGAGACAGUUCUGGAGAACAACAAACGGGUCACCAUCACUCAGAACUUCCCAGUGGUCCACCUGAGGAUCAAGGAGGCCACAAGAGCGGACCAUGGCAAAUACAUACUUAAAGCUUCAAAUGAGGGUGGCGAGGCCUCCUGCGCCAUCACAGUCAAUGUGCUGGACAGACCCAGCCACUGCCAGAAUCUGCAUAUUACCUAUGCAACCAAGAAUGCAUGUAUGGUCAACUGGGAUGCCCCUAAUGACAAUGGUGGAUCUGAGAUAACCAACUACAUUGUGGAGUGCCGUGAGCCUAGCAUUAGCUUGUGGUCUAUGAUCAGCUCCAACUGCACCAAUCGUAAGAUCAAGGCCAAAUGGAUGGAGGGCCAUGAAUACCUUUUCCGUGUCAGUGCCGUGAACAAGCUAGGAUCUGGACCCACUGUAGAGACCAAGACCCCUGUCUUGGCCAUUGAUCCCAUCGAGAAGCCUGGUGAGCCUGAGAAAUUCCAAGCCACCGACAUUGGUAAAAACUACGUCUAUCUGAGAUGGAGGAAGCCUGACUAUGAUGGUGGAAGCCUCAACCUCUCCUACAACUUGGAGUUCAAAGCCAAAGAUGCUGACGGGUGGGAGAAACUCAAUAAAGGCACUCUCACUGACACGUUCUUCAUGGCUUCAUGUGCAGAGAAUCAGACAUAUACCUUCAGGGUGCAGACUGUCAAUGAAGGAGGUGAAAGUGGCUGGGUGAACCUUCCUGAUAUUCUGGUGAAGGAGGACAUCCAGAAGCCCGUCAUUGACCUGAAGUUGGCCGGAACUCUGACAGUGAUGGUGGGAGAGUCAGUCAGGAUGGAGGCCGGCCUGAGAGGAAAGCCCCAGCCUGAGGUCAAAUGGAUAAAAGACAAGGCUAUUGGAGACAACCCUAGAAUCAGCUAUGAGACUGGUCCAGACUACUCCAAGUUCCUUUUGACUAAGUCCAGACGUUGUGAUACUGGGAAGUAUAUCAUCACUGCCACCAACUGUGCUGGCACCUUCACAGCAUAUGCCAACGUUAAUGUCCUGGAUGUCCCCGGGCCAGUAAGAAACCUCAGAAUUACAGGCAUUGGAGCUGACAAGUGCAGAGUGGUGUGGGAUGCUCCAGAUGAUGAAGGUGGUUGCGAGGUAGACAGCUACAUCCUAGAGAAAUGCGAGACCAGGAGGAUGGUCUGGUCCACAUACUCCGACUGUGUUUAUACACCCUAUUGCAACAUCUCCCGUCUAGUGGAGGGUAAUGAGUACAUCUUCAGAGUAAGGGCUGAGAACAAGAUGGGAACUGGCCCCCCCAUGGAGAGCAAGUCUGUCACUGUCAAGACUCAGUUUAACAGACCUGGUCCUCCUGAGGCUCCAGAGGUCACCAAGGUGAGUAAAGAUGAGAUGACAGUGGUCUGGGCUCCUCCUGAGAAUGAUGGAGGAAAGUCCAUCACUGGUUACAUCCUGGAGAGGAAAGAGAAGAGGGCAGUGCGCUGGGUGCCAUGUACCAAGAGCCCCAUCUCUGAGAGACGUAUGAAAGUUACCAACCUGAUUCCAAACCAUGAGUACCAGUUCAGGGUGAAGGCUGAAAACGAGGUGGGUCUGGGGGAUCCCAGCAAACCCUGCAGACCUGUUGCAGCCAAAGAUCCAAUUGAGCCCCCUGGCCCUCCUGCUGGACUGAAGGUGUCUGACAGCACCAAGACCUCAAUUACACUCUCUUGGUCUAAGCCUGUGUAUGACGGUGGUGCCCCCAUAAUUGGCUACAGCCUGGCCAUGAGGCUGAAAUGUGAGGCUGACCCUGAAAAGCCCACAGAGGGCUGGAAGGAUAUCGACACUCGUGGACCACUUGUGCUGAAAGAGUUUACCAUUGGCCAGUUGGAUGAAAAGCAGGAGUACGAGUUCAAGGUGUCUGCCCAAAACCAAGUGGGUUGGGGACGCCACGCCUAUUUGAAGGAGGCUGUCUACCCCAAGGAGAUUCUCGAGGCACCAGAGAUUGAGCUGGAUGCUAGUCUAAGGAAAGGCCUGGCUGUCAGAGCCGGCUGUCCAAUUAGGCUUUUUGCUGUGAUCAGAGGAAGGCCCACCCCCACGGUCACCUGGAAGCGUGUAGGUGUGGACAAUGUGAUCCGCCGAGGCCAUGUUGACCAGGUUGACAGCAUGUCCUUCUUGGUCAUUCCUGAGAGCACCAGAGAGGAUUCUGGGAGAUACUCAUUGACUCUGUCCAACUCAGCCGGAGAAAAAGCUGUCUAUGUCCGUGUCAAAGUUCUUGACACUCCUGGUCCCGUCGGAGAACUGGACGCAGCUAACGUCACAAAGACAACAGCUCAACUGUCCUGGUUGCCUCCAGAAAAUGAUGGAGGCAGCCCCAUUCUUACCUACACUGUGGAGAAACGGGAAGUAGAUAGGAAGACCUGGUCCAAGUGCACAGAGGAACUGAAGAAAACAAGCUUCAAGAUCACCAACAUGACACCUGGCGUAGAAUACUACUUCAGAGUCAUGGCCUGCAACAAGUACGGCCUUGGCGCUCCUCAGGACUCACCCAGGUCCUACCUGGCUGUUGAUCCUAUCAGUGAGCCAGACCCUCCGAAGAAGGUGGACGUGCUAGAGAUCUCCAAGAACAGUGCUACAGUUGGUUGGCUAAAACCUCUCAGAGACGGAGGAGCCAAGAUCAAUGGUUAUUUGGUAGACUACCAAGAGGAAGGGGCACCUGAAGGCAAGUGGACGCCAUACUCUGUGGUAAAAGACCUGACCAUUGUUGUGGUUGGUCUUAAAGAAGGAAAGAAGUACAGGUUCAGAGUGGCAGCCAGGAACUCAGUGGGGGUAAGCCUGGCCCGAGAGGCCGAGGGCGUGUUCGAGGUCAAGGAGCAGCUCAUGGCUCCUAAGAUAAUCUUGCCCGACACUGUGACAGUCAGAGCUGGAUCCAAGAUGGUGAUUGAGGCCAUCGUGGCUGGUAAACCUGCACCCAUCUGCAAGUGGAAGCAGGGCAAUGAGGACGUGCUGACCUCUGACCGACUGUCCCUUGUAAAGACACUGACGACCUGCACACUGAUCAUCAAGAACGUGAGGAGGAACGACAGCGGCUACUAUAGUCUGUCAGCUGAGAAUAGCACUGCCAAGGUCAACCACAUCCUGAAAGUCACCGUCAUGGACAUUCCUGGACCCCCUGAAGCUCCUCUGCAGAUCACAGAACAGGACAUUGAUUCCUGCACCCUGCUAUGGAACUCCCCACAAGAGGACGGUGGCAGCAAUAUCACUGGCUACAUUGUAGAGAAGUGUGACAUCAGCCAGGGCGACUGGAUCACUGUGUCCUCAUCCUGCACCAAAACCUGCUUCAGAAUGACCAAACUGAUAACUGGCAAAGAGUAUAGUUUCAGAGUCCGCGCAGAGAAUAGGUUUGGUGUCUCUGAACCCAUCUACUCUGAGAGGAUGAUCGCCAGAUAUCCAUUCGAUCCUCCCACUGAGCCCAGAAAUCUGCAGAUCAACAAGGUCAACAAGGAAUUUGUCGCCCUGUCUUGGGAGCAUCCCAGCAGUGAUGGUGGCAGCCCCGUUACUGGAUAUUGCAUUGAAAAGAAGGAGAGGAACAGCCUUCUGUGGUCGAUGGCCGAUGACCAGUUAGUCAAAGCCACCCACCACAUCUGCACCAACCUGAUCGAGGGCCUGGAAUACACGUUCAGGGUGUCGGCGCUCAACAUAGCUGGACAAGGAAGACCUUCCAAGCAGACUGACUUCAUCACUGCCAGGACUGCUGUUGACCAACCAGGUAAACCUGAACCCAUGGAUGUGACCAAGCACUCAGUGUCUUUGGUCUGGACCCAACCAAAGCACGAUGGUGGCAGCAAACUCAUCGGCUACUACAUGGAAUACACAAAAGUCCCGGAGGACAAGUGGAUUCGCUGUAAUGCCAACUGUAUAGACAUCCAGGCGGAGAACUACGUGGUGAGUGGCCUGGAGGAGUUCCAGGUUUACCAGUUUAGAGUCAUCGCCAAAACAGCCAUUAACAUCAGCCAACCAUCAGAGCCGUCCGACCCCAUCAACAUCAUCGCGGAAAAUGUUGCUCCUCGCGUGGACCUGGGUGUUGAUAUGAAGAGCCUGAUUGUGGUGAAGGCUGGAGAAAACGUCACCCUUGAAGCUGUGGUGUUUGGAAAGCCACUGCCCAAGGUGAGUUGGAAGAGAGAUGGCGUGCCACUGCUCCUGACUGAGGGAAUGAAGAUGACCCAGAGGAAACACACCCACCUGCUGGAGCUCUACUCUGUAACUAGAAAGGAAUCUGGAGACUACACUAUCACUGCCGAGAAUGUCAAUGGCAGCAAGUAUGCCACCAUCAAGGUCAAAGUGCUUGACAAACCAGGACCUCCUCACACUGUGAAAAUUACCAAAGUGUUUGCCGACCGUGUGAAGCUGCGAUGGGAGCCCCCACUUGCAGAUGGUGGCUCUGAGAUCACUAAUUACAUCAUUGAGAAGCGUGAGACCAGCAGACCCAAUUGGGCACUGGUCACCGCCAAUAUCAGCGGACACCUCUCUGACUGCUCAGUGGAGAAACUCAUUGAAGGACAUGAGUACCAGUUCAGAGUCAGUGCUGAGAACCAGUACGGUGUGGGAGACGCGGGCAUGACUGAUUCCGUCAUGGUCAAGAAUCCAUAUGAUGUUCCUGGACCCUGUGAGCCACCAGUCAUCACUAACAUCACCAAAAACUCCAUGACAGUUAGCUGGAAGGCUCCAGCUAAUGACGGCAGGUCUCCUAUCCUGGGCUACAUGGUGGAGAAACGUGAGGCCACUGAACUGACCUGGGCUAAGGUCAACCGCCGGCCGGUCAUUGACAGGACCAUCAAGGCUCUUCAGCUGACAGAGGGCUCUGAGUAUGAGUUCAGAGUUAUCGCUCUUAACAAGGCCGGUUUGGGCAAACCUAGCGAUGCAUCCAACGCUGCACUGGCUGUCGAUCCUGUCUAUCCUCCCGGACCACCUGCCUUCCCCAAGGUAGUAGACUCCACUAAGAGCUCCAUCAGCCUUAGGUGGACCAAACCUGCAUAUGACGGUGGCUGUGAAAUCAUUGGCUACUUGGUGGAAUGCAAGCGAGCGGACUCUGAGAACUGGACCAAAUGCAACGUCCCUAAAAAGCUCCAGGCCACUAAAUUCCUGAUGACUGGUCUGAUGGAAGACACUGAGUACCAGUUCAGAGUCUAUGCCGUCAACAAGAUAGGCUACAGUGAGCCAAGUGAAGUCCCUGAAAACCACAUGCCCAAGGAAAUCCUGAUCGCUCCUGAAGCUGAGCUGGACGCUGACCUGAGGAAGACUCUGGUUCUUCGUGCUGGUGUCACCAUGAGGCUCUAUGUCCCACUGAGAGGACGCCCGCCACCAAAGGUGACGUGGUCGAAGGUUGACGCUAACCUGAAGGAGAGGCAGGGUCUUCUGAUCAAGACAUCAGACUGGGACACGCUGUUGAUGAUCGAGGGCGUUAACAGAUACGAUGCUGGCAAAUAUGUCCUGACACUGGAGAACAGCAGCGGCACCAAGAGCUACACAAUUGUGGUCAAGGUCCUUGAUACUCCUGGACCACCUGUGAACCUCAUCGUGAAGGAGACUUCAAAGAGCCACGCCUGGAUCACCUGGGAGCCACCGCUGAUCGACGGUGGCAGCCUAGUGAAGAACUACAUCGUCGAGAAACAUCUGGCAGAGAGGAAGGCCUGGACCUGCGUGUCGACCAAGUGCCACAAGACCUCCUUCAGGAUCACCAACCUGGAGGCGGGACAGGCCUACUGUUUCCGAGUCCUGGCAGAAAAUGCAUAUGGCAUAGGAGAAGGCUGUGAGACCCCCGGCAGUGUCAGAGCCUCAGAGCAACCUGGUCCAGUGAUGGACUUCAAAGCUCUGAAGACCACCAAGAACUCAAUCACCUUGGGCUGGAAGAAGCCCUUCAGUGAUGGUGGAAGCUUCAUUACUGGUUACAUCCUAGAGCAGAGUGAAGGUCAGGACAAGUGGAGGCAAAUCAUGAAGGGCAGGACCACCUCACACACCAUUGGUGAGCUGACUGAAGGCAAGGAGUACUUGUUCAAUGUCAAGGCACUCAACGAGUCCGGGGAGGGGCCACCCACCGAGCUUACUGUUGUUGCCAAGGACCAGUUUGUGCUCCCUGACUGCAACCUGAGCAAUAUUCCUGAUGGCUGCGUCGUGGUAAAGGAGGGCAGCACCAAACGUGUUAACGUCCCCCUCAUUGGAAUCCCCUACCCCAUUGCCUCCUGGAAGAAGGGUGAAACAGUAGUUGGAGACACUGGUCGAAUGUGUGUGGAGACAUCUGAGGGUGUCACCACCCUGCUGAUCAGAGACUGCCACAGAGGAGAUGCCGACACCUACACCAUCAACGUCAAGAACAACGCCGGCUCCAAGGACUGCAAGUUACAAGUGAAGGUAGUCGGCAAACCAGGCAUCUGCACUGGACCAAUUACAUUUGACGAGAUCACUGCUGAUGGCAUCACUCUCGAGUGGGGAGAACCCAAAGAUGAUGGUGGUGCUGAAGUGUCUAACUACAUCGUAGAGAAGAGGAAGACCACAGACAACAAGUGGGCCACGGUGGCUUCAGCCCUCCAAAAAACCACAAUGAGAGUGAUCAGGCUUCAUGAUGGAGAAGAGUACGUGUUUAGAGUGUUUGCCGAGAACAAAUAUGGAGUUGGAGAGUAUCUUAGGUCCGACCCGGUCAUCGCCCAGCACCCAUUCAACGUGCCAGAGGCACCAGCUGCUCCAGAAAUCAUGAGCAUUCGUCAUGAGUCUGCCAUCCUGACAUGGGCUGAUCCACUUGACAAUGGUGGCUCCCCAAUCACUGGUUAUCAUGUGGAGUUUAAGGAGAGGAACAGUCUAAUGUGGAAACGGGCCACUAAGACUCCUAUAAGACUGAAGGAGUGCAGAGUCACAGGCCUGAUAGAGGGACUAGAGUACGAGUUCAGAGUAAUGGCCAUGAAUGUGGCCGGCCUUGGAAAGGCAAGCAGAGCCACUGAGGCUGUGGUCGCCUUGGAUCCUAUUGAUCCUCCCGGCAAACCAGAAGUGAUUAACGUCACCAGGAACACAGUCACUCUGAUGUGGACAGCUCCCAAAUAUGACGGUGGCUACAAGCUGAUUGGCUACAUGGUGGAGAAGCUGGAGUCUGGUGGCAAGACCUGGAUGAAGGCCAAUCACAUCAAUGUUCAGAGCUGUGCCUUCACAGUCCCCGAUCUGACUGAGGGAUCUCAGUAUCAAUUCAGGAUCAGGGCCAAGAAUGGAGCUGGUGCUGUCAGCGUCCCCUCAGAGUCCACUGACCUUCUGACCUGCAAGGACGAGUAUGAACCCCCAUCCAUCACUAUUGACCCUGACAUGAAGGAUGGCGUAUCAGUCCGGGCUGGAGACACCAUUGUUGUCGUCGCCUCCAAGAUUAUGGGAAAACCUCCGCCUAUUUCUGUGUGGUCUAAGGGUGGCCGUGAAAUCAAAAACUCCGACAUUGUAACUAUUAGCAGCACACCCAGCUCCUCUACUCUGUCCCUGAAGUACGCUAGCAGGAAGAACACUGGAGAGUACACCAUCACUGCCAGCAAUCCAUUUGGCAUUAAAGAAGAACACGUGAAGGUCAAGGUCUUGGAUGUGCCAGGACCUCCAGGCCCCAUUGAGGCCAGCAACGUCUCAGCCGAGAAGUGUACUCUGACCUGGCUGCCACCAGAGGAGGACGGAGGCUGCGCUAUCAAGUCCUACAUCCUUGAGAAGAGAGAGACCAGUCGCCUGCAGUGGACCAAGCUUUCAGAAAACAUCAUGGACUGCAGAUACAUAGCCAGCAAACUGAUCAAGGGCAAUGAGUACAUCUUCAGAGUGUCUGCUGUGAACCAGUACGGCAUUGGAGACCCAAGCCAGUCUGGUCCAGUCAAAAUGGUUGACAGUUACAGCCCACCAGGCCCACCGUCAAUGCCCCAGAUUGAUAACGUGAGCAGGACCGCUGUCACCAUUUCAUGGAAGAGACCAGCACGGGAUGGUGGAAGUGACAUCAGUGGAUAUUGUGUAGAGAGGAAAGAGAGGAGAGGAAUGAGAUGGGUGAGAGCCAGUAAGAGGACUGUCCCUGACCUGCGCUUUAAGGUGCAAGGCCUCAGCGAGGGAGUUGAGUAUGAGUUUAGAGUCACAGCUGAGAACAAAGCUGGAUUUGGCGAGCCAAGUGAACCGUCAUGCCCUGUGCUGACCAAGGACAUUGUUUAUCCACCUGGUCCUCCUUCCAAUCCCCACAUUACUGACACUACAAAAACUUCAGCUACCUUCACCUGGGGCCGACCCCAUUAUGAUGGAGGUCUGGAAGUAGAUGGAUAUAUUGUUGAGUACAAGAAGGAAGGCCAUGAUGACUGGGAGACAGAAACACAGUACCCAUGGAAGUCCACUGAAUAUGUUAUUGCUAAACUUCAAAAAGGUGGCAAAUACCACUUCAGGGUCAGUGCUGUAAACUCUGAGGGAGUUGGCGAGCCUGCAGAGGUUGAGAAAGUGAUUGAACUUGUGGACCAGGAGACACUGCCAGACUUUGAGCUUGAUGCUGAACUCAGGAGAACCCUCGUGGUCAGGGCCCGUGCUUCAAUUCGUAUGUUUGUUCCCAUCAGGGGCCGCCCUGCUCCUGAAGUAACAUGGAGCAAAGAUGACUCCAACCUGAAAUUACGAGCAAACAUUGGCAGCACAGAGUCUUACACCCUGCUGGUUAUUCCCGAGUGCACCAGAUACGAUGCUGGAAAGUAUAACCUCUGUCUGGCGAAUGUUGCAGGAAAGAAAACAGGGUUCGUUAAUGUGAAGGUUUUGGACACACCAGGACCACCACUCAAUCUCAAACCUAGAGAAAUCACUAAGAACAGCAUCACUCUGCAGUGGGAAAUUCCCAUAAUUGACGGUGGCUCAAAGAUUCAUAACUACAUUAUUGAAAAGAGGAAGGCCACCAAAAAGGCCUACACAGUGCUGAGCACCACAUGGCAGAAGUGUUCCUUCAAAUUUGCAGACCUUGAGGAAGGAGCUUACUACUACUUCCGUGUCUCUGCUGAGAAUGACCUGGGUGUAGGUGAGUCAGCUGAAACCUCAGAGCCAAUCAGGGUUUCCCAGGCCCCCUCAGCACCAGAGAACUUGUAUGUCACAGAUGUGACGGCUGACAGUGCCAGCCUUGCAUGGGUCAAGCCACUGCAUGAUGGUGGAAGCUUGAUCACUGGAUAUGUUAUUGAGGCUCAGAAGAAGGGUUCUGACCUGUGGGUUCAUGUGGCCACAAUUAAAGCACUGGACUACACCGUGACAGAUCUGACUGAAGGGGCGGAGUACACCUUCCGCAUAAUGGCUGUCAAUGCAUCAGGUAGGAGUGACCCACGUGAAAGCAGGCCGGCUAUCAUCAAAGAGCAGACCUCCGCUCCUUCCUUUGACCUGCGUGGAGUCUACCAGAAGACAGUCAUUGCUAAGGCAGGGGACCGGGUUAAGGUGGAAAUUCCAGUGCUUGGCAAACCCAGACCCAUGGUGUCCUGGAAGAAGGGAGACACUGCCCUCAAGGAGACGCAAAGAAUUAACACUGAAGUCACAGCAACGUCAACUAUCCUCAACAUCAAUGAGAUCAAGAGGACUGAUGGAGGUCAAUUUUCAAUCACUGGAAAGAACAUGCUGGGUACAGUGACAGAGACAAUCACUGUCCUAGUCCAUGAUAUUCCUGGUCCUCCCACUGGUCCUAUUAAGCUGGAGGAGGUCUCAUGUGAUUAUGUUCUGAUGUCCUGGGAGCCACCAGAGAAUGAUGGAGGCGUUCCUAUCAACAACUACAUUGUUGAGAUGCGGGAGACUACAGGUACUUCAUGGGUGGAGUUGGCAGCCACUGUGAUCCGCACCACAUUUAAGGCAGCAAAGCUCAACACUGGAACCCAGUAUCAGUUCCGUGUCAAAGCCCAGAACAGAUAUGGUGUUGGACCAAGCAUCAUCUCUGAGUCGGUGAUCGCUGCCUAUCCAUUUGAUGUGCCAGGCCAGCCAGGCACUCCUGUGGUCACGUCCUUCAACAAGGAUGCUAUGACUGUGAGUUGGAAUGAGCCAUCCUCCGAUGGAGGCAAUCCUAUUCUGGGAUAUCAUGUCGAAAGGAAAGAGAGAAACAGCAUUCUGUGGCAGAAGAUCAGCAAAGCUCUGGUUAUUGGAAAUAUCUUCAAAUCAACAGGACUUGUUGACGGAAUAGAGUAUGAACAUCGUGUUACGGCUGAAAACAUGGCUGGUCUCAGCAAACCAAGCAAACCAUCAGAGCCUUUGUAUGCAUUGGACCCAGUCGACCCACCAGGCAGACCUGUAGCACUUAACAUCACCAGACAUGAGGUGACAGUGUCCUGGACCAAACCAGAGGGAGACGGCGGCUUUUCCAUCACUGGAUACACAGUGGAGAGGAGAGAGAUGCCCAAUGGACGCUGGCUCAAAGCAAACUUUAACAAUAUUCUUGAAACCAUUUAUACAGUGAGUGGUCUGAUUGAAGACUCAACUUAUGAAUUCCGUGUGCUAGCUAGGAACUCAGCUGGUGCUGUUAGUGCUCCAUCCCUGGCAUCAGAGGCAAUCACCUGCAGAGACGACAUUGAAGAACCCAAGCUUGAUGUUGAUGCUUCUUAUAGCAGUACUGUUGUUGUCAUGGCAGGAGAGAUAUUUAAGCUGGAGGCUAAUGUUAUUGGCAGACCAAUCCCAUCUGUGGUAUGGACCAAGGAAGGAAAGGAGCUGGAGGAUACAGGCAAGUUAGAAAUAAAGUCAUCUGACUUCCACACAACUCUGAUUAAUAAAGACACCCUGAGAAGAGACGGUGGUGCUUUUACUCUGACUGCCAGCAAUCCUGGUGGUUUUGCCAAGUUCACAUUCAAUAUAAAGGUGCUCGACAGACCUGGACCACCAGACUCUCUCACUGUAACUGAUGUCACUGCUGAGAAAUGUAUUCUCAACUGGCUGCAUCCAACACAUGAUGGUGGUGCCAAGAUUGAGUACUUUAUCAUUCAGAAGCGCGAGACCAGUAGGUUGGCAUGGACAAAUGUGGCAACAGACCUUCAAGCCAAUAGAUUCAAGGUCACCAAACUUUUGAAGGGCAAUGAAUACAUUUUCAGAGUCAUGGCUGUCAACAAGUAUGGUGUUGGUGAACCCCUAGAGUCUGAAGCUGUCAUGUGUGCCAACCCCUAUGUUCCCAGUGAUGCGCCACAGCAGCCUGAAGUUACCAUUAUUACCAAAGACUCAAUGGUUGUCUGUUGGGAGCGCCCUGAACAUGAUGGAGGUAGCAGAAUAAAUACCUACAUCAUUGAAAGAAGGGAUAAAACUGGUCUCCGUUGGGUGAAGUGCAACAAGAGGACUGUAACUGACCUGCGAUUCAAAGCCUCUGGCCUCACACCAGGACAUGAAUAUGAAUUCAGAAUUUUUGCUGAGAACAAUGCUGGUUUAAGCCAACCUAGUCCUUCCAGUCCAUUCUACAAAGCUAUAGACACUAUCUUCCAGCCUGGACCUCCAGGGAACCCCAGAGUGCUGGACACAACCAAGACAUCGAUUACCCUUGCCUGGAAUAAGCCUGUCUAUGAUGGUGGUUCUGAAAUCACUGGCUACAUUGUAGAGACUUGUCUGCCCGAGGAGGAUGAAUGGACAAUUCAAACUCCCAAGAAGGGAUGGACAGCCACUUCCUUCACCAUCACCAACUUGAAGGAAAACCAAGAGUACAAGAUUAACAUCUGUGCCACGAAUUGUGAAGGAGUAGGAGAACCUGCUGCUGUUCCUGGAACCCCCAAGGCUGAGGACAGACUGCUUCCUCCAGAGAUUGAGCUUGGAGCAGAGCUACGUAAGGUGGUCAGCAUCAGAGCCUGUAGCACACUGAGACUCUUUGUUCCCAUAAAGGGUAGACCGGCACCUGAAGUAAAAUGGUCAAGAGAACAUGGAGAAUCCCUGGACAAAGCUAACAUUGAAAUCACCUCAUCAUUCACCACUCUCCAGGUUGACAACGUUGACCGGUUUGAUGGAGGAAAAUACAUGGUGACCGUGGAGAAUGCUUCAGGAAGCAAGACUGCCUUUGUUAAUGUCAGGGUUCUGGAUACUCCUGGAGCACCCCAGAAUCUGGCUAUCAAGGAGGUCACUAGAGAUUCAGUGUAUCUUGUUUGGGAUGCACCACUCAUAGAUGGUGGCUCCAGGGUCCGCAGCUACAUUGUGGAGAAGCGUGAGUCAACAAGAAAGGCCUACUCUACUGUCUGUGCAAGCUGCCACAAGUCAAGUUGGAAAGUUGGAGACCUAGAUGAAGGAAAGCUGUACUUCUUUAGAAUUCUGGCUGAGAAUGAAUUCGGUAUUGGUCUCCCAGUAGAGACUGUUGAACCAGUUAAAGCAUCAGAGAAGCCGCUACCACCAGGCAAAGUGUCCCUUCGUGAAGUCACAAGCAAAAGUGUCACACUAACUUGGGAAAAGCCUGACCAUGAUGGCGGUAGUAGAAUCACAGGAUAUAUUGUUGAAAUGCAAGCUAAAGAUGGGGAGAAGUGGACCCAGGUUAUGGUGGUAAAGACCAAUGAGGCACAUGUAACUGGUCUCACACAGGGAGAGGAGUACAUGUUCCGCAUCUCAGCUGCCAAUGAAAAGGGUGUUAGUGACCCACGUCCCCUCAGUAUGCCUGUGGUGGCAAAAGAUCUUGUCAUUCCACCAACAUUCAAACUGAUUUUUGCAACAUACAGUGUGAUGGCAGGAGAUGAUCUGAAAAUUGAUGUACCAUAUGCAGCCUGUCCCAAGGCUACAGCAACUUGGCUCAAGGAUGGUGUUGCUCUCAAAGAGACAACAAGAGUAAAUGCUGAAGCCACAGAUAAAAACCUUUUCCUGGUCGUUAAGGAAGCUUGCAGAGAUGAUGUGGGCACAUACACUAUUAAAUUAAUCAACACAGCUGGAGAGGCAUCCACAGACAUCAGUGUGCUUGUUCUAGAUAAACCUGGUCCUCCCACUGGCCCAAUUAAGUUGGAUGAUGUCACUGCUGACAGUGUGGUCUUGUCCUGGAAUCAACCAGAAUACGAUGGUGGUUGCUCCAUCAAUAAUUAUAUUGUUGAGAAGAGGGACACAUCUACCACCAACUGGCAGAUUGUGUCAGCUACAGUGGCCAGAACCACUAUCAAGGCUACCCGUCUGAAGACAGGAUUUGAGUACCAGUUUAGAAUUGCUGCAGAAAAUAGAUAUGGCAAGUCAUCUGCCCUACUAUCUGAAAACAUUGUUGCUCAAUAUCCAUUUGAGGUGCCAAGCCAUCCUCGUUCUGUUGAGGUCCAGUCAGCUACCAAGGAAAGCAUGGUGGUCGUAUGGGACAAACCCAGCAAUGAUGGUGGAAGUAAAAUUCUCGGGUAUCACUUAGAACUGAAAGAGCGAAACAGCUUACUGUGGGUAAAGCAAAACAAACAACUCAUCCCAGAGACUAGAUUCAAGGUUCAAGGCCUUGAGGAGGCCAUUGAAUAUGAGUUCAGAGUCUAUGCUGAAAAUAUUGUCGGCCUCAGCAAACCUAGCAAAGCGAGUGAAAUGCAAGUGGCCAGAGAUCCUUGUGGCAUACCAGGAAAACCUGAGGCUGUCAUUGUAACAAGAAACCAAGUGACACUUAGAUGGGCCAAACCUGUGUAUGAUGGUGGCAUCAAGAUCAUUGGUUAUGCGGUUGAGAAGAAGGAGGCAGCAGGGCGCUGGAUGAAGGCCAGUUUCACCAACAUCCUUAGUACUGACUUUGUUGUUACGGGAUUAACUGAAGAUCAGAUAUAUGAGUUCCGUGUCAUUGCAAAGAAUGCAGCAGGUGUCUUCAGUCUCCCAUCUGACUCCACUGGAGCCAUCACUGCAAAGGAUGAGGUAGAUCCACCCCAGAUUGACUUGGAUGCUAAGUACUCUCAGGUUGUGGUGGUAAAUGCUGGAGAGACAUUCCAGAUUGAGGCUGGUGUGUCUGGUAAACCCGUGCCUACAGUACACUGGCGAAAGGAGGGUCAGGAGAUUUCUGAAGCAGCUCGUCUAGAGAUCAAGAACACCGACUUCACAGCUUGUAUUGUUGUAAAAGAAGCCAUUCGUGUCGAUGGAGGUCAGUACACAUUGCUUGUAAAGAAUGUUGGAGGAGAGAAAUCUGUUAACAUUAAUGUCAAGGUCCUGGACAGACCAGGUCCUCCUGAAGGUCCUGUAUCCAUCUAUGGGGUCACUAAAGAGAAAUGCUCCAUUUCCUGGAAACCACCCUUGCAAGAUGGAGGUAGUGAUGUGUCUCAUUACAUUGUUGAGAGGAGGGAGACCAGCAGACUGGUUUGGACUGUAGUUGAACCAAAAGUUCAGACACUGAGCCUAAAGGUCACCAAACUUCUGCCUGAUAAUGAAUACAUCUUCAGAGUGAUUCCAGUCAAUAAGUACGGAGUUGGUGAGCCUCUUGAAUCUGAGCCAAUGAUUGCCAGGAAUCCAUUUGUCACUCCCAACCCACCAACAGAGGUAGAAAUCACCACAGUCACCAAAGAUUCCAUGGUGGUGACCUGGGAGAGACCAACUACUGAUGGUGGCAGUCCCAUCCAGGGAUACAUUGUUGAGAAACGUGACAAAGAUGGUGUGAGAUGGACCAGGUGCAACAAGAGAACAGUGAGUGAGCUCCGCUUUAGAGUGACAGGCCUCAUGGAAAAUCACAGCUAUGAAUUCAGAGUUGCUGCUGAAAAUGCUGGAGGUGUUGGUACUCCGAGUGAACCUACAGUUUACUACAAAGCACGGGACCCUAUCUUCAAACCAGGUCCACCAAAUAAUCCCAAAGUGGUUGACACAUCUAGGUCCACUGUUUCACUGACAUGGGGCAAGCCCAUCUAUGACGGCGGAUGUGAGAUUCAAGCUUACAUUGUGGAGGCCUGCAAUGGGGCAUCAGAUGAGUGGUUUAUGUGCACUCCACCUACUGGUAUCACAGAUACAAUGUUCACAGUGAAAAAGCUUCUGGAGAAGCAUGAGUACCAGUUCAGAGUGUGUGCUAUCAACAAAGUUGGUAUCGGUGAGCAUGCUGAUAUUCCUGGAAAAAUUCUUCUGGAGGAAAAACUUGAGGCUCCUGAUCUUGACCUGGAUGCUGACAUGAGAAAGAUGAUCAACAUUCGGGCAGCAAGCACUCUCAGGCUGUUUGUUCCUGUUAGAGGUCGUCCAGCCCCUGAGUUGAAAUGGGGUAAGACUGAGGGUGAAAUUAAUGAGCUUGCCCAGAUUGACAAUACUGGCAGUUAUGCUUCACUUGUCAUUGAGAAUGUUGACAGAUUUGACAGUGGCAAGUACACCCUGACUGCAGAGAAUGCCAGUGGAGUGAAGUCAGUCUUCAUCAGUGUCAGGGUGAUGGACACACCUAGUCCACCAACUAACUUAAUAGUGAAAGAGAUUACCAAGAAUUCUGUCUCACUUACAUGGGAGCCUCCACUUCUGGAUGGUGGUGCAAAGAUUAAGCACUAUAUUGUUGAGAAGCGUGAGAGCACCAGGAAGGUUUACUCUCCCGUCACCACCUGCAAUAAGAUGUCAUGGAAAAUUGAGCCACUUCCAGAGGGUGGAAUCUACUUCUUCAGAGUCCUAGCUGAGAAUGAAUAUGGUAUUGGUCUCCAAGCUAAAACUCCAGAACCAAUUAAGAUUUCUGAGAAGCCUCAACCACCUGGAAAAGUCAGUAUUGUUGAUGUUACUAGUAGCACUGUAAAUCUCUCCUGGGAAAAGCCCCAACAUGAUGGAGGCAGUAGGAUCAGUCAUUAUGACGUUGAACUGGCACCUAAGGACAGUGAAGUUUGGUCGUUAUGUGCGAGUGUAAAGGCCCUGGAGACUGUUGUGACAAACCUACUCAAGGGUGAGGAAUAUAAUUUCAGAGUUGUUGCUGUAAAUGACAAGGGCAAAAGUGACCCAAGACAACUGGCUCAACCAGUUGUAGCAAAAGAUCUUGUGAUUGAGCCUGCUGUUAGACCCAAACUCAGUACCUACCAUGUCCAGGUGGGGUACGACCUCAAAAUAGAGGUCCCAGUUGCUGGUCAUCCAAAGCCGACCAUCACCUGGACCAAGGAUGGUGCUGCUCUUAAGCAGACUACCAGAGUCAAUGUUACUGACUCAGGAAAUUGUACCACCCUCACCAUAAAGGAUGCCACUAAAGAGAAUGGAGGCAUGUACAGCAUCAAUGUCUCCAAUACUCUGGGUUCGAAAGAUGUUUCAAUUGAGGUGAUCACCUUGGACAAACCAGGCCCACCAACUGGACCGAUCAAGUUUGAGGACAUCAGUGCUGAGAGUAUCACCCUAAACUGGGAACCUCCUACAUAUACAGGUGGCUGCCCACUCUCAAAUUAUGUGGUGGAAAAGAGGGACACUACUACAACCAACUGGGUGGUUGUAUCUGCCACUGUGGCCAGAACCACUCUUAAAGUGGCCAAUCUGAAGACAGGAGCAGAAUAUCAGUUCAGAAUUUAUGCCGAGAAUAGAUACGGAAAGAGUUAUGCAAUUGAUUCAGAGCCUAUUCUGGCACAGUAUCCAUUCCAAGAGCCUGGCCCUCCAGGAACACCAUUUGUGUCUUCAUACUCUAAAGACUAUAUGGUGGUUGAGUGGCACAAACCCCCGUCUGAUGGAGGCAGUGCUAUCCUGGGCUAUCAUCUGGAGAGGAAAGAGAAAAACAGUAUUCUAUGGACCAAGAUCAAUAAAAUGCUCAUCCAAGAUUGCAGGUUUAAAUCUACUCCUCUUGAGGAAGGUAUUGAGUAUGAGUACAGAGUAUAUGCAGAGAACAUUGUUGGCAUUGGAAAAUGCAGCAAAGUUUCUGAAGUCUAUGUAGCCCGUGACCCAUGUGAUCCUCCUGGUCACCCUGAGGCACUGAUUGUGACCAGACACUCAGUGAAACUGAGAUGGACUCCUCCAGUGUAUGAUGGGGGCAGUUUAGUUACUGGCUAUUUGGUGGAGAAACGUGACCUUCCUGAAGGAAAGUGGAUGAAGGCUAGCUUUGCAAACAUCAUUGAACAUGAAUUUACAAUUACUGGCCUGACAGAAGAGUGUAAAUACGACUUCAGAGUAAUAGCGAGGAAUGCAGCCGGAGCUGUCAGCAAGCCAUCUGAGUCCACAGGAUCCAUCACAGCUAAGGAUGAAGUUGACACACCAAAGUGUGAGACAGAUCCUAAAUAUAACCAGACGAUUGUUGUCAAUGCUGGAGAGACCUUCACUCUGGAGGCAACUGUGGAAGGGAAGCCCAUUCCUACAGCUCAGUGGUUCAAAGGAACCACUGAAGUUGAAAACUCUGCAAGGGCUGAGAUUAAAAACACUGACUUUCAGGCUUUGCUAGUUGUGAAGGAUGCCAUCAGAGUGGAUGGUGGGCAGUACACUCUGGUUCUGACUAAUGUUGCUGGAACUAAGACUAUCCCAUUCAGUGUGAAGGUACUGGACAGACCAGGCCCCUCAGAGGGACCUCUUAAAAUCAGCAAUGUCACUGAGGAAAAGUGCUCACUAUCAUGGCUGCCACCCAGACAUGAUGGAGGAGCUAGCAUUUCUCACUACGUCAUUCAGAAGCGGGAAACCAGCCGCCUGGCUUGGACUGUGGUCUCCGGUGACUGUGUAGCUACUAUGAUCAAGGUUACCAAACUUUUGAAGGGUAAUGAAUACAUCUUCAGAGUGAUGGCAGUCAACAAAUAUGGUGAGGGUGAGCCUCUCGAGUCAGAGCCAGUCAUCAUGAGAAAUCCAUUUGUUCCUCCUGGCUCACCUCAGGAGCUUGAGAUCACUAACAUAACCAGGGAUUCCAUGACUGUCUGCUGGAACCGCCCUGAGAGCACAGGAGGCAGCGAGAUUGUUGGUUACAUCAUUGAGAAAAGAGACAGAGCUGGAGUAAGGUGGACCAAGUGCAACAAACGCAGAGUGACAGACUUGCGGUUCAGAGUAACAGGGUUAACUGAAGAUCAUGAAUAUGAAUUCAGAGUGUCUGCUGAAAAUGCUGCUGGAGUGGGUCAGCCAAGCCCAGCUACCCUUUACACAAAGGCCUGUGAUCCUACAUUUGAACCAGGCUGCCCCACCAAUGCUCAUGUGGUGGACACAACUAAAAACGCCAUCACUCUGGCCUGGCAUAGGCCUUUUUAUGAUGGUGGUUGUGAGAUUCAAGGCUACUCAGUUGAAAUUACCAAGGCUGAUGAAGAGGAAUGGACCAUUUGCACACCACCCUUUGGAGUAAAUGCUACCAAGUUUACAAUUACCAAAUUGAUAGAGCACCAGGAAUACAAGGUGCGCAUCUGUGCCAUCAAUAAGCUUGGUGUUGGUGAGCCCACCGAGGUCCCGGGAGUUGUGAAGCCUUUGGAUAAGAUUGAUCCACCAGAGAUGAUUCUAAAUUCAGAACUCAGAAAGGGAAUAGUUGUCCGUGCAGGUGGCUCUAUGAGAAUCUGCAUUCCAUUUAAAGGCCGUCCUACUCCUGAGAUCAGCUGGGCCAAGGAGGAUUGUGAAUUGCCUAGUAAAGUUCAGACAGAGUCCGGGGAGGAUUACACACAGCUCUCCAUUGACAUCUGUGACAAGUAUGAUGCUGGAAAAUAUAUAGUAAAGAUGGAAAAUGCCGCAGGCAGCAAAUCAGCCUUUGUCUCUGUUAAGGUCCUGGACACCCCUGGAGCCCCUCAGAAUUUAAUGGUGAAAGACAUCAAGAGAGAAAGUGUUACCUUGACCUGGGAGCCUCCCCUUAUAGAUGGUGGUUCAAGAAUCAAGAAUUACCUGGUUGAAAAGCGCGAGUCCACCAGGAAUGUUUAUUCUAAUGUUGAUAACAAGUGCACAAAGACAAGUUAUCGUAUCACUGGCCUCAGUGAAGGAGUUAUCUACUAUUUCAGAGUCUUGGCUGAGAAUGAAUUUGGUGUGGGACAAGCAGUUGAGACAGAGGAUUCAGUUAGGACAUCUGAGCCUCCUCUGUCCGUAGGUAAAGUCACUUUGACUGAUGUUACCAAAAAAACUGCCACACUCUCUUGGGAGAAGCCAGACCAUGAUGGAGGCAGCAGGAUCCUCGGCUACUACAUUGAGAUGCAGCCUAUGGGUGAAGAGGAAUGGGUGGUAGCCACUACAUCCAAAACAUGUGAGGGUACUGUCUCAGGCCUCAGUGCAGGUCAUGAGUACCUGUUCAGAGUAACAGCUUUCAAUGAAAAGGGCAAGAGUGACCCCAGGCCUUUGGCUACACCAGUCACUGCUAAAGAUAUAACUAUCCUGCCCAGAUUCAAGAUUGCAAGCGACACCUACAGUUUACAGAAUGGUGAGGAUCUAAAGAUUGAGAUUCCAGUUAUAGGACGCCCUAUUCCAAAGAUUGAAUGGAAAAAGGAUGGUCAUGUCCUCAAGGAGACAACCAGACUAAAUGUGUCUAGUACACCAUCAUCUACUAAGCUGUGCAUAAAAGAUGCAAAUAAAGAAGACUCUGGUAAAUACACUAUCACAGCCACCAGCAGUGUUGGAACAGCUACAGAGGAGAUCACUGUUAUAAUUCUUGAUAAGCCUGGUCCACCAACCGGCCCUGUGAAAAUUGAAGAGGUGAGCUCUAAUUAUGUCACACUCUCCUGGGAACCACCAGCGUACACUGGAGGCUGUCAGAUCAACAACUACAUUGUGGAAAAAAGAGACACUACCACAACAACAUGGCAAAUUGUGUCUGCUACUAUUGCCAGAACAACCAUCAAAGUCACCAAUUUAAAGACUGGAGUUGAGUAUCAAUUCAGAGUGUUUGCUGAGAAUAGGUAUGGAAAGAGUUCUGCUAUCCUCUCCCCUAACAUCGUUGCUCAGUAUCCAUUCAGUGAGCCUUCUGCCCCUGGAAUGCCAGUCAUUUCUGCUGUAACCAAGGAUAAUAUGGUUGUUGAGUGGAAGCUUCCCAACAACAAUGGAGGCAGCCCCAUCCUAGGUUAUCACCUUGAGAGGAAGGAGAAGAACAGCCUCCUGUGGACAAAACUCAACAAGCUUCUAAUCCCUGACACACGUUUCAGGACUAUAGAGUUGGAGGAAGGUAUUGAGUAUGAAUUCCGAGUUUAUGCAGAGAACAUUGCCGGAGUCAGCCCAGCUAGCAAAGUCUCUGAGAGCACAGUUGCCAGGGACCCCUGCGACCCACCUGGCCCUCCAGAGGCUAUUGAGAUAACCAGAAACCAUGUGACACUCCAGUGGACCAGGCCUCAGUAUGAUGGAGGCAGCGUUAUCACUGGCUAUGUGAUUGAGAGGAAGAAGCACCCUGAUACCCGAUGGAUGAAGGCCAGCUUCACCAACAUCCUUGACACCCAAUUCACAAUCACUGGCCUAACUGAGGAUUGUGUGUAUGAGUUCAGAAUCAUCGCCAGGAAUGCUGCUGGCAUCUUGAGCCGUCCUUCUCAGGGUACAGGACAAAUCACUGCUAAAGAUGAAAUUGAGGCUCCAGGAGCCACCCUGGAUUCAAAGUUCAAGGAUCUGACUGUUGUUCAUGCUGGUGAAACAUUUGCCAUUGAUGCUGACUACACAGGCAAGCCCCUACCUGAAGUAAUCUGGUUAAAGGAUGGAAAGGAGAUUGACAGUGCCACACCAAGAAUGGAGGUCAAGACCACAAUGACACGUACCAUUCUGACAGCCAAGGAUUGCAUCAGAGUUGAUGGUGGCCACUUUGUCCUCAAACUUGUCAAUGUGGGAGGAAUUAAGAUGGUUCCAGUUAAUGUCAAAGUUCUGGAUAGACCUGGUCCUCCAGAUGGCCCAUUAGAAGUCAAAGGGGUCACUGCAGAGAAAUGUUAUCUUCAUUGGAACCAUCCUUCACAUGAUGGUGGAGCAGGCAUCUCCCACUACAUCAUUGAAAAGAGAGAGACCAGUCGUUUGUCAUGGACCAUGGUGGAGCCCAAGAUCCAGGCCAUCAGCUACAAAAUCACAAAACUGCUGCCUGGCAAUGAAUACAUCUUCAGAGUCACUGCUGUGAAUAAAUAUGGUGUUGGUGAGCCUUUGGAAUCUGAACCUGUUAUUGCUCGUAACCCCUUCACCACUCCUAGUGCUCCCUCCACCCCAGAGGCCAGUGCUGUCACUCGUGACUCUAUUGUGCUUACCUGGGAGAGACCAGAGGAUAAUGGAGGGGCUGAGAUUGAAGGGUAUGUCCUUGAAAAACGUGAUAAAGAUGGCAUCAGAUGGACAAAGUGCAACAAGAAGAGAUUGUCUGACCUGAGAUUUAGAUGCUCUGGCCUCACAGAAGGUCACUCCUAUGAAUUCAGGAUCUCAGCUGAAAAUGCUGCUGGUGUGGGAAAACCAAGUGCGCCAAGUGAAUACAUCAAGGCCUGUGAUGCAAUUUAUCCACCAGGACCUCCAAAUAACCCGAAAGUUACAGACCAUUCGAGCACCACAGUCUCCCUGUCCUGGUCCAGGCCAAUCUAUGAUGGUGGAGCAGAGGUCAGUGGAUACAUUGUUGAAAUGAAAGAAGCAGCAGAUGAUGAGUGGGUCAUUUGCACACCACACAUUGGUGUCCAGGCUACUCAUUAUACUGUAAAGAAACUGAAGGAGAAUGCAGAGUACAACUUCCGCAUCUGUGCUAUGAACUGUGAGGGAGUAGGGGAGCCCGUUGACCUACCUGUGUCUGUGGUGGCUGCAGAGAAGCUGGAAGCUCCUGAAAUAGAACUUGAUGCUGACCUUAGAAAGAUGGUCAAUGUUCGUGCCACUGCCACCCUACGUCUGUUUGUGCUGAUCAAGGGCAAGCCUGAGCCUGAGGUCAAAUGGUCAAAGUCUGAUGGCACUUUGAAUGAACGUACCCAGAUUGAAGUCACAAGCUCUUACACAAUGUUGGUGAUUGAGAAUGUUGACAGAUUUGACACUGGCAAAUAUGUCCUCACACUUGAGAACCUCAGUGGGUCUAAGUCAGCUUUCAUCAAUGUUAGAGUUCUUGACUCGCCUAGUGCUCCUACCAACCUACAGGUCAAGGACGUAAAGAGAAAUUCUGUCUCUAUCUCCUGGGAGCCUCCUUUGAUUGAUGGUGGGGCUAAAAUAUCUCAUUACAUUGUUGAGAAGAGAGAGCAGAAGAGGAUGGCUUUCGCCAGUGUUUGCACCAACUGUGUGAGGAACUCUUACCUGAUUUCUGACCUACAAGAGGGAGGCCGUUACUAUUUCCGUGUGUUGGCUGUUAACGAGCAUGGAGUAGGUCUGCCUGCCUUCACAGAGCAAGUCAAAGUCUCUGAAGCUCCUUUGCCUCCUGGUAAGAUUGCCCUGGUUGACGUGACCCGUCAUACUGUCACCCUUUCAUGGGAGAAACCUGAUCACGAUGGAGGCAGCAAGAUUACCAACUAUAUUGUGGAGAUGCAGCCUAAGGGAGAUGAUAAAUGGACCAUAUGUAGUGAGGUCAAAGCACUAGAAGCUAAAAUUACUGGUCUUAUCACUGGAGAGGAAUACUCCUUCAGGGUGAUUGCUGUGAACGAUAAGGGGAAGAGUGAUGCCAAACCAUUGGCUGCCCCUGUGGUGGUUAAGGACAUUACAAUGGAGCCCACCAUUAACCUGCUAUUCAACACAUACAGUGUUAAAGCAGGAGAUGACUUGAAAAUUGAAGUUCCCUUCAAAGGCAGACCUCAACCAGAGGUGUCCUGGAAGAAGGAUGGCCAAUGGCUUAAGCAGACAACCAGGGUCAAUGUAGUCAACUCCAAGACCUCAUCCAAGAUCAUCAUCAAAGAUGCAACCAAGGAGGAUGUAGGAAAAUAUGAAAUUAUUUUGACUAACUGUUUUGGAACCAAGACAGCUGAAGUCUCUGUUGUCAUCUUGGACAAACCUGGCCCUCCCAGCAACAUCAAGGUGGAUGAAGUGAGUGCUGACUUCAUCUGUCUGUCUUGGGAUCCUCCUGCUUAUGAUGGUGGGUGCCAGAUUAACAACUAUGUGGUAGAGAAGAGAGAUACCACCACAACCACGUGGCAGAUUGUCUCAGCCACGGUAGCAAGGACAUCUAUCAAGGUGACUCGUCUCACUCAGGGAACUGAGUAUCAGUUCCGCAUUGCAGCUGAGAACCGUUAUGGUAAGAGUCAUGCCAUAGACUCUGCUCCUGUUGUUGCUCAGUAUCCCUUCGAACCUCCAGGCCCUCCAACUAAUGUACAAGUUUCCAAUGCCACCAAGUAUGGCAUGCUUGUUGUGUGGGGCAGACCUGCCAGUGAUGGGGGGAGCCCUGUUAUUGGUUAUCACAUUGAAUGUAAAGAACAAAGUAGCAUUCUGUGGACCAAGGUCAACAGAGGACUGCUGGCUGAGAGCCAAUUUAAGAUGACAGGUAUUGAAGAGGGUCUGCUGUACCAGUUCAGAGUUUAUGCUGAGAAUGUUGCUGGCAUUGGUCCAUGCUCUAAGGCUAGUGAGCCUGUGGCAGCCAGAGAUCCAUGCGAUUGUCCACGUAACCUUCGAAUUACCAACAUUACCAGGAACUCAGUUUCUCUCUUCUGGGAAAGGCCAGAGUAUGACUUUGGAGCCAAGAUUACUGGGUACAUUGUUGAGCUAAAAGAACUUCCCAAAGGUCGCUGGCUGAAAUGCAACUUCACCAACCUGCAGGAUACUUACUUUGAUGUUACAGGCCUCACAGAAGAUGUCCAAUAUGAAUUCCACGUCAUUGCUAAGAAUUCUGCAGAGCAGCUGAGUGCUCCGUCUGAGAGCACUGGUCCUAUCACAGUCAAAGAUGAUGUUGACCCUCCCACUAUUAUCAUGGAGGACAAGUUCCGACAGUUGGUUGUCAUUAAAGCUGGUGAGAUGAUUAAAAUAGAUGCUGAAAUCACAGGUCGUCCACUUCCAGUUGUCUCAUGGAAAAAGGAUGGAAAAGAGAUUGUGGCCAAGGCCAGGUGUGAAAUCACCUCCACCAAUUUUGCCACCACCCUGAUUGUCACAGAUGUUAUCAGAAGGGACUCUGGCCAGUAUGUCCUGUCCCUGCACAACGUGGCAGGAACUAGGUCUGUUGCUAUCAACUGCAAAGUUUUGGAUAGACCUGGACCAUCUUCAGGACCUUUGGCAGUCACUGGGCUCACAGCAGAGAAAUGCACCCUAACAUGGGGACCCCCACAGGAAAAUGGUGGCGCUGACGUUAUGCACUACAUUGUGGAGAAACGUGAGACUAGUCGCCUUGCUUGGACCCUUGUUUACGGAGACAUGAAGGCAACUACCUGUAAGGUGACAAAGCUGCUCAGAGGAAAUGAGUACAUCUUCAGAGUCAGGGGAGUCAACAAAUAUGGGGAUGGUGAGGCCCUGGAGAGUGAAGCAGUAAAGGCCUUGGAUCCAUUUACUGUGCCUGCAGCUCCCACUAAUGUCCAGGUCACCGCAGUUACUAGUGAGGCAAUGACCAUCUGUUGGGACAGACCCGUUUCUGAUGGUGGAAGCAGUAUUGCUGGCUAUGUCAUUGAAAGAAGAGAGAAGACCGGUCUUCGCUGGUGCCGUGUGAACAAGAAACCUGUUUAUGACCUUAGAGUCAAAGCCUCACACCUUCGUGAGAGCUGUGAGUAUGAGUACAGAGUAUUCGCUGAGAAUUCUGCUGGCCUCAGUGCUCCUAGCACCCCUUGCCCACUCACAAAGGCUGAAGAUCCACAAUUCCUGCCUUCACCUCCUGCUAAGCCUAAGAUCAUUGACUCAACAAAGACCACAGUCACCCUGUCAUGGAAUAAGCCACUGUUUGAUGGUGGAGCACCUGUGACUGGCUACAGAGUAGAAUACAGAAAUACUGCAGAUGAUGAAUGGUUUGUUGGAGUGCAUAACACAAAGAACACAGAGUUUACAGUGGUCGGAUUGACACCUGGGGCUGAAUAUGUGUUUGUUGUCAAGUCCAUUAACAAGAUUGGUCCCAGUGAACCAAGUUCCGAGUCAGACAAACAGGUUGCUAAAGAAAGAGAGGAGGAGCCAGUCUUUGAGAUCAGCAAUGAGAUGAGGAAAACUCUCAUUGUGAAGGAUGGAAGUUCAUUCACAAUGACGGUGCCCUUCAAAGGCAAACCUAUCCCCAGUGUUGCGUGGGCUAAACCUGAUGUUGACCUCAGAGUCCGUGCUGUAAUUGAUACCACAGACACAUUCACCUCCAUCACUUUGGAAAAAGCAACUCGCGAUGACUCUGGCAAAUAUACAGUUACCUUGUCCAGUGUAGCAGGAACCGCCUCCUUAACACUCCAUGUUAGAGUCCUGGACUCUCCUGGACCUCCGGCCCAUGUAGAAGUCAAGGACGUGACAAAGACAUCUGCUACUGUAACAUGGGAUACUCCUGAAAAUGAAGGAGGAGGACCAGUCAAGAAAUACAUCGUUGAUUUCCGUGAGGCCAGCAAGAAAGGCUGGACCAGGUUGACAGACACAUGCCACAGACUGACAUACAAGGUGAUGGACCUGCAGGAGGGAGAAGUUUACUACUUCAGAGUGGCAGGCCAGAAUGAGUACGGUGUUGGUGUUCCUGCUGAGACCAAAGAGGGAACCAAGAUCACAGAAAAACCAACCCCACCACCAAAGCUUGGUGUGACUGAGGUGACUAAGGAGAGUGUGUCCCUGGCCUGGGUCAAACCAGAAUACGACGGAGGCAGCAGGAUUACUGGCUACCUUGUGGAAGCUCAGGAGAAAGGCCAGGAGAAGUGGGUGAAGUGCGCUGUAACCAAAUUCACUCACCUCACAGUGUCCGGUCUGAGGGAAAAUUCAGAAUACUUCUUCAGAGUCCGAGCUGAGAACCAGGCAGGAUUCAGUGAUGUUAAGGAAAUGGUCACUCCCGUGGUGGUCAAAGACCAGCUUGAACCUCCAGAGAUCAACAUGAAUGACUUCCCUCACAACACAGUGUACGUUAGAGCCGGCUCCACCCUCAAGUGUGAGAUUCCACUGACAGGCCGACCUUUGCCUAAAGUCACCCUGGUCAAGGAUAAUGUGCUGAUGAAGUCAACAAUGAGGUUCAACUCUGAGGUCACUCCUGACAGUAUCAAGAUCACUUUACGCGAGAGCAUUGCUGCAGACCGUGGACGCUACGACAUCACCGCCUCAAACUCCAGUGGAACCACUAAGUCCUUCAUAAAGAUUGUGGUUCUGGAUCGUCCUAGUGCCCCACUUGGACCGGUGGAGCUGUCUGAUGUCACAGAGGACAGCGUUAACCUGAAGUGGCUCCCACCGGCAUAUGAUGGCGGUAGCCCCAUUACCAACUACAUCAUCCAAAAGAGAGAGACAACCACAGCCCACUGGUUGGACGUCUCCUCUGCUGUGGCCCGCUGCAACAUGAAAAUCAUGAAGCUGACCACUGGCUUGGAGUACCAGUUCAGAAUUAGAGCGGAGAACAGAUAUGGAAUCAGCGAGCAUGUUGACUCCCCAACUGCCGCUGUCAGCCUUCCUUACACUACUCCUGAUGCUCCGUCGACUCCAGAGAUCACUGCAGUAACGAGAGAGACCAUUACUGUCGCCUGGAAGGAGCCCAAGUCAGACGGUGGUAGCCAUGUGUUUGGCUACCAUCUCCAGAUGAAAGACAAAAACAGCAUCCUCUGGCAGAGAGUCAACAAAAUGGUGAUCCGGGCUACACACUACAAGGUCUCCAACAUCAUUGCUGGACUUAUUUAUGAGUUCAAGGUGGCAGCAGAGAACGCCGCUGGAAUCAGUGCCUUCAGCAAGGUUUCUGAUGCAGUGCUGGCUAUCGACGCCUGUGAACCACCUGUAAACCUGCGCAUUAGUGACAUCACCAAGAACACCAUUAGCCUGGCCUGGCAGAAACCCAACUAUGAUGGAGGAUCCCCUGUCACUGGCUACAUCAUUGAGAAGAGACAGGUCACUGGUACCAAGUGGCUCAAGGCUAACAUCACCAACGUCACAGAUACACGCUUCACUGUGACCAGCCUGACCCAGGACGAGACGUACGAGUUCAGAGUCAUGGCCAAGAACGCAGUUGGCUCAGUGAGCAACCCGUCCAUGACCGCUGGACCGGCCACAUGCGUGGACACCUACGGUGCCCCAGAGAUUGAUAUACCUCAGCAAUACUUCAGUGAGGUCAAAUACGCUGCCGAGUCUAAUGUGGAGCUCAAGUUUAACAUCAAAGCCAAACCUACUCCCACUAUUGAGUGGUUUAAGGACGGCAGAGAGUUGGAGCCCAGCACUCACCUUUCGUUCCAACACACGUUUGAGUCCACCAGUGUGUUCCUGAAGGAAACCACUCGCUUGAACUCUGGAACCUAUGAGGUCCGGGUGAAGAACUCCCUGGGAUCUGCAUGUGCUGUUGUCAGGCUGCUCAUCCUAGACAAGCCAGGGCCACCUGCUGGUGAGAUUCAGUUUAAGAAGGUGACCGCUGACAAAAUCACCAUCAUGUGGUCCCCGCCUGCUGAUGAGGGUGGCGCCAUGGUCACUCAUUACAUUGUGGAGAAGAGGGAGACCAGCAGGAUCAUGUGGUCCAUCGUCUCAGAGAAGCUUGUCGACUGCAUCAUUAACAUACCCAGACUCAUCCAUGGCAACGAGUACAUCUUCAGAGUCCGUGGAGUCAACAAGUACGGUGUUGGAGACCCACUUGAGUCUCAGCCUGUGAUCGCAAGGAAUGCUUUUGUUCCUCCUAGUGAGCCAUCCAAACCUCAAGUGACCAUGAUCACCAAGUCCACCAUGACAGUGAUCUGGGAAAGACCAGCAUUGGAUGGAGGCAGUGACAUUGACGGCUACUACCUGGAAAAGAGGGAGAAGAAGAGUCUGCAGUGGUUCAAGGUGGUGAAGGGAACAAUCAGAGACACCAGGCAGAAAGUCACCAGCCUGGUAGAGAACAGCGAGUACCAGUACAGAGUCUGUGCCGUCAACAAGGCCGGAGCAGGAAACUAUUCUGAGGCGUCUGAACUCUACAAGGCCUACGACCCCAUUGAUCUGCCUGGAGAGCCAUCCAAGCUGCAUGUGGUUGACUCUACAAAGACGUCCAUCACGAUCGGCUGGGAGAGACCUGUCUAUGAUGGAGGCAGCGAAAUCACACAUUACAUUUUGGACCAGAUGAAUUCCGAGGACAAAGAAUGGGUGACGAUCAACCCGCAGGUCAAAACCUGUGAAUACGUCGCGUCACUCCUCAAACCUGGAAACUACUACUUCUUCAGAGUUUUUGCUGUCAACUGCAAGGGCAAAGGAGAGGACAUCAAAAUGUACCAACCUGUGCAGGCCAAAGAUAUCCUGGAGGAGGCUGAUUUGGACUUGGAUGUUGCCAUGACAACCCAGUACAUAGCCAGGGCUGGCCGUGAUGUGACAGUGUUUAUCCCGCUGAAAGGACGUCCUGCCCCUAAUGUCACCUGGCGCCGCAGCGACCGCAACAUAGCUGCUGAUAACCGCUACACCAUCACCAACACUGAGCGAGCCACCACACUCCUCAUACCAAAGGUCACCCGUGAUGACUGCGGCAAGUACCUGCUGGAGAUUGAGAAUGGCGUGGGAGAGCCCAAGAUAAUCACAGUUUCCCUGAAGGUUCUGGACAGUCCAUCCAUGUGUCAGAAACUGAUGAUCAAGAAUGUGACUAGAGGAAAGUUGACCCUGAGCUGGGAAGCUCCUGUCAUUGAUGGAGGUUCUCCCAUUACCAAUUACAUUGUUGAGAAAAAAGCUUCCACCAUGAAGGCCUAUCAGGUGAUCACAGCUGAGUGUGCCAACACAUCUUACAAGGUCUCAGGUCUGGAGGAGAAUGUAGCUUACUUCUUCUGUGUCUCUGCUGAAAACGAGUACGGUGUGGGUGACAUCUGUGAAACUACUGAGCCCGUCAGAGCCACAGAAACUCCAGGACCUGUGAAGGACCUGGUGAUGGCAGACUCCACAAAGACCUCUGUUACCCUGCAGUGGACCAGACCAGACCAUGAUGGUGGCAGCCAUAUUAUUGAGUAUAUUGUCGAAAAGAGAUUCAGAGAAGAUCCCACCUGGACUUUUGGUGGUACAUGCAAGCGCUGCAGCUGUGAGGUCACAGGACUCAAAGAAGACUCUGACAUGUAUUUCAGAGUGUUUGCCAAGAAUGAGAAGGGUCUCAGUGACUUCUCCCAGAUCGGUCCGAUCACAGUGAUAGACUUCAUCAUCCCACCUGAGGCCAAUCUCAGUGAUUACCCCAACGGAGAGCUUGCUGUUCGUAUUGAUCAGAACAUCCACAUCGAACUACCCUUCAAGGGUAAACCAAGACCUGCAAUUAGCUGGCUGAAGGACAACUUCCCUCUGAAGGAAAGUGAGAAGGUACGCUUCAGGACCACAGACAACAAGACUUCCGUCACAGUUAGAGGAGCAAAGAAGGAGCAUGCUGGCCAGUACACCUUAGUAUUGGACAACAGAACCAUCAAGAACUACUUUGACAUCAAUGUGAUCACUCUGGGACCCCCAUCUGUGCCUGUUGGUCCCAUCCGUUUCGAUGAGAUCAAAGCUCAGAGUAUCAUCAUCUCCUGGGCUGAGCCAAAAGAGGACGGAGGUGGAGAGAUCACCUGCUACAGUGUGGAGAAACGUGAGACCUCCCACGCAAACUGGAAGAUGGUGUGCUCUAGUGUUGCCAGAAACUCUUUCAAGAUUCCAAACCUGGUCAUGGGAACCUCAUACCAGUUCAGGGUCCGUGCAGAGAACAAGUACGGAGUCAGUGAACCACUUAACUCCUCAGAGAUUGUUGCGGAGCAUCAGUACAAACCUCCAGGUCCUCCAGCAAAACCAGUGGCUUUCAACAUCACCAGUGAUGGUAUGACCAUCAAGUGGGAGGCCCCUGGUUUUGAUGGAGGAUCCCCUAUUUUGGGCUAUCAUGUGGAGAAGAAGGACAGGAACAGCCUCCUGUGGCAGAAAGUGAACUCCACCAUCAUCUCCAACAGAGAGUACAGAAUCAUUGGUCUCAUAGAGGGACUGGAAUACUCCUUCAGAGUCUAUGCAGAGAAUAGUGCUGGACUUAGUUCUGUUAGCGAACAGAGCAAACAUGCUCUUGCUAUCUCCCCUGUUGAUCCACCAGGAACCCCUGUUUGCAUCGAUGUCACCAGAGACUCAGUCACCUUGCAGUGGGAUGUCCCCAAGAAAGAUGGUGGCAGCAGAAUUGUGGCCUAUAGUGUGGAGAGACGCCAAGGUAGAGGCAAAUGGCUUCGGUGCAACUUCACUGACAUCAGUGAAACCCAGUUCACAGUGACUGGUCUGUCUCCUGGAGACAGAUUUGAGUUCAGAGUAAUUGCGAGGAACGCUGUGGGCACCGUGAGUCCACCAUCUAAUGCCUCUGCAUACAUCAUGACCAAGGAUGAGAGCAUUGCUCCUGAGAUCACUUGGUCACCAGACCAGAUUGUCAGUCUGAAGGCUGGAGAGAACAUUAAGCUCAGCUGCAGCAUCACCGGACGUCCUGUGCCACAGGUUGUCUGGUUCAAGGAUGGCAAAGAGAUUGACAAGAGGAUCAUGAUUGACAUUGAGAUUUCCAUCGGCAUAGGCACCAGCAGCCUGUUUAUUCGUGACACUGACAGGAACCACCGUGGUAUCUACACGGUGGAGGCCAAGAACAGCUCUGGCAGCAAGAGAGCUGAUGUCAACGUCAGAGUGCACGAUACACCUGGACCUGUUGAAGGACCAAUACGUUUCACUGGCAUCACUGCUGAGAAGUGCACCGUGUGGUGGAACCCACCUGAGAAUGAUGGUUGUGCCGCCAUCACUCACUAUGUGGUGGAAAAAAGGGAGACGUCCAGGAUCUCCUGGGCCUUGAUCAACUCCAAGUGUGAAGCCUGUUCUUUCAAUGCUACUAACCUCAUCAAGGGCAAUGAGUACCAGUUCAGAAUCUUUGCUGUCAACAAGUUUGGUGUUGGCAAACCACUGGACUCUGACCCUUUCAUUGCACAGAUGCAAUAUACUGUGCCCGACGCCCCUGGUACUCCAGAUGCCACUCAUGUGACUGGAGACAGCAUCACCCUGUGCUGGACCAGGCCCAGAUCAGAUGGUGGCAAUGAGAUCAAGCACUACAUCCUGGAGAGGAGAGAGAAGAAGAGUCUGCGCUGGUUGAAAGUUUCCUCCAAGAGGCCCAUCGCAGAGUUGAGGCACCGUGUCACCCACCUAACUGAGGGCUACGAGUACGAGUUCCGUGUCAUGGCUGAGAAUGGUGCUGGUGUGGGUCCAGCCAGCAGCACCUCCAGGCUCUUCAAAUGCAGAGAGCCUACAAGUACUCCUAGCACUCCCACAUUGAUCAAGGUCAUUGACUCCACUAAAUCCUCUGUCACUCUGGAAUGGACCAAGCCAGUCUUUGAUGGCGGCAUGGAAAUCAUUGGGUACAACAUCGACAUGUGUAAGGCCAGUCUCGAGGAGUGGCACAGAGUCAACCACCAGAUUUGCAUCCACACCAGAUACACAGCCAAGGGCUUAGUGCCUGGAGAGCUCUAUAAGUUCAGGGUCAGCGCUGUGAAUGGAACUGGACAAGGUGAAGCCUCUGUGAUGGCCCACCCUGUUCAGGCUCUGGAUAGACUGACAUCUCCUGAGAUUGACAUUGAUGCCAAAUUCAAGCAAACUCACAUCGUGAAAAAUGGUGGCACAGUCACCCUCCAUGUCACCUUCCAUGGCAAACCGGCUCCUCUUGCGACCUGGUCUAAGGGUGACGGUGAGCUGCCUGUCAUGGCUGAUGUCAACACCACCGAGUCAUUCUCCACUCUGACCAUUGAGGGUUGCACAAGGUACGAGGCCGGCAAAUACACCCUGUCUCUGGAGAACAACAGUGGACGCAAGUCCAUCACCUUCACUGUCAAAGUGUUGGACACACCUGGACCUCCUGGAGCCAUCACUUUCAAAGAUGUCACCCGGGGAGCCCUGACACUGAUGUGGGAUGCCCCCACCACUGAUGGUGGGUCCAGAGUCCACCACUACAUCGUUGAUAAGCGUGAGGCCAGCCGUCUGGCCUGGCAGGAGGUCAGUACCAAGUGCUCUCGUCAAAUGAUCAGAGUAACUGGUAUGGAUAUUGGUGUGCCAUAUCUGUUCAGAGUGAUUGCUGUAAACCACUAUGGCCAAGGAGAGCCUCAUGAGAUGACAGAGCCUGUCAUAGCCACAGAAGAACCUGCACCACCAAAGAGGCUGGAUGUUGUCGACACCACCAACUCUACAGCCUCCCUGGUGUGGCUGAAGCCUGAGCAUGAUGGUGGCAGCCGCAUCAGAGGCUACAUUGUUGAGUUUAUAGCCAGAGGCAGUGACCACUGGGUGCUUUACGGGGAGACCAAAUCACAAAAGAUGCUGGUUGAAGGUCUGAUCGCAAACACAGAGUAUGACUUCAGGGUCAAAGCCAAAAAUGAUGCUGGCAUCAGUGAUCCUCAGGGCACCUUAAGCUCUGUGGUCAUUAAGGAGCCUCGCAUCGAACCCACUGCUGACCUCAGCAGCAUCACCAACCAGCUCAUCACCUGCAAGAUCUCCAACACCUUCACCAUUGACAUCCCUAUCAGUGGCAGACCUGCACCUAAGGUCACCUGGAAGCUGGAAGAGAUGAAGCUGAAGGAGACAGACAGACUUUCCAUCGUGACCACAAAGGAGAGGACCACUCUGGUGGUGAAAGACAGCAAGAGAAGCGACAGUGGCAAAUACUAUCUGAUCCUGGAAAACGCUGCUGGUGUGAAGACAUUCGCAGUGACCGUGGUUGUUGUUGGUCGCCCAUGUCCACCCACAGGCCCUGUGGAAAUUUCUGGAGUUUCCUCAGAAUCCUGCUCCCUGUCCUGGUCUGAGCCAUCUGAUGAUGGUGGCUCUGACAUCUCCAACUACAUUGUGGAAAAACGGGAGUCUGGUUCCGCCUCUUGGCAAGUGGUGAACUCCAGUGUGAGGAGAACCACCAUCAAAGUCACACAUCUGACCAAGUACAUGGAGUACACCUUCAGAGUGUGUGCUGAGAACAAGUUUGGUGUCAGCAAAUCAGUUGAGUCUGCUGCUGUUGUCAUCGAGCAUCCAUAUAUUGCUCCAAGUCCUCCAAGUCGUCCAGAUGUGGUAUCUGUCUCUGCAAACACCAUCAGCAUCAAGUGGGAUGUGCCAUAUGCAGAUGGUGGCAGCCAAGUGACAGGCUACUGGAUUGAGAAGAAGGAACGGAAUACGAUUCUGUGGGUGAGGGAGAACAAGCUGCCCUGCCUGGAGUGCCAUUACAAGAUUUCCAAUCUGAUCGAGGGCCUGGAGUACCAGUUCAGGGUGUACGCCAUGAACAUUGCUGGACUCAGCAAGGCCAGUGGGCCUUCCAGACCUGUGGUGGCAUUCAAUCCUGUUGAUCCUCCAGGUAAACCUGAGGUGACAGACAUCAGCCGCUCUUCUGUGUCCCUCUGCUGGACUGUGCCGUUCAACGACGGCGGCAGCAAGAUUGUAGGUUACGUGGUGGAGAGGAAAGUCUACAGCACAGACGAGUGGGAUGACAACCGCUGGCUCAAGUGCAACUACACCACCAUCAGUGAGAAUUACUUCACCGUGUCUAACCUGGGAGAGGGAGAGACCUACGAAUAUCACGUCAUCGCCAAGAAUGCUGCCGGAGUCCACAGCGCACCAUCAGAGUCGACCGGACCCGUCACAUGCAAGGAUGAAUACUCUCCUCCCAGAGCUGAACUCGACAGCAAACUGGUGGGCGAGGUGGUUGUCGUCUCCGCUGGCUCUGACCUUGUCCUGGAUGGCAUUGUUGGUGGUAAACCCGAACCCACUGUUUACUGGUCAAAGGGCGACAAGAUUUUGGAGCUCGGAGAGAAAUAUUCUCUGACCUACACCGCCACCAGGGCCAUGGCUGUCAUUAAGAACUGCGACAGAUUUGACUCAGGAAGAUACGUCCUGACUGUCAAGAAUGCCAGCGGAAUCAAGACCGCUGCUGUCAGCGUCAAAGUUCUAGACACCCCCGGACCUCCAUCUGAUAAGAUCGUCAUCAGCAGAGUGACGGAGGAGAAGUGUACAGUGUCCUGGAAGAUCCCUAUGGAGGACGGCGGAGACCGCGUCACCCAUUACAUCGUGGAGCGUCGCGAGACCAGCCGUCUCAACUGGGUCGUCAUGGAGACUGAGUGCAAAACUCUGUCAUGCGUCAGCUCCAGGCUGAUCAAGAACAACGAGUAUGUCUUCAGAGUUAGAGGAGUCAACAAGUAUGGACCUGGAGUUCCACUGGAGUCCGAAGCCAUCAUCGCCAGGAACGCCUACACUGUCCCAUCACAGCCUGGAACACCAGAAACCACAGCGGUUGGCAAGGAGCACGUCAUCAUUGAAUGGCUGAAGCCUGAGAGCGACGGAGGCAGUGAGAUCAAGACCUACAUCGUUGAGAAACGAGAAAAGAGCAGCACCAGGUGGACUCGGGUGAACAAGACUUACACCAUCUAUGACACUCGUCUGAAGAUCACAGGCCUCCUGGAGGGAAGUGAGUACCUGUUCAGAGUCACAGCUGUCAACGCCGCAGGAGACAGCCCGCCAAGCGAUGCCUCGUCCUACAUCCUCUGCAAAGACCCCACAUAUACACCUGCUCCUCCAUCAACACCUCGCAUCACCGACACAACCAAGCGUAGCAUUAGCAUGACUUGGACCAGGCCCAUGUACGAUGGUGGCUCAGACGUCACAGGCUAUGUGAUCGAGAUCCUGGAGGAGGGCUCUGAGCAGUGGUACCGCGCCACUGCUAAGGCCAUCAAAACCACUGAGUAUGUGGCCGCAGGCCUGACAGCCAAUAAGAAGUACCGAUUCAGAGUAGCCGCCAUCAACAGCAAUGGCACUGGCGAGUUCAGUGAACCCAGUGCUGAGGUGGAGCCACUGGAGAGACUUGAAAUGCCUGACCUGGAGUUGGACGAUGACCUUAAGAAAACAGUGUGUCUACGUGCUGGAGGAUCCCUGCGACUGUUUGUGACUUUCACCGGACGGCCAUUACCAGUGGUGUCCUGGAGGAAGACCGGCGUAGAGCUCCAAAGCCGUGGCUUUAUUGAAACCACUGAUAGCUACACAAUGCUAAUAGUGGAGAAGAUUAAUCGCUAUGACUCUGGAAAAUAUGUUGUUGAAGCAGAGAAUCCAUCUGGCAAGAAGACUGCCACAAUCCUGGUGAAGGUUUAUGACACUCCUGGUCCUCCAGGUUCUGUGAACGUUAAGGACUAUACCAAAGAGUCUGUUGUAAUCACCUGGGAUGUCCCAAGCAUCGAUGGCGGUGCUCACGUCAGCAACUACAUCAUCGAGAAGCGUGAAGCCAACAUGAAAUCAUACAAGACUGUCACCACUGAGUGUAGAAAGACCCUGUAUAGGAUCACUGGUCUGGAGGAGGGCGUGCACUACUUCUUCAGAGUUCUGCCAGAGAACAUCUAUGGUGUUGGUGAGCCCUGUGAAACCGCUGAGGCUGUGCUGGUGUGCGAAGUGCCAUCAGUGCCCCUGAAUCUCCAGGUUGUUGAUGUCACUAAGUCCUCAGUUACUCUGCACUGGGAGAAGCCGAUGCAUGACGGUGGCAGUAGACUGACUGGCUACAACAUUGAGGCCUGUAAAGUGGGCUCAGACCGGUGGGCUUCUGUGGCAACGGUCAAGGCCUCUGUGACCAAGCACACCAUCCAGUCUCUGAUGGAGAAUGACCAGUACCUAUUCAGAGUCCAAGCCACUAACAGCAGAGGAGCCGGUGAGCACAUGGACAUGGUGACUCCAGUCACAAUCCAGGAUAUUAAGGUGAUGCCCAAGAUUGACUUGACCAACAUCCCUCAGAAGAUUGUCCAUGUGACCCGUGGCAGACCCAUUGACCUCAACAUCCCGAUACAAGCCAAACCUCACCCUGAGGUCCUCUGGUUCUUUGGUGGUGUCCAGCUGAAGGACAGCCUGGACCGCAUCAAGAUUGAAAGCAAUGGCAAAUACACCCACCUUGUCAUACGUGAGACCACAAUCAAUGACACAGGAGACUACACGCUACAAGUAAAGAAUGCCAUCGGCAUGGCAACCGAGGUCAUCAAAGUCAUCAUCCUUGACAAACCUGGUAUCCCAGUCGGUCCAAUGAGGAUCGAGGAGACCGAUGGCCUGUCCGUGACAGUCAGCUGGAUGCCUCCAGAGAAGGACGGUGGCGCCAAUGUCAGUGGCUAUGUGGUGGAGCAGCGUGAUGCCCACAGGCCAGGCUGGAUAACUGUCUCAGAGUCGGUGACGCGACCCUGUUUCAAGUUCACCAGACUUUCAGAGGGAACCGAGUAUGUGUUCCGUGUUGCUGCCAUGAAUCGUUUCGGCGUAGGCCUCUUCCUGCAGUCUGAGGUGGUGGAGUGCAAGACCAUCAAGACUAUCCCUGGACCUCCAAGCAAGCCAGAGAUAGUUGAUGUCACCCAUGAGGGCAUGACAGUUACCUGGCAACCACCAGAGGACAAUGGUGGCUCCACCAUUGCUGGUUACCUUAUUGAACGUAAGGAGGCCGGUUCUGACAGGUGGUUAAGGAUCAACAAGAACCCCGUCACCAUGACCAGGUACCGCUCUUCGGGUCUUAUUGAGGGCUUGGAGUAUGAAUACCGCAUCACUGCCAUCAACUCAAGAGGAGCUGGCAAACCCAGCGAGAGCUCUGCCAUUACUGUUGCCAUGGAUCCCAUUGAACCUCCAGGACCUCCAAUGAAUCCCAGGGUCACAGACACUACAAGGACCUCAGUCUCUCUGGCCUGGUUGCCACCUGAAGAGGAGGGUGGUGCUGUUAUUACCGGUUACUUUAUCGAGAUGCAGAAGGUGGACCAGGUAGAAUGGACAUUGUGUAACACCACACCCACCAAGAUGAGCGAGUACAUCCUCACCCACAUGCCUCAGGGUGCAGAGUACAAGUUCAGGAUCAGUGCCUGCAAUGCUGGUGGUUCUGGAGAGCCCGCAGAGAUUCCUGGAGUGGUUAAAGUUCAGGAGAUGCUGUAUUAUCCUGACUACGUGCUUGAUCGCAAAUAUGAAGAGGGCUAUGUGGUGCGCCAAGGUGGAGUCAUUCACCUGUCUGUGCCCAUCAAAGGUAAACCCAUCCCUAUAUGCAAGUGGACCAAAGAUGGUCGUGACAUCUCGCACCGCGCUAUGAUCGCCACCUAUGAUGACAUCACUGAGCUGGUCAUCAAAGAGGCGCACAAAGACGACACUGGUACUUAUGACCUGCUCCUGGAGAACAAAUGUGGCAGAAAGGCUGUGUACAUCAAGGUGAAGGUGAUUGGUCGCCCCGAUGCCCCAGAAGGCCCUCUGGAGUUUGAUGAUAUUCAAGCCAGAUCAGUCCGCGUCAGCUGGAGACCACCUUCAGAUGACGGUGGCUGCGACAUUCAGGGAUACAUCGUGGAAAGGCGGGAGGUACCCAAGGCUGCCUGGUACACUGUGGGCGCUCGGGUAACUGAGACUUCUCUGAUAGUGAAGGGCCUGAAGGAGAAUGUCGAGUAUCACUUUAGAGUUUUUGCUGAGAAUCAGUUUGGUGUCAGCAGAUCUCUGAAGUCUGACGAGCCUGUCACACCAAAGACACCACUUUGCCCACCAGAACCUCCCAGCAACCCACCAGAGAUCAUGGACGUGACCAAGUCCACAGUGUCUCUGUCCUGGGCCCGCCCUCGCGAUGAUGGAGGCUCGCGUGUUACAGGAUAUUACGUGGAAAGGAGGGAGGUGACCACGGAGAAGUGGGUCCGUCACAACAAGACCCACAUCACCACCACUAUGUACAAUGUCACUGGUCUGAUCCCUGAUGCAGAGUACAUGUUCAGAGUGGUGGCUCAGAAUGAAAUUGGGCAGAGUGAAGCUGGUCCUGUUUCAGAGUCUGUCAUCUGCAAAGAUCCAUUUGACAAACCCAGCCAGCCUGGUGAGAUCGACAUCGUCUCCAUCACCAAAGAUAGCAUCACCAUCCACUGGCUCAGACCUGAGCACGAUGGAGGCAAGGAGAUCUUGGGCUACUGGAUUGAGUUCAGGCAAUCUGGGGAGAGUGCUUGGAAGAAAUGCAACAAGGAGCGCUCUAAGGAUCGUCAGUUCACUAUGGGCGGCUUAAUGGAGGCUACUGAAUACGAGUUCAGAAUCUUUGCUGAGAACGAGACCGGACUCAGCCGACCUCGUCGUACACCCAUGGGCAUCAAGACCAAACUGAGUGUUGGCGAGGCUCCAGUGUUGAAGGAAGAGAUUGAAGAUGUAACCACCAAGCUUGGCGAGUCGGGCACUCUGACCUGUGGCAUCAUUGGCAGACCUUUGCCUGACAUCAAAUGGUACCGCUUCGGCAAGGAACUGAUCCAGAGCCGCAAGUACAAGAUGAGCUCAGACGGCCGUAACCACUCACUCAGCAUAGUGACGGACGAGCAGGAAGAUGAGGGUCUGUACACCUGUAGGGCCCUCAACGAGGCUGGAGAGAUUGAAACCAGUGGCAAACUACGCCUUCAAGCACCUCCCCAGUUCCACCCUGGCUUCCCUCUGAAGGAGAAAUACUAUGCUGGGGCCGGCACUAGCCUUCGCCUGCACGUUGUCUACAUUGGGCGUCCCAUCCCCCAGAUCAUGUGGUUCUAUGGCAAGAAGCCUCUGAAUGCAUCACAGGAUGUGAUCAUUGAAAAUACAGAGAGCUACACCCACCUGGUGGUCAGAAACGCCCAGAGAAAGACCAAUGCUGGCCGCUACAAGGUGCAGCUCAGCAACGUGUAUGGAACCAUUGACACCGUGUUACGUGUUGAAAUCCAAGAUAAACCAUGCAUCCCUGAGGGUCCUAUGGUUGUUGAAGGUCUGCUGAAGAGCUCAGUUGUUAUCAGCUGGAAGGUUCCCAAGGAUGAUGGAGGCUCCAUGAUUACAAACUAUAUUGUUGAGAAGCGUGAGGCCAAAGAAGGUGAGCAGUGGCACCUGGUGUCCUCCUCCAUCUCUGGCACCACCUGCCGUGUUCCCAACCUGAUAGAGAGCGCUGGCUACUACUUCAGAGUCUCUGCUCAGAACCAGUAUGGAGUCAGUGAGCCUCUGGAAAUCCCAUCCGUGGUAAUCAUCAAGAGUCCUUUCGAAAAACCGGGUAUCCCACAGCGGCCGUUCAUCAUCAGCUCCACCAAAGACUCCUGUGUCGUCUGCUGGAAGCCUCCAAGCAGUGACGGUGGUGCUAAAAUCACAAACUACUACCUGGAGAAACGUGAGAAGAAGCAGAACAAGUGGAUGUCAGUAACCUCUAAGAAGGUCGUUGAAACAAGUUUCGAGGUCACAGGCUUGAUUGAGAGCUUUGAGUAUGAGUUCCAUGUCAAGUGUGAGAAUGCUGGUGGUGAGAGUGACUGGAGUGAGAUCUCUGAGCCUAUCAUCCCCAAGUCAGACCAGGCUCCACGUGCUCCUGCCUUCAGGGAGGAGAUCAGGGACAUGACUGUCAAAUACCAAGCCAGCGCCACGUUUGUCACCAAGGUAUUGGGACAUCCAAAGCCUGUGGUGAAAUGGUAUCGCAGUGGAAAAGAAAUCCUAGCAGAUGGAACCAAGAUCAAAGCCCUGGAGUUCAAGGGAGGUUACUACCAGCUUGUUAUCACAUCUGCUAAUGAGAAUGAUGCUACAGUUUACCAAGUCCGAGCAACCAACCCAUCAGGAUCCAUCUCUGCAACUGCCAACCUGGAGGUGGAAGUUCCUGCUAGGAUCCACUUGCCCAAAGAGCUCCAGGGAAUGGGAGCAGUGCAUGCUGUCUGUGGAGAUAAUAUCACAAUCAAGAUUCCCAUCUCUGGCAAGCCUGAGCCAGCGAUCACUUGGCAGAAGGGUCAGGAGAUCCUGUCCAACUCUGUUUACUACCAAGUUAUCACCACUAGAUCUUUUACCUCCCUGGUCUUCCAGAAGGGGGUGCAGAGGAAAGAUACUGGCUACUACGUUAUUACUGCAAAGAACAGGUUUGGAACAGACAAGCAAACAAUUGAGAUGAAUGUGGUGGACAUACCUGAAGCUCCUAAGGGACUCGUGGUCAGUGACAUUUCAAAGGACUCCAUCACCCUAACCUGGGAGCCACCAGCCAGUGAUGGUGGAAGUGACAUCAUUAACUACAUUGUUGAGAAGUGUCCUACCAGUGGUGACAGGUGGAUCCGUGCUGGACAGACCACUGACUGCAGCAUCACCAUCAUGAACAUAUUUGGAAAGGCCAAGUACCAGUUCCGCGUCCUUGCAGAGAACGAGUUUGGCUUGAGUCCUCCUUCUCAGCCAACAGAGCCAAUCACCACAAAAGAAGAUAAGUCUGUGAUUAGGAACUAUGAUGAGGAAGUUGAUGAAGCCAGAGAAAUAAUCAAAGGAGAAGCUCCAUUCUACAAGGUGAAGGAGUUGUCCUCCAAAUACAUCAUCUCUGAGGAGCUUGCUCGCUGCCAGUUUGGAGCAGUCUACCGCUGCAUUGAGAUUGCUACAAAGAAGACUUUCAUGGCCAAAUUCAUCAAGGUCAGAGGAACCGACCGAGAGCUGGUUCUCAGGGAGAUUGAGGCCCUCAAUGUAGCAAGGCACAAGAACAUCAUUUACCUGCAUGAAUACUUUGAAAGUAUGGAGGAGAUUAUUCUGAUCUUUGAGUUUAUAUCUGGAGUUGACAUCUUUGAACGCCUGGGAACCAGCAACUUUGAGCUAACAGAGCAAGAGAUUGUCCGUUACCUGAGACAAGUCUGUUCUGCCCUGAAAUUCUUGCACAGCCUCAACUAUGGUCACUUUGAUAUUCGUCCAGACAACAUCGUCUAUACCACGAGGAGAAGCACCAUCAUUAAGAUUAUGGAGAUGGGCCAGGCAAGGCUGCUGGUGCCAGGAGAAAACAUCAGAAUGCUCUUCUCAGCUCCUGAGUACUGUGCCCCUGAGGUUCACCGCCACGAUUUAAUCACUACUGCCACUGAUAUGUGGUCUGUUGGUGUUAUCGCCUAUAUUCUGCUCAGUGGCCUCAAUCCAUUUGCUGCAGAGUCCACUACAAAGAUGAUUGAGAACAUCUCCAACUGUGAGUAUGUCUUUGACAGAGAAGCAUUUAAGGACAUCAGCCUGGAGGCCAUGGACUUUGUAGACAGACUUCUAGUCAAGGACAGGAAGCUGCGUAUGACAGCCCAUGAGGCUAUGGAGCACCCAUGGCUCAGAAUGAAGAUUGAGCAUGUCAGCAACAAGACCAUCAGGACACUGAGACACAGGAGGUACUACCAGACACUUGUGAAAAAGACAGACACUAUUGUAUCUGCAGCUCGUGUUGCCUAUGGUGGUGCCUUCAAGAACCAGAGAGGACUGGCUGUGGGCAAAGUAAAGAUCGGAACCGAGUAUCAUGGCCUUCGCUCUGGUCCAGUCAUGCAUGGCUCAGCUGAAGUCGGUGGCUAUGUCAAAUUUACUUGCAUCAUUUCCAACUAUGACAAGAGCACACAGGUUUCAUGGUAUUUCGGCAACCGUCAGCUCCAUCCAAGCCCCAAGUACGAGAUAACGUACAGUAAUGGUUUUGCCAGCAUCUAUGUGAAGGACAUCGAGGACAGUGAUGAUGGUGUGUACAGAUGCAAGGUGGUGAGUGAUGAUGGAGAAGACAGUGCUUAUGGAGAACUCUUUGUUGAGACAGUAAGAAGCAUCAGAGAGUAUUAUGUCAGCCGCACCAUCAGGAAACUGAGGAGGAGAGUUGAUAGGAUUAAACUCCUACAACGACCACCUGAGUUCACCCUGCCUCUCUACAAUACCACUGCCUACAUUGGCGAAGAUGUUCGCUUUGGUGUCACCAUUACUGUGCACCCAGAUCCUCAUGUGACAUGGCUCAAGAAUGGAGAGAGAAUUAAACCAGGUGAGGAUGACAGAAAGUACACGUUUGCAAGUGAUAAGGGUCUGUACCAGCUGAUCAUCCACAACCUGGACAUGAGUGAUGAUGCUGAGUACACUGUCAUGGCCCACAACAAGUUUGGAGACGACAGCUGCCAAGCCCAUCUCACUGUGACACCUCACCCUGUGUCAGCGGAGACCAUGAGGCCCAUGUUCAAACGCCUGCUGGCUAAUGUUGAGUGCAAUGAGGGGGAUAGCGUCCGUUUUGAACUCAAGGUCUCUGGGGUCCCAACUCCUAAUCUGAAAUGGGAGAAGGAUGGUAAACCCCUAGAGUUUGGUCCCAAGGUGGUUGUCAUUCAGCAGGAUGUUGAUUACCAUGUCCUGCACAUCAGAGAGACUCUGCUCGAGGAUGCUGCUGUGUACAAGGUUACGGCAACUAACUCUGCUGGCUCUGCAAGCUGCCAGGCUACACUGAAGAUCAACCGCCUUACCUACACCAGGAGAGAGUAUAAGAGUGAGGAGGAAAAAUACCUACACGUUCAGAAACAAAUUGAAAAGACUAACAAGAUGGCUCAGCGAAUUGCUGCAACCGAGGAGCAGGUACCUUUCAACCCCACUGCACAGGAGGCUCUUAAAUUUGCUGCUGACCUGUACAAGCCUGCAGUGAGCACCAAGAACGUGGAAGGGGAAUUUGACAUCACAGUUGUGAAGUCUGAGACCAAGAAGCUGGAGGAGGAGAGGAGAAUCUUUAUGCCAUAUGAGAUACCCGAGCCUUUGGUUCACGAUCCCAGAGAUCUGGAUGAAGACAAGGCCAUCAAGCAAUUUGUGCCUCUCUCAGAAAUGAAGUGGUACAAGAAGCUGAGAGUCCAGUAUGAGCUUCCUGAGAGAAUGGAAAGGAUUGUGCAGAAGAGGCAGAGACGUAUUCGUCUGUCCAGGUGGGAACAGUUCUAUGUCAUGCCCCUUCCCAGAAUCACCGACCAGUACAGGCCAAGGUGGCGUAUUCCAAAACUCAGCCUGGAUGAUCUGGAGACUGUCAGGCCUGCACGCCGUUCACCCUCUCUUGAGUCUGAGGUGUCCUUCAGAUCCAGGAGGAGAUCUCUUGGAGACCUGAGUGAUGAAGAGCUGCUGAUGCCUGUGGACGACUACAUUUCCAGAAGGAGGACAGAGGAAGAGAGAAUAAAGCUGGAGGAUGAGCUGGAGCUCGGCUUUUCUGCCUCCCCUCCUAGGAGUCCGUGUACAUGUCUGGACGAUGUUGAGCGUGAAGAGAGGGUGCAGGAAGUCAGACAGCAGGAGGUCAGAAAGCAGGUGGUGGAAGUUGCUGAGACAAAGAAGAAACGUACAGUUUCUCAGUACAUGAGAAGGAGGAGGUCAUUGUCUCCCACAUACAUCGAGCUGAUGCGUCCAGUUUCAGAGCUGAUCAGACAACCACGUGUCAGACUUGUGGAGGUAGAGGGACAGAUUGUAGAAAGGAGGUCUCCCACACCAGAGAGGACUCGCCCACGCUCUCCCAGUCCCAUUAGAUCUGUUGAGAGGUCUUCCCGUUCCUCCUCCCGGUUUGAACGGUCUGCCCGCUUUGACAUCAUGUCCCGCUAUGAGGCCAGAAAGGCUGCUCUGAAGGCUGAAAGAAAAUACCAAGUGGUUAGCCAGACACCUUUCAGCCUUGACCAUGCUCCUCGUGUGACUGUCAGGAUGCGCUCCCAUCGCAUUCCAAUCGGCCAAGACACCAGAUUCACACUGAACGUCCAGGCUAAGCCAGAGGCAGAAGUCCAGUGGUUCCAUAACGGAACUGUGAUCUUUGAAAGGAGCGAGAAAUACAUUUUCUCCAACAUGAGUGGUGUUUUGUCCAUCACUAUCCUGAACUGCCAGGAUGAGGACAGUGGUACAUAUCGCUGUGUGUGCUCCAACACAAAGGGAGAGGCAUCCGACUACGCCACCCUGGAUGUGACAGGAGGUGCCUACACCACCUUCUCCUCUCGUCGCAGAGACGAGGAAGUUCCUAAAGCAUAUGUCCCGGACGUUACUCGAAUUGACCACUAUCAUACCACCCACUUCAAAGCGGGUUAUGCCACCCAGAGCCACUUUGAGGUGGAGGAGAGUAAGUCAAAGUUCACUGAGACACGUGAGGUUGUUGAACGCGAGCGAUAUGCUGCCUCCUCAGAAAGGUACUCCUCUGCCGAAAGGUAUGAUGCUUCGCUCAAAUACGCCUCAGCUGAGAGGUACUCCUCUGCUGAGAGGUACGAUUCAUCUGUCAAAUAUGCCUCCGCAGAUUACCUGUCAUCUGACUCCUCCUUUUCCUCAGACCAGUAUUCUCUAACCAGGAAGCACACCACAGCUGAAGCUAAAGUUAAGACAGCUUCUGUUGUGUCUGCUGUUUCUGUUUCUGCUGCUGAAGUAGUUUCUGUUGAAAAAACAAAGCCUUCCCUUCCAGCCAGAAUCCUCACCAAGCCUCAGUCUGUGACAGUCACAGAGGGAGAAACUGCCAGAUUCUACUGCGAUAUUGAUGGAGAGCCUGCACCCACUGUAACAUGGAUGCGUGAGAGCAGAACUAUUGUCUCAUCUCAUAAUGUCCAGGUUACUACCACUCAGUACAAAUCUAGUUUGGAGAUUUCCUCUGUGACUGUGUCAGAUGAGGGCAGUUACACAGUGGUGGUAGAGAACUCAGCAGGCAGACAGGAGGCUCACUUUACUCUGACCAUUCAUAGAGCAGUUGUUAAAGAAGAAGUUAAGGCCGUCAAAUCCCAUGAACUACCAGUAAAGUCUCCAGAGCCUUCAGCCUCAUCCCCUGCUCCUUCCAUAACUUCCCCUGUUCCAAGUGUAAAGUCACCUGAACCCAGUGUGAAGUCCCCUGAACCUUCAGUCAAAUCACCUGAACCUAGUGUAACUUCUCCUGCUCCGAGUGUGAAGUCACCCGCACCGAGUGUGAAGUCUCCUGAGCCGAGUGUAAAGUCACCCACACCGAGUGUGAAGUCUCCUGAGCCGAGUGUGAAGUCUCCUGAACCUGAGGGAGUUAAAACCCCUAGGGGCAUUAAGUCCCCUGCGCCAUCUGCAGCCUCUCCAUCACCUGGCAUAAAAUCACCAGCUUCCGGUGUCAAAUCUCCUGAACCUGAGGGAGUCAAGUCUCCUCGGGGUAUAAAAUCCCCAGAGCCCAGACUUAAGUCACCGACAACUAUCAAGUCACCUGAACCUGAAGAGGCAAAAUCUCCUCGUGGUAUCAAAUCUCCUGAGCCUACAGGACUCAAGACACUAAGAGGGUUGAAGUCUCCAGAACCUGCUGGAAUCAAAACAGGGAUCAAAUCCCCCAGGACCCUGAAAUCCCCUGAGCCUGAGGGACUCAAAUCACCUCCUAGGAUGAAGUCUCCUCCUCCAACGAUGUCCCCAAAGAGGGUUGUGUCUCCACCCACAGUCAAAUCCCCAACUCCGAAACCUCCCAAGAUCCUCAGUCAGCUAACAGCAGAGGUCUGUGAGGGUUCGGUGAGGAUGUCCUGUGUCUGCGAGAGCACCAUCAGGGAGGUGGUAUGGUACGUUAGUGGGAGGAGACUCUCGCAGAGCAGUCGCUUUGAAAUGAAACAGUCUGAAGGCUCCUGCAGCCUCUUAAUCCGCGAUCUGAUGGACAGCGAUCAGGGAGAGUACGUCUGUGAGAUGACCUCAGAGGGAGGAGUCGCCAAAUCCUCCUUCUCUUUCACCGGACAGGUGUUCCAGUCCAUACGCAUGAAGGUCACCGCCUACUGUGAGCAGCAACUGGCACUUAAAGGAUCAAUGAUGAUGAGUCACAAAGAAUCAUCAUCAUCCACAAGCUCGUCCAUGAUGAUGAGGAAAGAAGUCCGCACCAUGGAGGAGUCUUCCUCCUCCUUUUCAUCCUCCUCCCAGCAGGCGAUGAUGUCAUCCAUGAUGGAGUCCAGUGCCUUCAGCAGCAUGGCGGCCGAGAUGAAGCUUGAGACCAUGUCCAUGUCCAGCUCGUCUUCACUGGCAUCUGAGUCAUAUGCAAUGAGCUCUAGCAGCCUCACUGAGAUGGGAUCUUCAUUCAGAGCGAUUGGUUGUGCUCCCAGGAUCGAGGCUCUGCCGGAGGACAUCAGCAUGGAGGUGGGCAAAGUCCUGACUCUGUCCUGUGCCUUCUCUGGUGACGCCAAGAAAAUCGAGUGGUCCCGCGGUGGCAAAACCAUCGAGGUGACCGCUGGUGGACGUUUCCACAUAGAGACCUCGGAGGAUUUGACCACCCUCAUCAUCACCGGCGUCAGAGAGGAAGACGCAGGAACUUAUACCCUCAGACUGUCCAACGAGCUCGGAUCCGACUCAGCGAGCGUUCACAUUAGCAUUCGAUCGGUGUAGAAAAACCAAAAAAACUCAUCUUCCCCUUUUCCUCUUCUUCCAUGUCUAUGUUUAUUUAUAACUUCAGCAAAAAGCACCGACAUGAUAAAGAAUCUCCAUUUCUCUUCUUGUAAAUAUGAACUAUUUUUUUACCAAACGUGACAUUAAUUUAUGCCAAACUAGACUCAAGUCUAACGUUGUUAUAAAAUGUGCCAUAUUGGAUAAAUAUGACUUAGGUGAUGAUCCAUUUUUCUUUGACAUGUACAUAAUGUAUAUAGCCGAAUUGAACGGUUAUGGGAAAUGUAUGCAUUGUUAUUUAUGACAAUAAUAUGAACUGAAACAGAAUGAAACUGAAUGUGGUUUAACAGGAGAAAGUUCCACGAGGAACGAAUACCCUGUCCAACCAAGAAACUAAACUCUGUGCCUCAACGAUACGUUGAAGUCUAAGAUUGCCUCGGCAGGUAGAGAGGCUCCCUGCCGAUGUUUCCUCGAUCAGAGACGCGAUAGAAACCAGAGCUUGAGGUCCUGAGUGCUGUUUGCCUUUACCCUCGUGUAAGCAGCACGACUGGACCUCAUGCUGCGACUGAUGAUGUCAGAACCGCCGUUUUCACGACCUGCUCACAGUGCGAGCGGCCUGCACUCCCUGAGCGCCGAUGUUUCUUUUUCUUUUGUUUUGUGCUCCGCCUCUGGCCAACAACCGCUCGCUCUGGCUCCGCCCUCAUAACACCCACCUGACAAUCACGUGAAGAAGAAAAUAAAGAAAAAAAGUGGAGUCCGUUGUGCGCUCGUUGGCAGGGGCGGAGCUUCCUCCCGGAGGCUGCAGUGUGUUUGUGUGUUAGUUUGUAGAGAAGUUCACCUGUCGGACAGGGGGCGCCGCAGAGCAGAGGAGCUGCAGCCAGAGAACAAGCCUGUGCUGCGUUAGAAGGAGGCGUGGUCUGGUGAGUCGCCCCGCAGCGUUUUGGUUUGAUUGAAGUUAGAGUUGUAGCGUUGAAUAUUUUUGCAGCCUCCUCGAGUUUUUCUCCAAUGAUUGAUUUAAUAAAGCAUGAAACAGCACAACA